CUCCGCCUCCUCCUGCCUCAGGUUGUCGCUGGAAACCAGAAGCCGCCAGUUCUGCUUUCUGCUCUCGGCCGGACGGUGAGGAACACCCGGGAGUCCCAGCCGGGGCGUGGAAGAAGGGCGAGACGCGUGGAAGCGGGGCUGGGGCGCUUUUCGAAGGGGAGCCCCUCGAAGCCGGAGCCGGUAAGCCCUCGCCGGCUCGUGCCCUGCGUGGCGCGCUUCUCUCUUUCAGUUCGGCGGCGCGACAGUGUAAACAGAGCAAAGGUGGGGCGAGGAGGAGGAGGCUCCAGGAACAAGCGCCUUUUCUUUCAGGGCCCCCUUGGAGCUAAGCUCUCCAGCUUGCUCCUUCUCGGCUGCUCGCCUCUCAGGGGUGCGAUUUUCGGUGGCUGUGUGUUGGGGCUCUCGAAGGGAAGAAAGUUCAGACCCCGGAGGAGACUCGGGGAACUAAUUCGGUUUUGGGGAGAAGGCAGCAGCCCAAACAGAUCCUGGGAUUUGAAGGUUAACCUCACCUCUGACCUCCCUGGGUCUAGGUUUUGACAUGGCAGAAGGAAACUGUGAGCUGUCCCUCCAUGAGGACUGGUGACAGAUUCCUCCACACAGAAAGCUAGCCCGUUACUAAGGUAAUACAAGGACCAGCCUUCUCUCUAAUAGCUGGCUUUCUGUGUGCAUGGAGUUAUUUUGUAGGGAGCAUGCAAUCCUGUGCAGGGCCCACUUGCGGUUUGGAGCAUUCACAAGUUUAUCCCUGUAUCUUGUGUGUUUAAAAAGCCAGGCCAUGCCCUGUGUUUAUCUUUAGGUGCAUGCUGGUUUAUCUGAAAUCUUUGAUGCCUGCAAACCAUUCAGAUAGUGAAGUUGGACAUUAUGUAACCUGGGGAGUCUUGUGUUCACCUGGAAGCCUCCCAUAUCUUUUAAACCAUAUUAUCCUGGCCUCCAGACCCCUUGAAGUGGACUUCUGUCAGGUACAAGCUUUGGCUUUUGUAGGAGAGGAGGAGGAGGAGGGAAGGGAAGGAACUCUGCUUUGGAAAUCCAGUAUGAGAUUCUUCAAGCCUAUUCUUCAGAGGUUUCUGUUUUUCUCUGCUACCUGAUGUAAUGUCCAAGCAAGAGUUAAUCUAAAAGAUUAAGCACAAUCUUUUGCUCAUACAACAUUUUGGAUUCCUCCAGCAUCUCCACUGUUUUUCUGAGUUCAUGGAGCAACUAUCUUUAAAAUACUUAUUUGGCAUGGUUUUCUUCCAUAGAGUUAAGAGAUUCCCUAAGCAAGAUGAGAUAAUGCAUAAGACUGGAGCCACCUGCCUUGCCAGACUAGAAUUUGUGCCAGGGGUGUUUAAACUGACCGUUCUCUCUAAGAAAACAAAAGGGAGAGUGACUUUUGCAGAUGGAUGAGCACAAUACUGGCAUUAAUUGUGAAGGGGAAGACCUAGUACCUUGAAACUUCAGGCUUCUGGCAUUGAUUUUUAAUUUUUAAUUUCUUCCAGCCAAGUGAGUUGGAGUUGAUUGGCAUGUUGCUUUAGGGGUGAUGAAAUUGUUACUGUAAGGAUGAUGGGCUCUAAUAAAGUUGAAGACAAGUAUAUAAGUAUUAAGGAAGCUGGUGGAGCUGCUAGGCAUUUUUAGCAGCUGACUUAUAAAGGGACAGUGAAAAAAACCCAUGGGUGGCAGAACAGGAAAUCUGUUCAAAUGUGACCUUCCUUCCAUCACAAAGGUUGGGUUUUUUUUUAAUAGUAAUAUUAGACUGCAAGCAUUUUCUCCAGUGGACAUUAGUAUGUUCUGUUCUCAUUUGUAUUCAUCAUUCCCUUCAGCUGUAGGGAUUUAGAGGAAGAAGCUGUGCCAUUCAGAGAUGGGGAUGGUUCCACUUUCAUAUAGUCUUGGAGCGAGCACUUCAUAUGAAAGUAUUCUGUAAAGAGCCAAGCUGUGCUGUUGCAAGCAACACCUUUUUCACUACUGUUGCUAUGCUACACAGGUUGCCUAAAAGACUGUCUCCAUUCUAUUCCAUCCCUUUCGUACAUUUAUCACAAGUCCUGAAAUGGGAAGGGAGAGAGCAGGUGUGUGUUCAGUUCCUGCAAGCAUUCUAUGAAGCUCUGACCCUUCUCUUGGCUUGUGCCUCUUGCAGGAGUGCAUAUUGCACGACGUUCCCAAUGCCUUUUAUACGUCCUUAAACUUUUGACUAGUCGGCUAUUCAUAGUGCACCAGCGUUUUUGAAAUUUUCCAUGAGUAGGAGCAGCUGCUACAUUUAGUGUCUGUGGGGAAGAAUCCACUUUGAACCUGACUAACUUGAAGGAAGGAAGUUAAAAAAACAGAACCGGUGGCAUUUGUUAGUACACUGGAGGAAUGUUGUUAGUCAAGGCUUAUUGACACAAUCAAAUAGCAAAGGUUGUUCCCUCAUAACUGAUAUCUUGGGGUGUUCAUCCCUUGUUUACUCAAACAAAGAAUUCCAGGUUCUUUUAGGUGUAUUGCCCACAGAGCCACCUUUCUGACACUAGCAUCAUGGCUGCUUACCUGGACAGUGAGCAGGUUGGCAGGCCAACAGAGAGGCUGGUCCUAUGGUGGCAGCACCAGUUUGGCUUUGCCAAGACUUCUGUUCUACCCUGACUCUCCAUUUGUACCAUCCAAGUAAAUGCCAGUGGUGCCAGUGUCAGGACAAGGGCACCACAGCACUGUGUUGGCCACUCUUGAGUUACCCUGCUUCGUACUCUGACAAAAUUCUUGAUGCUACUGUGUUUUUCUGUGAAUGCUAUGUGACGUGGAAUCUCUCUUGUUAGAGAUUAUUGGGUGACCACCUAGUCUCUGCUCAUCAGAUGUCUCUCAUUGAAUGUAACUGAUCUGCAGAAAAUGCUCUAUGACCUGAAAAUGCACAUACUUCUGCAACCCAAGAAAAUCUUUAAUAAUUUGUUUUUAAAAAUACGCUGCAGUAGUAGUAGUAGUAGGUUUCUUGAAUUAGCAAGGGGUUGGACUAGAUUAGCGUUUCCCAACCUGUGUCCAUGAGCUUCAUUCAGGUGGUCCGCGAUGUGUCUGUAUUAAAUAUUCAUAUUGAUUUAUAAUUGAAUUUUUAUUGCUUCUUUUAUUUGCUGUGAUACAAUAAAAUGCAAUUUGAAUUCAGGUUGUAAAACAACAAAAUACAAUAUAAGAAAUAAAAGAAGCAAUACAAAUUCAAUUUAAAUCAUGCGACAUCUAUUACUGCACAUUACAAUUGCUACAGCAGGCAGGGAAAUCAUUAAGUGGUCUGCCAAGACGCUUAGCAAUUUUCAUGUUGCCGUUGGAAGGGGGGAAAGUUUGGGUACCACUGGAUUAAAUGAACUUUAAGGUCCCCCCAACUAUAUUAUAUUAUUAUUGGUGUGGGUACAAAAGGUCUUCCUGGGAAUUAUGGACUUUCUGCCAGUUUAUUUCAAUCUGCAAUUCUUCUCUUGAACGUAGCAAUAAAGAAGCUGAAGUGAGGUGAGUCCAGAGACUUUUAUAUCCCAGGGUAGUUAAUUCCAUAAGAUACUGUUCUUGGGGGAUGCCCUUAAGAAUGUGGAUUUGAACCUGCAGCCCCUCACUGAUAAUCUGCACUGUAGAAGAGGCAUUUCCCCUGUAUAAUCUAUCUGUGUGAGCAAAAGUAAGAGAAGGGCAAACUGGGGAGUUAUCACUAGUUAUUGGGGGGGGGCAGAUCAAUAUAUUGGGUAGAGAUGCAAAUAGUGUAGGUUAAAGGUGCCAAGAGAGAGUCCCUGUUCUUCUGAAUAAAUUCAGAAUUGGACUACAGUGCAUAAUAUAUCAGCUGGCAGUCUUGCUCUUGCACAUCUAUUCAGGCAAGAUUGAAAACUUACCCUGUGGGCUACUGUGCUACAUCCAGUUACAGUGCUUUCCUUAUAUUAAGAGAGCUGUGGCUGCACAUUCUUAUGAGCAAUUUAGAACACGGCAACCACUUGUGCCGCUAUAACUUAUUUUAGAAUCUGGAUUGUUUCAGUUUCUGACAUUUUAGCUGCCACAAUGCAAAUUUGAUUGGUUUUAAGUAUUGGUGGUAUCACCCUCUAGCAGCUAGCUCCAAGGUCCCUCAUGCAAGGCAGCUCAUCCACUCUAAACCACAAAGGAAAAUUACUGCCCACAGAAUAAAAACAAGGCCCUGAGGCAUAUGAAUUUGCUUGAAGUUUCAAGUGGAGCUUCAGAAUAGAGAUAGAAGUCGAAUGCUGACCUUGCCAGUCUUAGGGCAGUGUUGUGUCCUUCAAAUUCUUUUUUCCUUGUGGCCUGCGACCUUGGACCCUUUCCCUUUCUCUUUUGAAAAACUCCAAAUGGCAAAACAUUAUGUAUCUCUGAUGAAAGAAAAACUUUUGGUUGUUCUUCUGGCCUUUGAGUUUAAUUUAUAAUCAAUCUAUGGAGGUGUACUUCAUAGCUUUAGCUGUAAAACCCGUGCUUGCAGUUUGAGAAAAGAAUAUUAUCUUUUUCAUGCAAAAAAAAAAAUAAUCUCAUUUUUGUCAUCUUCAAUGUCAUUUUGCCUUCCUGGAAACAGAUAUAUUAGCAUGCAGGACACUAUGGAAAAGCACAUUUUCCUUCUGGCUUUGUUACACACAUCAGACUUUGGUCAGCUAAAAGGCAGGACUUCCUGAAGUUCACAAAGCUCUCAGUGGAGCAAAAUAUCCCUAUCAUGGUCGAAGUUAUUCUUGAUACCUUCCAGGUGCAGUCCUGUAAUAACAUUGUUCAUAAGAACAGUUGCUUGAGUUAUGUGAAGAAUUGUAGGGAGAAAGCUUCCCCUUGUCUCCUUCAGUACUUUAAAAAAAAACUCCUAUUGAGAGUCCCUUAAAAGUAGUUCCUGCUAGCCUGGCUUUCUUUCACAGUGCCAAAAUUGAGUUAUAGGGAGAAGUCAGAAGUAAAGCCAGGAAGUCAGACCGAAAAAGCAAGGCCCAGAGGAAUGAACACAAUGUGGCCUAGAUCACACUAAGCCAAAUCUUACUUAGUGCAACUGUGCAUGUCUCCAGAGAGGAGAUAAUGGAUGCUUUGCUUCAUCCCUGGCUGCCUUCCUGAUAUGCUGCCAUGAGCUAAGCCAGGGGUCAGCAACCUUUUUCAGCCGUGGGCCGGUCCACUGUCCCUCAGACCAUGUGGUGGGCUGGACUAUUUUUUUGGGGGGGGGGGGAUGAACGAAUUCCUAUGCCCCACAAAUAAACCAGAGAUGCAUUUAAAAUAAAAGGACACAUUCUACUCAUGUAAAAACACUCUGAUUCCCGGACCGUCCGCAGGCUGGAUUGAGAAGGCAAUUGGGCCGCAUCCGGUCCACGGGCCUUAGGUUUCCUACCACUGAGCUAAGCCAUGGUUUAUUGAGUUGUCUGAGCAGAUACUCUCAGUUUGCCCCCUCCAGACAAACCUUGAGCUAGAAAGAGCAAACCUUGGUCACAGCUCGAAGUUUGUCUGGAACAGCAGCAUUCUAAGUUAAACCAUGGCUUAGAUCACAGUAACAUCACAACAGGAGGACCAGAGAAGUAGCAAAUCAACUGCAAUCACCUCUCCAAGGAACCACACACUUGCACAUUUGUACUAAGGUUUGGCUUAGGAUGGCUUGAUUUGUGUGAUGUGUGAAUCAGACCAGUAUAGAUUCUUUAUUAAGUGUGUUGGGCACCCAGUACUUGACCCCAUUUUUCAUCUAGUAUCUAUCUAGCAAAAGGAAAAUCAAAUGACUGAAGUGCUCUUCUGGUUCCCCCCACCCCAGGAAAUUGGAAUCUGUUUGUGCAAUCUGCCUAUUGAAUCUGUCCCUUAUCCCCUUAUUAAUGUGCAGUGCCCUUUUUUGCAAAGGGAAACGAGAAACAGAAAACUGCCUGGUGGCUGCUGUCAAUGAAAGUGCCUGGAUUUCAAUCCAGCAAGCAAUUAGGCUUUGCAGAACUGUAGGUAAUCAUCUAAAAAUUCCAUUCAAGAUUCCUUUUUAAGGUGGCACCCCCCCCCUUGUCAUGUCUGUUGCAUCCUCCACUUGCUCCAACCCUACAGCCUUUGCUCUGGGGGCAUUGUGAAGCUUUUCUUACUGAAGUAUAACAUCUACAUUGGAUACUGGAAAGAACAAAUGCACUAGAAGCCUUAUCAUUUGUACCAGUUCCUUGCAAUAUCUCAUUAUCUGCAUUAGACAUCUACUUUUGGAAUGUCUAACUGUUUUGAGACCCCAGUACUAUGAAUGAUUCUGAGCAUACAAAGAGUAAAAUUUGGCUUGGUAGUGAAUGGCUGCAUCAUCACUCACAUAUGAUUCUAUGAUUCUAUAGGAGUGCUCUGAUGGUGUUUCCUGCUUGGGAGGGGGUUGGACUCGAUGGCCCUUGUGGUCUCUUCCAACUCUAUAAUUCUAUGAUUCUAUUCUAUGAUUCUAUAUUUGGGAAUAAUCUGAGGGUGCUACUUUCAGAAGUCCCUGAGCCCUGAAUUGGAAAGCUAAAGCCAAUGGAAAGGAAUUUGCUCAAGCCCUCCAUAUGAGCCUGAGAACUCUUGAGUCUCAGAUAGGGGGUAUGUGCACCUUGUCCCAGAAAUAUGAAACCCAAUCCAGAUCUUAGGGGUAUUUCUAGAUGGUGGACUUGUCACAUAUAAUGAAUGCUCAUUUGGUCUGUCUUGCCCUCAGAAGCCACACAAGGAUUAUGCCAGUCCUCUUGCUGAGCCUUGCUACUUUGAUACUCCUAGCAGCAGAACACAGACUUUCAGAAUUAGGUGGCACAAUCCCAAACAGCACUGGUUGCUCCAAAACUCAGCAGGGAUGAGUGCCUCUUUCUUGUUGCACCUCUCCACAAACACACACACAUAUGCACAUGUUGUUUGGGGGCACAGUCUAGGGACCCCCAAACUCCAGGUCUUUUGCACUGAGCCCCAGAUUUUCUGUCUCAUCGCCUUUUUAAAAAAAUGCUUACAGGGUUGCUAGGCAUGACACAAAGUGCUGUGACCCCCAGCUACAGACACCCCAAAUUAAUUUGCUCAAGAGACCUAAAUCUGCGCUAUACAUAUAAGUUAGUACAUGCAUUUCCCUACCCCCAUCUUCAUAUUUGUGUCAUGGGCCUGUGCUCUGAGACUUUUCAGUAUCUAGCAAUGGCUCUUUGUGUACACACACAUGGACUCUCUGACUCGCUCUCUAACACACACACAUACACACACACACACACACACACACCCAGAGAGAGAGAGAGAGAGAGAGAGAGAUUAUUGCUUAGCAAUACAGUUAAAUUUAUUUUCUAGAUUUCCACAAGUGAGUGGGAGAAACUGGUGUUCAUAACUGUCUUAUCUUCUUGGCUUCUACAGGGGCCAGAGGGCAGCAGAUGCUUUAUUCCACUAUCCCUGCAUUCUGUAAACAAUGAAGCAGUCAAUAUGCUUCUCUGGCACCUGCCUCCCUGCACAGACAUUCAUGUUGUAUGGAUUAUUUCCAGAACAUGUCUGGAACUAACCACACUCAGGCAGAGAGAUGAGUAGGGCCAAAGUUGUGACAGUCUCUUUUUCAGAUGUGGGGAGUGGGCAUUGGAGGGCUUGUGAGGCAAAGCAAAGGAUGCUGUGUCCUGGACUUGGCUGUUUCAUAUCUGCACACCUUGAUGCACUCAAUUCAUUUCAGACAGACAGGGAAGUAAAUCUAGAUGUACAGUCAGGACUAAGGAAUUAGGUAAGGUUUUGAUCUAAUCUUUCUGAAAAAAGCAGAAGUGAGAAAAGGCAUGUGGUUCUUGAAGACAGCAGCACAUCAAAGGCAUCCACUAGAGAAGCACAAUAGAGAAAUGUUCUUAUGAAACAGGUGAGAGAUUAGAUAAAAGAGGAACAGAGGGAAUUGUGAUGGGUGCACAGAAAAGGCUAGCCUAAAUCAGUCUAGCUAUUAUAUACAAUGUCAGCUGCCAGAGCAUUGCCUGGUACAAUUGAAAUAGCUCCAGAUGAGACAUAAGGUCAAAUGAUAUGUGAUGGUGUAGUUAUGUUUGUUGUUCAUGUGCCUGCUCUAUUCAUCUACAAAGCAGUGCACAUGGUCUAUUUUUAAUAUAAAAAUGGAUAUUUGGGUGAGGGGAAUUUAAUUCUCCUGUGCCUUAGCUGCUGUCUCCCCAGACACUCCCCCUGCCCACUAGAUGUCAAUACCAUGUGCUUUUUGGAACAUCAGCAUUUGCAUUAUAGAAGCAAGGAGCUUUGUGUCUGGCAUAGAGUCCAGCAUCCUAUGUUGCUCCAUUUCAUCUUUCUCCUCUUAAUUUCUGUUUCAACCUGUAUUGCUGCAUAGGUAAGUUUGAAAACAUGUCUGCAGAAGCCAAACUCAAUUCACAAACUGCAAGGAGACUGAGCAAGACUUUUGAUGGACUGGGCAGAAGGUGGAGCUCAAGUGCUCUGCUAGGUCCUCAUUUCAGCAGAAGACUGCAGUGGUGGGGGUGUGAGGACACCCAAUCAAACUCACUGGUGGAGGUUAGGUUUGGUUCAAAAUGUGCCCCUGGAGUGGUGGUGAACUUUGGAAUUUGCCAUUCAGAGAACAAUCCAAACCCCUGACCAGCAGAGGGAUGGUUCAGUGAAGUGGUGGGUCCACAUCCACAGCCCUGCUUCAAAGCUGGUUGAAGGGGGGAAUGUCUCUUUGCCACACCAGCUCCCAGGCUGCUACAGUCAAGGGCCCCAAAUCAUAACAGUGGAUCCUAUGCCAACCCCAUAACACCCGGUUCCAGGUCUGUCCACUGGCUGCUGCCAGCAGGGAUACCAUCAGCAGUAGUUUCCAUCCACCAUUUGGAUGGGUGCCUUCCUCAUCAUCAGAAUUUCUUCUCUAGCAGGAGCAGCAGCAGCAACAACAGCAACAACAACAACAACAACAACAACAACAACAACAACAACAUAGCCAGGCAGAGCCCAAUCCAAACUCUCUCCAGUGUGACAGAUUGUGGAGGUUUGAUUGCUUUGUCACCCAGUUCCAAUUAUUUGCUGCCUAGAUGGGAAAACAGGAAUUGGCUUAAUAUUUCCAUCCUUUCCCAGGGAGUGGGGAACUGGAUCUGGCCAGCAGUUCCCCCACUGUCGGUGGACCACUUUGUCAGGUGGUCAGGGCCGAGUUUAAGCAAAAGUAUGUCUGGCCUGCUCUCACACCUAAUCUGAUCCCAGCUGCUUCUGUAAUCCGGGUGUCAAAGGAUCCUACCUUAUGCUUUGUCACCGUCUCUCAGGAUUACUUGGAGCUUACUCAAGUGUUCAGGAAACACAUGGGCAUUCCUCCUGAAACCGUGCUGCCACUCAGAAUGCAUGUGGGAGAUGACAUGUUCAAAUCUUUCCUUAACGCAAAACCAUCACUUGCUUCCCCAUAUAUGGAAAGCUUGCAUGUCCGAGAAAAGGUAAUCCAAAACCUUUAUCCCAGUGUGUUAGCUUUCUACCUGCAGGGAGUUCUUUAUGUGGGAAAAUCUGGCAUUCUUAACUAUGAAAUACCAGUGAGCUUCUUUCCCUGCUUUCCCCACCCCUGCUCUUGCAUUGGAUCCUCUCAGAAAUAAACCAGGCUAUUCCCCAGAAAAUAGCUUGCCUUAUUUCUGAGCUAAUCCUCCUUCUACCUAACUCCAUCCCUGUGAGCUUCGACAUGCCCUCCCCUUUCCACUUAAAUCUAGAAGCAGAAAGGAUUCUGGAGCAGAGGGAGGAGAGGCAGGCCUACAGCAAUGACUCUGGGAGGAAAUUACAUUUCCUUAGGGCAGGGGUAGGCAAUCUAAGGCCCGGGGGCCAGAUGCGGCCCAAUCGCCUUCUCAGUCCGGCCUGCAGACAGUCCGGGAAUCAGCGUGUUUUUACAUGAGUAGAAUGUGUCCUUUUAUUUAAAAUGCAUCUCUGGGUUAUUUGUGGGGCACAGGAAUUCGUUGUUUUUUUCUUUCCUUUUUUUCAAAAUAUAGUCCGGCCCACCACAUCUUCUGAGGACCAGCCCACGGCUGAAAAAGGUUGCUGACCCCUGCCUUAGGGCUACUUCCUUAGAAGUAGAGGUAAAGCAAUUUCUCUAAGAUGUGUGAUAGGAUCUUAGAUGGAAUUGUGUCUCUCAGUGCUCGGCUUCCAACAACCAUCUCUGUGCCAGAUCCACAGCUUGUCUUCCUUCCUUUGGAGAUCUCCCCAAGCCCUAGCCUGAGUAUCUUUCAGAAACAGUGUAAAAUUAUUCUCUUUGCUUUGGAGAGGGGAUAUAUAAGCUGGUAAGAGGACUCUAGGUUUUGGCAUUUGUUAUUAGCGAUGGCGAUUAGCGACGGCGUUAUUAGUGGCGUUUGCUGAUUUUUAAUUCUGUUAUAAUGAACUAGCUUAAUUUUUGUUGUUAUUGAUUAUUGUCAGACAGUUUGUUCACAACUAGGGAACCACUUCACUAUGCUGAAGAUUAUUGGGGGGGGGACAACUAGUUAACGGAUGUUUUCUCUAAUUUAAAGAACAAGGAGUGCAUUUUAACCAACUCUCUUAACAUGAGUGGAAAUAUGUUCACAUCUGAAAAUAUUUAAUGCAGAUUUCUCUUGGUGUGUUAGUUUUAUACCUAACAUUAUAGUCUCUCUUAUCCUUUUAUGAUCAAGGUAAAUAGCAUCUGCUGUGGGGGAUUGUUCUUGCUAGGAUGUUUUUGAGUGUGUGUGUGUGUGUUCGCAUGUGUGUCUGGGCUAUUUCUGUACACUGGAAGUGAUUUUGAAUUUGCUGUGGCAAAAGACUCCUUCACACUUCAUGCAUAUCCCUGGCAUACACAGUUUAUAGGUGUGUGUAUGUCCUGUGUACCUCUCAGUGUGUUAGAGUCAUACCAUGGGUACACGUAUUCAUGCCAAAGAAAUCAGUGAAUGAUCCUGAAUUUCCACAGCGUGUGUAUGUACACAUAGAUAAGGGUAAACAAAAAGCGCGUAUGCCUCUUUCCACUUGAAAUAUACAGCAUUACAGACAUUUCACAAAUUUAUGUAACGUGGAGCAUUCCUAAUAUUUGGUCAAAGCCAGGGGCGCAGCUGAAUCUCUUGUUAAGUGAUUAAUAAUUGUUGCACAGGACUAAGGAAUUAUUAACUGUGAUUUGCUGAGCAUGCCCAAAGCCCCCUUCCCCCUGUAAGAUGCAUGUUACAGUAUAUUGACUUCUGCCAGAAAUUGCUGUAAUGGCUCUUAUCAAACCCAGUUUGUACAUUCAGUUUAUGUUACAGUUUACAUAUAGGACUCCAAAGAUUUCUCAAACUACUUAGGCUGAAUUAGUCCUAUUUUACUUUAGAAGAAUUUUUUUUCUUUACAAAGUCCCAACAUCUUGUGUAUCAUCAUACAAUAGAGCAAUUGUGCAAUUUUGGUAAUGGAAUAUAGCUUUUUGUGUGUUUGAGCUAUGGAGAAAGGGGUGUGCGUGCUCACCAGUAAUUGUACAGUUGUGUAUUUGUAAAUAGCAUUGGUUUCAGUGGUCAUUACUGCAAAUAGAAAAUUCAAUGGGACCUAAGAAACUCAUUUGUUUAGCUUUUGUGUUUCCCAGCUUGUGUAUUAAAGACGUGUGUCAGGAAGCAGCUGCAAUAUGACCAAAGUCCAUCAUUGUAAUGUUGAAAAAACUAGCCGCAAACCUUUAUGCAUUUAUUCUCUCUCCAUGCCCCCAACACUUGUGCUCCAUCUUUCACUAAUGAAAACUGAAAGCAGCUUGCAGUGCUUUUUGUAAAAAUAAAAUUACAGCUAAGACCAAGAACAAAUAUAAUAAAAACAGGCAAUUAAACAACGUAUCAUUACAAGAUCCUUGUAAAUUUCAGUCCAAACAAUCAAACAUGACAAGAAGUCAAAAGAUAACAGGAAAAGUAUCCUGAUCAUUGGAGGAUGGGUACAAUGUAGCCAGAAUGGUUGCAGAAGAAUUGAUACUUAGAAUUUUUGCCGGGAUGCGGUUUUCUGAAAAUUUCCAUGUUGAGCUUAUCCUUAGCAAUUCCCCCCGUAAUUAUCAUUUUUCUCUUUGAUCUGCACAGGAACUGGAUUUUUUUAUUACACCCCUAAAGUAAACAGCUGCAUAUAACAAUACAUAUAAACUGUAUACAAACACGUAUUAAUACUUACAAAAUUACCCUCAGAAAUAUACAACCAUGUAGGGUUGUAGGGUUUUUUCAUAUGUAUUAUACUUCUAAUCUACAUAAUAUAUAUAUGUGUGCCUGUGUGACAAUAAGUGAGCAGCUGUUUCAUAAGUGGGUGAUUCAAACAAGGGGCAAUUCAAUCCAGUCAAAACUUGAUUUCCAUGUAUAAAUCCAUGUAAAACAGAUUCUUCUUCCGUCCGUAACUUUAAUGUAUUAUUAUUAAUGUAAUGUAAUUUUUAAUAAGAUGGCAAUAUUUUGAGGGGGCAACCCUUUCCUCUGUGUUUAGACUCUGAGGAACAAACAUGUUUUUACUUUAUAGUGCACCAAUUGCAAUCUGAGAAGCACACACAAACCGUGAAAUUUAGUGAUUUCUAAGCUGGAUGGAGUCUCCAUGGAGACUGAAAUGUUUCUGUACUGGUUUCUGUAUGUUCCAGUCUUUCAUGCCUCAUUAGUGUCCAUUUUGUUGAAGAGUAAUUAUGGCAGCAGAGAUUCACACAUGAUAUUCAGCAGCGUUGAAAGUUAUUUUAGGUUUAUUUGCAUGUUACAUUGUGGCGGAAACUAGUGUUUAUGUAUGAAGCCGUGAAUUGGUCAUCAAAAUUUUGAAGGGGGGGAGGCCAUAAGAGAAAGGAAGGUACAGUGAACCAGAAACCAAGUGCCACCAAACCAUGGUUGAACUCAUGAAAGUGUGACUCUAACCACUACUUCCCUUGGCAAAAGUGUUAUUUCUUCAAGCUUUGUCUGAAAGCAUCAAAGGCGGAUGCUUGAUGCCCCUGUCUGAUUAGAGGCAGUUUUUAUCCCUGAGUGUCAUCUCUACAUUUCUCAGUGCAUUUAUCUUUUUUCCUGAUUAGACACCUCAUUUCCACAAACCUUUAGACAUGAUAGCAAAUACCAGUUUAGAAGCUUUAAUUUACAAAGCUGUCAUAUAGGUCUAAAAACGAUGUCUGUGUGUCAGAGUGAGUUCCCAUGUCCCGGUCUGCUUUGCUUUCCUCAUAUAUCUACUUCCAUCUCUGUCACAAAACCUUCUAGUUCUCAGUUAUCAAACAAGGUAAAGUUCCUGUUUUAUUUUUCCACUAAGAAGUUUGUCCCUAAUCAUGAAUGCUGCACCCGGAUGAAAAUGGUGAAUAUGCAUAAUUGUGUAUUAAAUACUUGGGAUUGCUUCUCUGCUGGUGUGUAAAAUUCUUGAAUCUCGGUCUGAAACUUGAAGCAUCCGUGUUGCUAUGGAAGCAGUCUGACAUAUCCUCCAAAGUCAGUGAUGUUACCCAAACACCCAACCCAGGUAUAUGUGCUCCCACACAGAUUCUGGUAUGGUGAGCAGCACCCAGCAUGAACUGAAAAUGCACUCCAGAAUCCUCUGUUCCUCAUUAAUAAGUUGCACGGCAAACAGACCCCCAACCAAAAGGCCUGAUUUCCCUUUCUGCAUUGUAGUAGGUUAUGCUCUGAGUAUAUACAGUCAUACACCACCUGGAUUGCUCAGUUGGUUAGAGCAUAAUGCUGAUAAUGCCAAGUUUGCAGGUUCGAUCCCUGUAUGGAACAGCUGCAUUGCAGGGGGUUGGACUAGAUGAUCCUUAGGGUCCUUUUAAGCUCUACAAUUCUAUGAUUAAAUCCAUAAUUAAACCAAUUGGACAGUGUAGUACAUACAUAUGUGACUAUAAUGCAUUGAUGAUUUAAUGAUUUUAGAGCAUCAGGCUCGUGUCAUCAGCAGUGUUCUUUACAAUAAUAAAAGUAGAUUACACAUUCUUCUGAAACUCUUUCACAGGCAAUGAAUGUUUUGAGUGGGGGUUGUGUUCCUGACACCUGCACACACUGGCAGAGCAUGUGUAUGCCUGCCCUGCCCCGUUAUGACCCCUGCCUCACCCCCUUUUCCAGCCACUUCCGGGUUGUGGUGAUGCACACAUGCACAACUACACAUGCUUUGAACGCAUGCAAAAAUGUUGUUGCCUGUACUCAGAAUACUGUAAUGCAGUGUUCUUCAACCUUGAAUCCCCAGAUGUUUUGGAACUGCAGCCAGUAGCAGAUUUAGGGGAGCGCAGUCAGUUUGGUUGCACUGAGCACAGAACCCAAAGGGAUACCACAACUGUUAUUGGGAAUGGAGUGCAAGAGGUGGGGGGCACCAAAUUUUGGCAUUGCACAGAGCGCCGCUGAAAUAACCCCAUGUGGGUUAUCUUCCCUCUUCUAACUGGGGCAGAGAAGGCUCACUCAACCUGUUUAUGUGGGCUCUAGGCUGCAUAAGGAGACUCUAGGCCAGGGGUCAGCAACAUUUUUCAGCCAUGGGCCAGUCCACCAUCCCUCAGACCACGUGGUGGGCCGGACUAUAUUUUUUUGGGGGGGGAUGAAUGAAUUCCUAUAACCCAGAGAUGCAUUUUAAAUAAAGUACACAUUCUACUCAUGUAAAAACACGCUGAUUCCCAGACCAUCCACAGGCCGGAUUGAGAAGGCGAUUGGGCCGCAUCUGGCCCCCAGGCCUUAGGUUGCCUACCUCCUCUAGGCUGCUUUGGAUGCAAAUAAAACCAAGAUCUCGAGUACUUACAUAGAGGAGGCGAUGACAGCAGGACAAAAACUUGACAGCCUUAGAUGGAAACUGCAGAAUCUGCCUUAAUCCUGGGCUUUUCAGUCAAGGGGGAAGGUCCAGCAAAUGUAAGGCUGGAAGCCUGGAAAGUUGAGUUUGAAGAGAUCCCUCCAGCUCUGAGGGCAAACCACACAUGUGCACUCUGAAGGUAGUCAUGUGUUUUGAAGGGGAAAUACUUUUGAGCUUUUGAAAGAAGAAAUUUGUUGCUCUUACAAAAAAGGAGUUUCUCUUUAGAGAAAGAAGAGCACCCCCAUUUGCAAGCAGUACAGUGGUACCUCAGGUUACAUACGCUUCAGGUUACACACUCCGCUAACCCAGAAAUAGUGCUUCAGGUUAAGAACUUUGCUUCAGGAUAAGAACAGAAAUCGGGCUCCAGCGGCGCAGCAGCAGCAAGAGGCCCCAUUAGCUAAAGUGGUGCUUCAGGUUAAGAACAGUUUCAGGUUAAGAACAGACCUCCGAAACGAAUUAAAUACUUAGCCUGAGGUACCACUGUAUUAUCCCUAGCAUGAAAAUAAAUACCCCAGCCCAGCAAAUUUCUACCUUAAUUCUUCUCCUGCCUCGUAUCUGGACCUCCCUCCGUGCGUAUCAAUAAAUCUCCUUGGGCCCCUGGGCAGGAACAAUAGCAGCACUUUUCUGUGCUGCAGUGAGAAUUUUCUUAGCGCUGUCCAUGGGCUUUGUUGUUGCACAGUUUCUAAAGAGCUGUGGUUACUUUGUGACACUUUAAAGGCAUUGGCUGUGCAAGCAAUGUGCUGCCGCCCCCCCCCCCCCGGCCUCAAAUUGGGACCCAGCACGGAAUUAUGCUGAGGUGGAAAGAAAGCCAGUGCAACACAGUGAAAGAGCUCUUUUUUAAUGUUAAGCUCCCCUGCCUUCCUGCAGGAAAGGAGAUUCCCUCAAAGUGUUUUCUGUUAGAGAUUGAGAACAGGCCAUUGGGAAAUGAUCCACCCCAGCAGCCCGCCUUCUGUUUUAAGCUCUUAAUCCAUCCUAGCCUCCUAUUAUGAAUGAUUAAUUUAUACAAUUAGUAGUGUUAUGGUAAUGAGCUAAUGGCAUCUUUGUUGCCAUCCUACGUGGGGAUAUAGCUAAUUGCAUGUUGCAUGAUUGUUCCCAGAGGCUUUUUUUAACACAAGAGGAGAGUGACUUCUACUUCUUGCCACUGAGGCAAUGCCUAUUACUGAUCUGUAGGUGAUUUAUGUGCCUACUCAAUUAGGUAGAGUAUGGUGCUGGUAAUGCCAAGGUCACGGGUUCGAUCACCAUAUAGGCCGCCUGAAUAUUCCUGCACUGCAGGGGGUUGGGCUGGGUUCCUUUCAGCUCUACAAUUCUAUGAUUCUAAGUACAUAGUAGAAUUAUGUGCUUCCCAGUAAUGCACACUCAGGGGGCCCUAGAGGUACCCACAGAUGCUAAUGUUGCUCUAUAAUCUGGAGGCUGGAUGCUUCUAAAGUGACUUUCAGGCAUUUGAUGCAACUAAUAACCCAGACUCUACCCUGAUUUCUGUGAAAACACUGUACCUUUGCAUAAUAGGUAAGCGCUUAGUAGGAAGGUGUUGAUAGCUGGUGCUCCCGUCAGCCUUAUGACAGCUUCAUGGCAGUUCAAAACACCUGAAGAGUACCACACAUGUGCCAGUUAAUAGGGCAGGUUUCUGCCCUCUAAUGGUGUAUCCAGCACACACAAAUUAUUUUUCUAACUGUUCAAUGGUUUGCAUAUUUCUUGUUUAGAUGUAUACUUUGCCCUUAAAAUAUCAGAGUGGCUUAUGCUAAAAUUAGUAAAAGCAUAAUUAAAUAACUAAUAUAUUAAAGUCAUCUGCAAACAACAGCAUUUUUGUAAAUGCAGCAUAAAACUAAUCCAAGUAAAAUCGUUCAAAAUAUAUUCAUCUGAUGCCAGAAAGGUAUCUGAGCAGAUACUGAGCAAGGCUUUUUGGAGGAGAGUAGAGGAGAGCGCAAAAUAUGGUCUGAAGCUCAACAUCAAAAAACCGAAGAUCAUGGCCACUGGUCCCAUCACCUCCUGGCAAAUAGAAGGGGAAGAAAUGGAGGCAGUGAGAGAUUUUACUUUCUUGGGCUCCAUGAUCACUGCAGAUGGUGACAGCAGCCACGAAAUUAAAAGAUGCCUGCUUCUUGGGAGAAAAGCAAUGACAAACCUAGACAGCAUCUUAAAAAGUAGAGACAUCACCUUGCCAACAAAGGUCCGUAUAGUAAAAGCUAUGGUUUUCCCAGAAGUGAUGUAUGGAAGUGAAAGCGGGACCAUAAAGAAGGCUGAUCGCUGAAGAAUUGAUGCUUUUGAAUUAUGGUGCUGGAGGAGACUCUUGAGAGUCCCAUGGACUGCAAGAAGAUCAAACCUAUCCAUUCUUAAGGAAAUCAGCCCUGAGUGCUCACUGGAAGGACAGAUCCUGAAGCUGAGGCUCCAAUACUUUGGCUACCUCAUGAGAAGAGAAGACUCCCUGGGAAAGACCCUGAUGUUGGGAAAGAUGGAGGGCACAAGGAGAAGAGGACGACAGAGGACGAGAUGGUUGGAUAGUGUUCUCGAAGCUACCAGCAUGAGUUUGACCAAACUGCGGGAGGCAGUGGAAGACAGGAGUGCCUGGCGUGCUCUUGUCCAUGGGGUCAUGAAGAGUCGGACACAACUAAAUGACUAAACAACAACAACAACAUUCCAAAACUGGGAUACCACCACUGAAAAGGCCCUUUUCCAAAUAGCCAUCUAUUACAUCUUACUGGUUCUGAUGUUCAUUAUUAUAAAACAGUGAUUUAACCUAAGCUGAUCUGAGAAUGUGCCCUCCUCACUCCCAUCAGUUCAGAGAGUCAACUUGGGCUGCAUCGACGUCCCAUGGAAGGAACUGUGUAGCUGAUGGAAAAAUUUGUAGAAACGUCACAAAACAUAAGCCACCCCUCCCCACAAAGGGAACAGCGCUGAGAACCUAUAAGAGAAACAGAGUAAAUUAAAAUUUGUCUUCUUCCCCACCUCAGAUGUAUUCAGAUCUUGUUCCUGUGCUUAGUCUACUUCACUCACCCACUCUUCUUCCUCUUUGAAACUCUCUGAUCUCUUGUUCUGAGGCAGCCGUUCAGUCUCCCACACAGGUUGAAGUUUUCUCUACAUGCAAGUAACUCUGAUUCUGGUGUCCUUGAGAAAUUAGCAACACUUUCAAAAGAAAGAGAGGGAGAGAAAAGGGGGUGAACUUUGGGAGGCUGGGGAGAUGACAGAACACAGCAUGAGGUGUUCAAUCAAUUCUGAGAAAGAUGCACAGCAAGGUUUUGCUGCCCUUCUUGUUCUGCCCAAAAGCAUUAGGUCCAACAAAGAAUAUGAGUAGGUUGCACUGAUGGGCAGGUGACUCAUAUACACACUUUUUCUGUGUGUGGCUUUGGGCACAUUAUUCACUUGCUCUUCCCUGUCUUAUGUGUAAAUAUGAUCGUGAUUCUGUGUUGUAUCCCUAGUGUUCUUUAGGUUUUCAGGAUAGGGAACUUUUCUGUGCUCUCCUGCUGCAUAUCAAGGCAACAGCCAUCUCUACCAUCUCAGUGUGGUGUAGUGGUUAAGAGCGGUAGACUCGUAAUCUGGGGAACCGGGUUCGCGUCUCCGCUCCUCCACAUGCAGCUGCUGGGUGACCUUGGGCCAGUCACACUUCUUUGAAGUCUCUCAGCCCCACUCACCUCACAGAGUGUUUGUUGUGGGGGAGGAAGGGAAAGGAGAUUGUUAGCUGCUUUGAGACUCCUGAAGGGGAGUGAAAGGCGGGAUAUCACAUCCAAACUCCUCCUCCUCUUCUUCUUCUUCUACAUGGAAGGAAUUUUAAAAGUGCAUGAUAGCACUAGGCCUACUCAACAAGAGUCUUCUAAUGUGGUUAGAUCCCUGCUGCAUGACCUAACUAUCAACUCAGCUCCACUCACCUGAUUUUGGGUGGGGUAGCCCCCUCUCUUUCUCUUCAGUAUGGCAGUGUAAGAAUUGCCAAGUCACAAAGAGAACUCAAAUUGUCAAAAUUCAGACCUAUCCCUAGAACAUGAGUAUAGGCAUAUUCAGUAGGAGGUCACGAGAUUCACACCUUUGUGUUGCCAGUUUCAUUUGCUAGUUUUAAUUUUUUUAUUGCAGUUAGAUUUCCAUGAAUUCAGUAUUAUUUCCCUAGCCCUGGCGAUGAUGGUGAUAAGUAGUAGAUACAGUAUCUGCAGUAAGGAUAUUUGAAUAAGCUACAGCUGUUGCUCAAAUUAUGAAGGGUGCUUUUCAAAUGAAUUUAAAUGGUGUAAGUUUAGCACCAAAAGCUGACCUACUCAGGGAAUUUGCAGCACACUUCAUUUGCAAAGAAUUGCAUACUGAGAAGUGAUGUAUGUAUCUGUGUGGGAGGUACUGUGAAGGCCACAGGGGCAGAAACUGUGGUUUCUCUGAGCUUGUGAAUAUUUCCAGAUUCUAGAUGAUAAUUCUGAGCAGCUACUGGUCAGAUUUUACAGGGAUAGUAUGAAUGCUGGUUCAAAAUCUAUCAAACUGCAGAAAACUGUGAAUCCAUAAUUGCAGAAUCCACAGGGCUUUGUUGUUGGUUGUUGUGUAGUCCUGUACCUUUCUUUCUUUCUUGGCACUUUUGGAUGCAGUAUUUUGUGGAAGCUGGUGAAAAUGCCAUGUAUGCUACUUUUUAUUAGGAAGCUAAGGUUUGCGUUGAGACUGAGCCUGCAGAAGCAAUUUGUUUCAUGUGUUAUAGAAAAAUGAUAACAGAAAGGAGCAUCUUGCCCCCAUUAGACUAUGACAACCUGACAUGGAUCAGGAUGUUCAGAAGUUGGAUCUGUACUACUUCUUCUUUUGUGGGAAAACCAAGUCAAGUACUCCAUUCUCUGUGAAGCCAAGUUACAAGUAAGGCUAUAAAUUGGCAGAAAGGAGGUAGAGUGUUAGGAUCCAGGUCAGAGUUCUGCUCCUUCAAGGCCUUAUCCUUGAGAAAGAAAGGAAGUGAUCUUCUGGGGUCACCCAGCCCUGGAGAAAUAAAAGCCUUCAGUUGUUCACUUUGAGCUUGCCUUGCCUCAUCUGGGUGGUCUUGCUAAGGGAGGGACUAGAUACUGCAAAGCAAAGUUGUUUGGAUGAAGGAGCUAGGGUUGUUAUCCUACUGUUAUCCAGAAUGAGGCAACCAGUUUGGGGUGUCCUGAUGCGGCAGGGAAGUGCUAAGUUAUUUAAUUUAUUGUUGUACAAUAAUAAUAAUAAUAAUAAUAAUAAUAAUACCCUGCCCAUCUGGCUGGGUUUUCCCAGCCACUCUGGGUGGCUCCCAACAGAAUUAAAAACACAAUAAAACACCAGGCAUUAAAAACUUCCCUAAACAGAGCUGCCUUCAGAUGUCUUCUAAAAGUCAGAUAGUUGUUUAUUUCCUUGACAUCUGAUGGGAGGGCGUUCCACAGGGUGGGUGCCACUACCAAGAAGGCCUUCUGCCUGGUUCCCUAUAACCUCACUUUUACUGCCAGAGAAAACCACAUGCUGCCAAAAUAAUAUGACCAGCUUCCCGGGAGAUAUGCAGCUUCCUGGAAGAUAGGGAGAGACUUGUUUGCCCUGCCUCAGGUAGCAAAAUGUCUUGGGCCUGUUCCAGAAGUAGUAGUAGUAGAGCCUGGGACUGGAGAAGUGGAUUGUUCACUUGUUUAAGAUGUAGUACCAGCACCUUGCAUGAUAUGCUGAAAAUGAAGGACCCUGCCCUACAUGCACACACCUUGCAUCAGACACACCACUGAAUAAUGGGACCUUAUGGUGAAGGGUGGUUAAUAAAUCGAAUUGAUGAAAAUGAUGAUGUGAGGAGAAUACAAUGAAACCUUCCUCACGUGGUGUGUGACCAAGAGACAGGUGCUUGGAACUCAGCUGUGAUAUAGUAACCCCCCUGUUUUGGAAUGUGUUUAUGUGUGUUUGCUAGUUAGAUGUUAAAACUAGCCCCAUAGUUGCCAUGGUAGCAUAUAGAUUUAGUUGCAUCUUCUAUGUGCAGAUUUGAGUUCAGUCCCAGAGAGACACCAACUGUUUCUGGUCCCUAAAAUGCUUCCUACACUUCUGGUGUUUGCCUUGAAAUGUGCCUACAUGGAUACUUACUGCAUUGAUUCUGUGUUGUUUUUUCUUCUAAAAUUUGCUGCUGAAAUACUUUCAUGUCUUGAACUGUUAGCUAUAUUCUUAUUGAAAUAUUGUUUUUGAAACGACGUUUCAAAACCAUGUUUUUGUUGUGAUCUGCUUUGAACAUAAUUUAUUUUGUGAAAAGGCAACACAUGAAUUAGACUAGUCUAGUCAUAGGAUAAACAGGGACAUGUGUAGCUUUCUCCCUUGGCCCAUUGCGAAUGCAUAUGUAUUGCUGUUUAGGCUCAGGUGCAACUUAAGUUAUUGUUUCUAAUUUCCAGAUUUGCACAGUAGUGAUUGGCUAGCCCUCAUGUCACUCGCAAAGCAAACACACACAUCCCUUUGAGAAAUUUUUGAAUUGUUUUUUGUCUGAACAAAGAUUUUAAACAGAUACUUGAAUAUGAACAUAUACAAAAAUGUAUUACCUCCUUGAAGUUUGGGAAGGAAGGGCAGGGAGGACUGAGCAGGUACAAAAGCAACUGUCUUUGCAAGAGGGAAGGUGUAGAAAAGCAAAGUUCAUUGUGCAACGAAAGCCACCCACCCACCCCUGUUCACAAGUACAUCUGUCUUCACAAUUAUGCAUCUGUGCUGCCAACUUGCUUCCAGAUACCAGCGGAGUCCCUAGCAUAGCUAAAUGCCAAAAGGCUGCUGCUUCCAUUUUAUAAUGAACUGCAUGAUUUGUACUGUUCUUGCAAAUGAAUAUAGAGGGCUAGAAAGCAAUUAUACUGACUCUGGAAAGCAAGCAUUUAUUUUUCUUCACUUUCCUCAGAAAUUUAAAAUCAGCUCUAUACAGGGACAGUUUGAUGUCAGUUGCUGUCUGGGCACUUCCUGGCGACCUGUUUAUUCAUCCUGAUUUGCCUGCACAAAGUUUGCAGAGAGGCUUUGCAGGAUCAUAUCAAUAUAUUGUUACCCAGUGCAUUUUCUCAUCACUUCCCUUACUGCAAGAAGACUGGGUGGAAGUUCAGGGUUUGGAAGCAGGAUUGGUGCACAUGGACCACACAUCCACAUUAAUUGCCCAAACUGAACUUGUCAGUAUGUGACUGGAUCCCACCUGCAAAGGAGCAAGCCGUUUGCGCAAGCUCCACACCUGAACCAGGAAAUGCUAGUCAAGCCCCAUUGAUCUCCAUAGGACUUGUGUUAAUCAUAUCCUGUUUAUAUUAAAGGGACUUAAGCAUGGUAUGGCUUCUAUCCUUUCCACAUUUUAUUUGAAUUCAGUGGGACGUACUUCUGACUAAAUAUGCAUUGUGUUGCUCUGUUGCUGUCUUUGGAUUGGGCCCCUAGUAUAAAGGUCAAGGGACGUGGGUGGCACUGUGGGUUAAACCACAGAGCCUAGGACUUGCCGAUCAGAAGGUCAGUGGUUCAAAUCCCCGCGAUGGGGUGAGCUCCCGUUGCUCGGUCCCUGCUCCUGCCAACCUAGCAGUUCAAAAGCACGUCAAAGUGCAAGUAGAUAAAUAGGUACCGCUCCGGUGGGAAGGUAAACGGCGUUUCCGUGCGCUGCUCUGGUUCGCCAGAAGCGGCUUAGUCAUGCUGGCCACAUGACCCGGAAGCUGUACGCCGGCUCCCUCGGCCAGUAAAGCGAGAUGAGCGUUGCAACCCCAGAGUCGGUCACAACUGGACCUAAUGGUCAGGGGUCCCUUUACCUUUACCUAUAAAGGUCAAAUGUAGCUCGCUUCAAAUCGCUAAUGGUGCAGCAUGAAGGAAAGAGUUCAGCUAAGUGCAGAGUGGGCUGGUAAGACAUCAAACCACAGAGACUCAUGUAAAAGAAUUUAUAGGAAUGUAGAGUUUUAGCAGCAUGUAAUACUUCGCCUCCAAUACAGAGUAGGGUGGGUCUUGCCAAGCUUCACCAGACCUGAGGAAUGUCCACCCAUUGAGGGCAAAUGAGAACAUUCAGGGAGUUCAUUUGAGGAAACUGUUUGUUCUACUGCAGUGAUCUUUUCAGCCUGGCUUGGAAAUCGGUACUUCAUCUGAGCUCUUACCAAAUGUGCGGCCUCAAAUCAAUCAGGCGUGCGUGAGAUGUUGGAACAUGAUGCCUGUCUCACUCGCUUGCUGUGGUUUUUAUUUCCCUUGCUGCCUACCAAUUUGUUCUGGAAAGUAAUGGGCACAACUCUCCUAAUUUCCAAUAACUUCCCACCACCUCCUUCUACCCCUCGGUAAGCCUGUAGCAAUUAUUCUCCCUGCCGAAGUAGAGCAAACCCACCCACACUGCACGCUUUCAACAAAGAAUGGAAACUUCCCCAGAGACAAUUGCAAAUGAUGCUCCAGGCAUCCCACUGUCUGGAACAAUGUGGGCUGUGUGUUGCAGGAGCUACUGGCGGGGGCAGACUUUGGUAAUAUGGCGCCCUGACUGAGGACAAAAUUGGGCACAUGCCCCUAAACAUUUCUUAUUUUCACAAUAAUACCUUUUGGUACAGUUGCUUUUUGCAUGGAUCUUCUCAGUAGGUACCUGUAUAAAUAUAUGUUGUUGUUGUUGUUGUUGUUGUUAUACAUCUUGGCUUAGUAUCCUGUGCAGGAGAGCCACCUGCACCACCCUAAAUCCGGUGCUGCUACUGGGUAAGACUGAUGAGGUAACUAUUUGAAAUAGAGCGAUGGAAAGAGAUUUCAUCAAAAAGCAACACACAUUAUCAGCUUAGGGCUCCAAAUUUUUGCUAGUAAGAGCAGUGAUUUGGUGUGGGGGGGAAUUAAUUUUGUUUUGUUAACUGAUAUUGAUUCUGUCAUAUUGAAGAGUUAGAAAUGUGUGGAAAUAUUAAUAAAACUAUAUCUGUUCUGAUGACACAAGAUUAGACUGUGAUGAAUGUGUCUUCUCGGCUCAGCUGAUUAUAUAAACAAGGAACUCUUUUUCUGUAUGCGUGCCUUAUUUUGUUUUUGUGCAUUGUUGUUUUUUAUUUUUAGCAUGGCUAGAGGCCUCAACAGCUGGAGGUGGCCCAGGCCUCCCUGGACCUCUAAUUUCCAUAUGCAAGAUAACCACUGCAGAACAAAUGCUACAGAUAAACUGCUUCUCAAUGGAAGUAGUUCACAUGUCAGCUAUAGGGAAACACUGUUAGACAUUGUCUCUCUGAACUUGUACAGAGAAGGGGGUUGGGGAUAGUGCCUGCUGAUCCCGUUAUUGAUGCAUGUUCAUUGUAAUGUCUGAAAGAACCUGAAUGCCUGUGAGUAACCUGGGACCCUUAAAAUAGGCAGAGUCCUUAUUGUGCAGACAGAGCCUACAUAAGCACACUUGGUAAGCAUAUAGGCUCUUUCAGACAUUGUAUUGAAAUUGUAUCCGGUUAGGGGACAGCAGCCACGAAAUUAAAAAAUGCCUGCUUCUUUGGAGGAAAGCGAUGACAAACCUAGACAGCAUCUUUAAAAGCAGAGACAUUACCUUGCCGACAAAGGUCUGUAGAGUUAAAGCUAUGGUUUUCCCAGUAGUGAUGUAUGGAAGUGAGAGCUAGACCAUAAAGAAGGCUGAUCACCGAAGAAUUGAUGCUUUUGAAUUAUGGUGCUGGAAGAGACUCUUGAGAGUCCCAUGGACUGCAAGAAGAUCAAACCUAUCCAUUCUUAAGGAAAUCAGCCCUGAGUGCUCACUGGAAGGACAGAUCCUGAAGCUGAGGCUCCAAUACUUUGGCCACCUCAUGAGAAGAGAAAACUCCCUGGAAAAGACCUUGAUAUUGGGAAAGAUGGAGGGCACAAGGAGAAGAGGAUGACAGAGAAUGAGAUGGUUGGACAGUGUUCUUGAAGCUACCAGCAUGAGUUUGACCAAACUGCGGGAGGCAGUGGAAGACAGGAGUGCCUAGCGUGCUCUGGUCCAUGGGGUCACGAAGAGUCGGGCAUGACUAAAUGACUAAACAACAACAGGGGACAAUCCUCCCCCUCAGAAUUCAGAGUAUGAUUGAGCAGGGCUUAAAUGAUAAGUCAUUUAGUGACAUCGAGUGGCAUGUAGAGUCAAGUGUGAAUCAGACUGGUUUUUGUUUCUAAGUAAAAUAGAAUCUGAAUUCUAAAUGCAGUUCCCACUGGGUUGCUACUGGUCAUUUUAUAUUGCUUGGCAGAAUAAGGAAACCAGAAGUUCCAGAUCUGAAAGUACAGAAUAUCUGAAUAAUCAAGUCCCAUUGUAUUUCUUUGUAUGACUUUUUCAGAAUUGGGAAGAGAACAUAAGCAAGUUAUUUAGAUUGUAAAUUGCUCAGAGGUGGACGAGAAUGUCUCCUAUUCUAUAACUUCUACACAUAAUUCUUAGUAUGCUUAACAGAAAUGACAAUAACUAUGUCUUCAAUUACAGGUCUCCUACCUUUUUUGGAAAUUAUAUCCAUGAGUUCAUGCAGUGAAAUGCAUGAAUGAAAGGGACACAGCAAAACAAUGGGAAAUUUAAGGACUGAACAGUCUAAUUUUAUUCUGCUGAAAUUUUGUUCAGAAUAUAUUUCCUUUUGAUUCAAAUGCAAAGUGAUAACCUAAUUUAAGAGACAGUAUGUGCCAUAGUGAUUUAAUCAAAUUAGUAGUUGAAGUCUGUCAUUCUCCAAAGUCUGCAAUUACAUAGUUUACCCAUGUCAGCAGAUAUUCAAAUUAUGUAAAAUGUAUGUUAAUCUUCAGAAUAUUACAUAUUCAUAGUUGCCACAUUUUGGCUUAUGCCUUAAAUUUUCUGGUUGUUCCAGUCUAACACAAGAGGUGGGAUCCUCCCUCUUAAUUUAGGACCAUGAUUGGUGUUCUCUCUCUCUCUCUCUCUAUAUAUAUAUGUAUAACACACACACACACACACACACACACACACACUUAACAUUUUUAGGAGAAAAUGGAAAGGGGUGAGUCAGGGUUGCUUCCCUUUUGACCACACUCAUACGCCCAGCGGACUACCUGGCAAGUCCUACAAGGCACCUGGGACUGGUGAGGCAGAAGGUGCCCUCAGGAGACCAGUUUUGGCAGCCACCUGUUAUUCUAGGGCUAUGUUGUCUCUUAAUCCACUUGUGAAAAAGUCCUUACAGACCUGAGGCCUUCUGCAGUGAUGUGGACUUUCAGGUUUCAUCAUAGCAACCCCUAGAGCAGGGGUUUCCAGUGGGAGCCAGUACACCACCGGUAUGGCCUAAAUCACCCUUGAAAGGUCUCAGGAAAUAUGCUCUCAGAAAUCCACAAUACUCAAGAGACUAUUCAGUCUUCCUGCUCAGUUCCUGUUUGUACAUUUCUACAUUGAACACCCCCCUCAAAUCUUCCCAUUGUGUCACUAGAUGCCAGAAUUGGGCACCCUCCCUUUCAUCCAUUCUGAACAGGGGAGAGGUGCAAUGAGCUUUUUUCUAUGAGCAAGUGCUGAUGGAGGUGCCUUUCCCCCCAUUGAUUGGGGGGGGGACAUGCCUAUACCAUUUUGUAGUCCUCUAUCCCCCCGCCCUGGCGCUCUUUUAGAGGUGGCAGCUAUUUUCUGUUAUGCAACGUUUGUGACUGGUGCCCAGAGCACUUUUCUCAAAAUUCCAUAUGCGUCUACUGACCCCAAAGGGUUGGCAACCCCUUCAGUGAUCCAAUUUAGCAUGUUUAUAUUUAUUUUAAAAAGCCAAGCAUCUUGCAGCUGCUAAGCCUGCCUAAUAUUGCAUUUGCAAUUAGCGUACAUUCAUUGUUACUAACAGACUUACGAAACAGAAGAUUUUCAACUGAAAGUUUUCUGCCCCACAUCACUGACUAGACCUGAAAUGUAUCUUUUGGGAGGAAGGUUUUGAACUUGUCUAAAAUCCAAAACAUAAUGUUCGGCAGUGGAACGGACUCCCUCAGGAGGAUGUGGACUCUCCUUCACUGGAGCUUUUAAAGCAGAAGUUGGAUGGUCCUAUGCUUAGUUUCCUUGCCCUGGACUCCUGCCAGUCCUUCCUUCACCCUGAAAUAGCUUUCUCACAACCCUUUUCCAGACUAGCCUGCCUUAUUAUGGCACUUUAUCAGUACAACCCAAUUAAAUACACCAGCCCACACUCAUAGAGGCCCCCAAAGCAGUUUAUGCACUUUUGAAAAAAGAAAACAUUUUUAAAGAACCGAAAUAAAUUAAUAAGAGCUGGCUAUGACAGGCUGUUUGGUUUUUUUGUCUUUUUUACAGAAUGCAGUGCAGGUCUGGCUGUUGUGCGGUAAAACAGCAUGCAGCAUACGUAGAGGAGAGCCUUUGGCAAUAAGUAACCAGAGGGAAAGGGCACUCCAGCAGUGAUCCUUGGUGUGACGGAAAAGGUAAGUACACAAGAGCACCCUUCUUUACAACACCCAUCUUUUGAGCUUCCUGUGAAGUCUUUAAUUUUUAAAAUUUCAGUAGAGAUGUUAAGGAAGCUUAUCUUAUGGUUAAAUUUAACUUAGAGCCUCUCCAGGCCUCCUUUUAACUGUUCUUUCGUGAUCCUUUGUGAUAAUGGUGGCAUUGGGGUGGUUAUACAGAGUCCUGCUUUUAAUAUUGUUUGGACCUUCAAAAGUUUUGGGUUGGACAUACUGCUUUGUUUCUAGUAGUGCAUGUGCCAUAGCUUCCUGCUGAAAUCCUGUGACUCUGGGGGUGGACCCACUUUUGUUGAACUAUACUGAAAGAGUACCCCCCUAGAUGGCCAUAAUGGGGUAGCAUUAGUGAAGCAUGACAAAACAACCAAAAGUGAAAUGGUAUAUGGAUGUUCUGUAAUUCCACCUCUAAUGCACCAUUGUUGUGUCAAUGACAUAUUGCAGAACACCCUCCUCAAAAACAAUAGUCUGGAGGGGACCUGAUUUUUGGGCUGUUUCUUUAUCGUAUUCCACUUUGAAACUGUGGUAUUAAGCAGUAUUCAGCUUCUUUCAACAAAUGCCAAAAUUCUGUGGUAUUAUAGAAUAGGGAUGACAUCACAAAAACUCACAUAAAACAUUAUCAAAACAGCAUUAAAAAGACCAGCCUAAAACAAGUGUUAAAACUGAAUAUGAAAAUAGCAAAGAGAAAGCCAUUUAGAAUUUAGAAGAGAAAGGCAUAUCAGAAUGCAAUAAAACGUAUCAUUCAAAUUUAAAGGUCCUGGAAGGGUACAAAGGUCUGCACCUGGCAUUUCAAAGACUAUAACAAAGGCCCCAGGUGAACCUCUUGAAGGGAGGGGGCAUAAUCCACAACUGGGAUGCAUGCACAGUUGCUUUUGGUUUAGCCUUUGACGGGGGGGAGCCAAACUGUUUGGUUUCCUGGCUUUGUAUGAUGUGGCUGUGUAGCAGCUUUAAGCAGCGUAGAUUUGGAGCCCCACGGCAGUGAGGCUUAGACGGCUAGUGCUAUGCAGCCUCUGAGAGUAAUCUAUUAUUUAUUGCCCCUAUUGCAAAACUGGUUCAUUAAGCCAGGAUAAGAAAAUGGGGUAACUGCCGUCUUUUAUUACAGCUCCUGCUGCUGAGUUCUUACUAGGCGGAAAGUCCAGGGAAUAUUGAACCCUUUGGCCUUUAACCGGAGAUCUGGCUUUCUUCUGCAAAAGCAGAAGAGACUGCUAACCCCAUGCUACUGGGGAAGGCAAAGUUGGACUCCUCUUCCACCCACCCACCCACCCAGGUUUGUGGGAGCAUUGGGCAAAAUGCCAGGUCAUCUGAUAGAGAAAUAAAGGCUGGUCCAUUGGGACGCUUCCUUGCGUGACAGAUGGUUCAUGCUAAAAUUCACUGCCCUGCACAAUUAUUAAAGGUGCUGGGGCCCUAUCAUUUUUCAUCUGACCAGCCUAACGUUCAUUUUAGUGGCUGCCCUGUUCUGGUCCCAAGGAGAAGCACUCUGUGCAUGGCAGCAAGGAGAAUUAGCAAUUUGCCUCUGCAGGGGCUGGUGGUGAACUGAGGCCUACUGAGCACCUGCCUCCAGCCCAGCUGUUAGGCUCCACCCCCUUCCCACAUUUCUCCUUCGCUCCAUGAUUUCCCAUUUGAUGCACUCCCUGUGGUGUUGGAAUGGGAAGGGUGCCUUUGAGGGUGUCUGCCCUGGUUCUAUGGACCUUGUUGCUGUGGGAUCUGGUCCAGUGUGCCCUGGUCACCAGCGUCAGGCUCAGAACCCGAAGCUGCUCCAUAAGAUAGGGUACUAAUGCCUAGAUAGUCACGUUAGCCCCUUAAUUGUUCUAUGUAGCUAUUUCAGUUUCUGGUGUGGGUAGUGAAAACAAAAUAACAAUGCUAUGCAUUAUAUUUCUACAAAAGAACUGUUAUUGAUUUUUUCCCCCUUAAAAAAUAAAGCAUGCUUUCUGUUUGCUGCCUCCAGAAACAAUCUUUUCUUAAUGGCAUUUUUGAAACUGAAGGAGUUGAGGGACUGAUUUGUGUCAGAAUAAGCUUCAUAAUUCUGCCUUUUAAAAACAAUUGCAAUAUUUUCUCCAUCGUGUUUUCUGCUUGCCCUGGACUGAGCUCCAAAACUAUGACUAAUUCAAGUUGGACCAAGAGAUGAUCCUGACGCAUAGGGUGCCAGUAGAAGAAUAAGCAACCUUAAAAAGGUGCAGCAAGAAUGGACCAGUGCAGGUUCAUCUCACAAAUUUGUUCAUGGAAUCAUAGAGUUGAGGGUCGUCAAGUCUAACCCUCUACAAUGCAGGAAUCUCAACUUAAACAUCCAGGACAGAUUGCUAUUCAAUCUCUGCUUAAAAGGGAAACAGACGGAUUUUGUGAAUGUGUGCGUUGCUUGAACGGUAAGCUCUGGGAGGUGGCUUGUCACAUCUGACUGCAAGAGAAGAUGUCAAAUUAGAACUGUGUGAACACACAGGGAGAGCAGGGAGCACCAGCCCAUUCUAUUUCCUAUUCCACCUGUAUUAUGUAACAUCCAGAAUUAUCCUUAGCCUGCAUCCCUUUGCAUCAUUCUGGAUCAUAUGUACAGGUAGGUCUGUGUGUUAUCCACAUGCGUGCUAUUGCACCUUGAAAGCUUGAAUUUUUGGUGCUGAGAAGAUCUAUGUUAUGAUUAUGGAUACUUGAUAACUUUUUAUGAAGGGGGACAGGUCCCCUUACAUUUCUGAAAAGGUGGCUGAUUUUUCUUCAGAGCAGCAGUUUAUAGCUUUGUGGGGACACCAAGUUAAAUUCUUCAGCACAGCAAAUUUUCAUUUGACACAAUGCCAAGUUUUAAUAAUUAUUUUAACUGUGUAAUGUAUUUUAUUCUGUGUUGUUUUCUAAUGGCUUCAGCUUCAUUAAAUAAAUAAAAGAUAACAAUAACAAUGUUAUGAUUACGGUGGCCAGAUGGAAUAAAGAACAGGAUCCCUCACCUUUAAUAGGUGUGCUGGAUGCUGAAAUUCCCACUUCUUAGUUAGUUAGUUAAAAAAAAUAGUUUUUUUAUUUAAAAAAAAUGUUUCUAGUCCUUCUGACUGCAAAAAAUAGCUCCUUUCCUCCAGCCACUGGCACUUGCUUAACAUUGCUAGCCGAAGCAGACAUGUACAAAGGCCUGUAAAAUAAUUUGGCAUUUGUAUACAAACUUGGGCAGUGUAUGCAGAGCAUAGAACUAGAAUUUAUAUUCAAUUUUUGCUUUGCAAGGUAAACCCAUCUCUGAGAAUCACUCAUUCAUUCACUUUUCCCUCUUCCUAGCCAAACACUUGCUUUUUCCUUUGAGCUGUGAACUGAGCCCAAGAGACCUGCUUCUCUUAAUUGCUCCGUCUCGCUUUCUUUCCAAGCCAGGAAUAGAAGCCUGAUACCUUGGAUCCCACUCCCUCUGCUUUAAUCACUUGCUGCCACAUGACACUAAGAAGAAAUAAUUAAGGGCAGCGCAGAGUAAAAGAAAGACGGCUAGUCUUAGCUGUCGCAAGUAGCAGGACCUCUUCUCACUAAAGGGCAGCAUUCUUAACUUGCAGCCGUCUCUCUGCUAUUUCCUUCUGAGGUUGGAUUGAUGGCAAGCUGAAAUCUUGCAUGUCUGAAGUGGAACAGUCCUAGGCUUUUCAUGACUCUGGGGAUCCUGGGAGCUCUGUGUGGACUGGAGCGUGGCAAGGAUGUAGAGAUAAUGAAAGCACUAAUUAAAAAUAGGAAAGGGAAAGAAAGAAGUAGCCAGCCUACACCAACCCACAGUGUCUGUAUGGGAACUUUUUAUUGUAGUGUCAGUACCAUGUCUGUGCUUCUCAGUGUUGACUCAUUACCUGGGAAGAAUAUCCAAGUGAUUUGGUUUGAGGAUGUGUGUAGAUUUAGGCAAGAUUGGGUCAAUAUAUGCACUGCCAAGAUCACCUUGUUUGAUGUUGGAGAAGUCAUUUUAAGGCUUUGCACAGGCAUACGAUUUGUGGUUUGUGAAGAUGCACCCUCAGUGUUUGGUUAACAUAUUCAGUUACGGUAACAUAAUGUGUUCAGAUAACAUAAUCCAUAGUCUUUUGAAUACUUCUUUAACUUUCCCCAUUUGAGGAUGAUGUAGCAGUGGUUGCAAGCAGUGGCCCCAGCGAGGUAUGUUUGGGAGACUGAGUGAGUGGCUCCAACCAAUGAUUGAUUCACUAACAUGCCUGAAAGUUCAGGUUUGAAGAUGAGUUCAGAGAGCAUAUAAUGAGCACUCUCUGGGCUGUCUUGAUUUUAUUUCUGUCUUCAGCCCUUCAUAAUUUUUUGACCUGGUCCAUAUGCACAUUUGCAGUACAUUAGGCUUGCAUGUGAGUAGUUGUGCAUAGCAUCACUGCGUGCUUGCCUUUCCAGAUGGUUGGUUGCUUUGUGUUCAGGGUAAGCAGAACAAGUUUAGAAUGGGGGGUCAAGAGCUGAAAACGUUUGAGAAACACUGCCUCCAGCCUUGCUCCAGGUUGUCUCAUCCCCAUAGUCCAUAAAUGACAUUUCAUUUUUCAAAACAUUAUUUAGUCUCCCUGCUUGAGCCUGAAAGUAAACAAAUAAAAUAAAAUCCUAUGAUAUGGAAAGAUGGAAAUUUCAAAUCACAUCUCCAUGUGUAGUGGAGGAGUGGUGCUGUGGCUUUAUAAAAAUCAUCCCUCGAUCCUCUCUUGAUGGAUGCUGCUGUAGUUCUGUGAACCUCUGUGGUGAUAACACUGAUUGACACUGGCUGAAGGCGUGUGAUCCUUUGAAAAGCAGGAGUGUACCAUGCAAAAUGCUGACACAACCAACUUCUUUACAGUUCAACAAGAACCCCUCUAGGAAAGCAGACAAUAUGGGUAUUGAACAAGCCAUGGGCACUGGGGUGUGACUUGACAAGCUGGCACAUAGUAGCACGUUAUCCGGCCAAGGGAAACACAAGAUGCAUUUUAUCACGUCCAGUAAAAGAAUUGAUUCCUGGUGUAGAUUCAUUUAAUGAGGUUAAAAAAAAAAGUGACUGUCGUUUUAGUGUCUUCUGUCUGAACUGCUCCGCUCUUGUCACGGUUGGAAUGAAAGGCCUUAGACUGAGAUAGCAUCUACCCUGCACUAUCUGUCGGUUUCUCUCUUUUUAUGCAGAGGUGAAUAUACCAAAAUGAAAGCAGCCUCCUCUACUCUGCUAAUAUAAUGCUGCUUCCAUUACUGGAUGUUGCUAGGUCUUCAAUGAAACCCAGGUGAAGCUCCUUCCUUUGCUUCUUAUAUGCACAUCCUCAUUGCAGAUUAAUGAGUCUCAUCUUCAAGGGCCUUGGGCAUGCCUGUACACCAUCCCAGACUCAACACUUGCAAAGACACCAACCUUGAUCACUCCCUUCUUAAAACAGCAAAAAGCCUAGAGUCUUCCUGCUGGGCAAUUUACUGCACAAGGAGGGAACGCCCAUAAAACAUCUGCAGACUUACUUGUUGCUGGUAAAUCUCUUGAGCCGAAGAGAAUAGGCUUAGAUUCCCAGGUGGAGAGAAGUUGACACAAGUGAUGAAUCUGAUUACAAGUGAAGAAUGAAGGCCAGGGGAUCUCUAAGGCAGGUGAAAGGUGUGUGUGCUUCUCAUGCUUCAGUAAGAGCUGGUUCAUACUUCUUGCAUUUGUUAUACAUUCCACAGAAGUGGGCUGUUGCUCAUGGAAGAUUAUGCUGCAACAUAUUUCUUAGUCUUUAAGGUGUUGCUAGAUUCUUGUUUAUUUUGGGGGUAGAUGUGACAGUCAACAUGAGACUCAAAGUUGUACCUUUCAUGGAUCCUUUCAUGAUCCUUCUUUCUUCCCACCCUCCUUUACUUGUGUGAAUCUGAAAUUUCCAAGAUAUACCACUUACUUUCCCUGCCUUCUUGGUUGUUUUGUGCUGACUGUUGUUUGUAUGCACUGCAUGGGGCAAAGGCUCAGAAGGCUGUGUUAUGAAGUACCCCUAAUAUCCAUCUUUUGCCGCAGUAGCCUGUGCCUGAUCAGGAAAGCUUUGUUUUGGUCUAGAGAGAUAGUAAAAGAAGGUGACUCUAGGUGAUCUUCAUUCUGAGCAUUUAUUCUGAUUUGUUUGCAGGCAGGUUAAAUGACAUUGGUGAUACUUAAUGAACAUUCACUUGUGGGGAGCUAUACAGUGUUGAAUCAAAGCAACUGUUGUCCCACACUUUCCAGUGCAUUUUCAUGUCACUUUACUUGUUGCAGAAAGUCUGGUAUUUGGCAAAAGUAGGUUUAUUGUGCAAGAGUUUCUUCCAAAAGUGCCUGCAGCUAUACUGCCACCACCCUCCUAAGUGCCUUACCUAAAAAAUGAGUAUUAGUGACUUUUCAAUAGUUGUUACUCCGGGGAGGAUAACACUUCUUUAAGAGUGACCACACUCAAAGUCUCUGGCAAACUUGUCACAGCAGACCUCUUAGAGACCCAACACUCUGUUCCUGUGGACAGGUGUCAGCAUUUCCUUCACCACAUGGAAAAACUCUGCUGGUUGGCUGUUUGUGGAUGUGAUGGAGGCAGCAAAGUAAGCAAAGUUAAUAACUAAUAAAUACGCAAAUGCCCUUUUGAUAUGCUCAAAUGACUUGAGAUUUAUCUUUGUUGCCCUUGACUACAUUACCCCUUGAAGUGUCAAAUUCUGGAGCAUGUUCAGGUUCAAGGUCAAAAGUUCCUAAAAUAAGUGCCAGGCUUGCAGGCUUGCAUGCAUACUGUAUGCUUCAUAACAUUUGGGUUCUUCUCUGUGCUGCUUGACUUGUGCUGAAGUAUUUCACUUCCACUUACAUGAAAGUAGGGGUUUUUUUUAACACUGGGAGAUCGCAGAUGCACCCAGAAGGCAACCCACUCUUCUACAUAUGUACUGAAAUGCAUGACCAGGCAAAUGGGACGCUGCAAGUACAUUCAUUCCAUGUAGCUGUGGCUGGGUGCUAAUGGGAGUUGUUUUGAUCCAACAACAUCUGGGGCAGCAGGUUCCCCACCUUUGACAUAGAUAGGGUGGAAAUAGUCCCAUUUCUAACCAUGCUGAAAUAGGGCAGAAGACAAAUUCUGCCAUUUUGGUCAGCCUAGCAAAAAUCUACUGCAAAGGUUUUUCUUUCACGUAACCAGUGCUUUUUUUCUGGGGGGAUGCAUAUGCCCUAAACAUUUUGUGAAUCUUUGUACUUUUGUCCAUUUACUGUAUUUAUUUUUGCCAAUUUGAGCUAUGAAAUGGUGAUUUUCUUGAGUCAAAAUGAGAGUACCCCAAGCAUUUUUUGGGGGGGGAAGCACUGCAUGUAACUCAUAUUGUUUUUGAUCUCAGGCUUUAGCAGUUUGCUGUAGGAGACAUAUUGAUGUGCAGGAUGCCAAUUGACUUCUUGCAGACAAGAAUGUGACCACCUGGCAGGGAAGCUUUGUUUCUUUUUUGUCAGUGAAAUGUCAAGACCCUGACUGAGCGGCAAAGUCCUGUGGAGAGAGAUGAGCAGGUAAGGCAGGGAGACUGCUCUGUCCUCUCUGCUCUCAGGUACUGAGUAAUGGGCUCAGCAGUCACCUAGAGUAGUAUAGAGAAAGGCUUCUUACAGCUAACAAGUGAUGUAACCCUUGCCCUUUCAAGUGCAUAGCAAGAUCUUGGGAAGGAUUGUUUUCUGCUCAGGUGGAGAAAACAAAGAUAGGUUCCUCUCCAUGUUUUUGCCUCAAAUAGUGGCAACCACCAUGCUCAGGUAUGUGCUUCAACAUCAAGGGGGUUGAUUUAUUUGAUACUUUUCCAAAGCCAGUUGUGCUUCCUUGGUUGGAGGGGUUCUCAGAAAGCCAUCUUCUCACUGCUUUUUAUAAGAAAGUACUUUCUGAAAUAGGGAUGCGGGUGAUGCUGACUGCUAAACCACAGAGCCUAGGGCUUGCCGAUCAGAAGGUCGGCGCUUCGAAACCCCGUGACGGGGUGAGCUCCCGUUGCUCGGUCCCUGCUCCUGCCAACCUAGCAGUUCGAAAGGACGAAGUGCAAGUAGCUAAAUAGGUACCACUCCGGCGUGAAGGUAAACGGUGUUUUUGUGCGCUGCUCUGGUUCGCCAGAAGCGGCUUAGUCAUGCUGGCCACAUGAUCCGGGAGCCGUACACCGGCUCCCUCAGCCAAUAAAGUGAGGUGAGUGCCGCAACCCUAGAGUCUGCCACAACUGGACCUAAUGGUCAGGGGUCCCUUUACCUUUACUUUCUGAAAUGAAGACCCCUUACAGCAAGAACAGGAUUCCUUCUGUAGACUGAGCAGAAAUUUCUCAAAACAGCAUUUUCCUAUAACAUUUUUUUCCUCUUUCCAUAAAAAGGUUACUUCACAAACAUUUCUCUAAGUGUUCUCCAUCUUUUCUCUUUGGGGAGGAGGGGAGAAUGCAGCUGCCACAAACAGUUCUUCAGAAUGACUCUAGAUUUGGGGUAUUCUGGAUGGCCUAAAAUUGUCACCAGGCUGCCACCUCUGUUGCUGCUGCUACAACUUUCUGCUGCAGGGGCCAUAGCUCAGUGGUAGAGCAUCUGCCCUACAUGCAGAAAGUCUCAGGUUAAACAUCUCCAGAUAGGGACAGGUGUGUCUCCUGUCAAUGUAGACAUAUACUGAGCUAGGUGGACCUCUGGUCUGACAUGGUAUAAGGCAGCUUUUGUAUUGGUUAAGAGUGUCGCACUAGGACCUGGGUGACCAGGGUUCAAAUUCCCACUUGGCCAUGAAGCUCACCUGGUCACCUUGGGCCAGUCAUUCACUCUCAACCUAACCUACUUUGCAGGGUUGUUGUGAGGAUAAAAUUGGGGUGGGGAGUAUCAUGUACACCACCUUGGACUCCUUGGAGGAAAGGUGGAAAUGUAUUAAGUACAGCGGUACCUUGGUUCUCAAACUUAAUCCAUUCCGGAAGCCUGUUCCAAAACCAAAGCGUUCCAAGGUGCGCUUUCCCAUAGAAAGUAAUGCAAAAUGGAUUAAUCCAUUAUAGACUUUUAAAAACAACCCCUAAAAGAGCAAUUUAACAUGAAAUUUACUAUCUAAGGAGACCAUUGAUCCAUAAAAUGAAAGCAAUAAUCAGUGUACUGUACUAUAAAAUAAAUAAGACAGUAUUAUAGAUGAUAAAAAUUAAAAUUCUUUUUUUUCCCUUACCUGCACUGAUGAUUGUCAUUGUUUGGAUGGGGGGGCUUUUAUCCAUUUCUGCAGUUAUACAAUCAAUCAAUCAAUCAAUCAGUAGCUGAACUGGGUUCCACACAAUCACAAAAACAAUUUAACCCAAAAAGCCUCAAAAACGCAAAAUAAAUAGCAAAAACAAAAGCACCAAACAUAAUCCAUUCUGGAAGUUUGUUUGACUUCUGAAAUGUUUGAAAACGAAGGCAUGGCUUCUGAUUGGUGCAGGCGCCCCGGAAACAAUAGUCAACAGCUACAUCGGACGUUUGACUUCCAAAAAAAAGUUUGAAAACUGGAACACUUCCUUCUGGGUUUUUGGCAUUUGAGAACCAAGGUGUUUGAGAACCAGGGUACCACUGUAAUAGUAAUAAACUUUAGGGAAAGAGAAGCUGUGCUACUGCUUCUGCUAAUUGUGAACUCUGCUUCUGAGAAAUGACUGGAGAGAUUCUCUGCUGCCCUGUAGAAAUUAGGUGAAAUGGCACCCCCAAUUUCUCUGCCCACAAAUUAUGGCAGGGCAUAAGAGAUCAUUUGCACACAGUUUUAGUGUGGGAUGAGGACAUGAAUUGCAACUGACUUUCACUUCACUUCCCUACACCACUGCAAGACUGAAUGUUGUGGCUGGAAGAAACAGGGAGUGGAAUGGUUGUGGGGAGCAGGUCCUGAGUGUGUGGGCAGAAGUGGGGAUUACAGGAUUAGCUGUGCAAAGGAUAUGAGUUGGUUCUAAACCACUGAAGAGGAACUAGGGCUUUCCAAACAUUUUUUGCUGGAAAAUUUUCUAAAACAAUUUUGUACUCUACCUGCAGUGUUGACAGAACCACGUUUCCUCACAAAGACUGUGGUUGCAAGGAAGUGGAAAUAAAGGACACUUUCAGUUCAGUCUAAUAUCACUGACUCACUUCUUACAACUGUUGUCCUUAAUGAACAUUUGGGCAGCCUUAAACAUUUGUCAAAUUAAGCACCAAAUGGGCUGUGGAUUGCAAAAUAACCUUGAGAUUCUGUCCUCCUGCAGUCCUCCUUUACCCACCAGCAGGGUGUUUGUGCUUGACAAAAAUUAUCCUUUCAGCAUUUCCUGAGCUGGGAGAAAUGGUGUGUUCAGUGGAGAGAGAAUCUCACUAGAUUCCUUUGUGCCUGCUGCCUUGUGUGUGUGUGUUGACUGCAUUCUCUUUGCCACAAUUCAAGUCAAUCAUGUGAUGGCAUGGGAUCUUAGGACAAGGCUGAAAUCACACGUGACACCAGCUGCGUGUAUGCUUCCCUUGACUUUUUAAAGCCCCAGAGCAGCCUUGGGAGGUUGCAGGUUUAAAGGGGGCUGGAGGAGGACUGCUUAACCCUUUCCCUUCCAUCCAUCCAUCCCCCCCCCCCCCCUGUUCAGUGCCCUCCAAGCUGCUUUAACCCAACAAUAGGAAAUAAUACAGUCAUGGGGGAAACCAUUAAUGUAUCUAAUUCCAACUGAUGGCAGUACAUAAUUUAUGCAAGAGAUGGAAAAAUUGUGUUUUAUGCUAGCAGGGGCAUAAACACCUACCCAGCCCAGCCUUGAACACAUUCAUGAAAGGGAGAUAUUUUUCUACCCCACUUGGACUGCUUUCAGCUCCUAGAUACGGCUGCAGUGGCAUAUGCACUCAGGGAAUAAGAAACGUGAUAUUCAUGCAAUAGCCAUAGGUUGUCAGACUUCAAAGACCCUGUCUAGGUUAUAAAAGUGUGUUUGUUUUUUGCAUUUGCAAUUGUUUGUUUGUUGCAGAAGAUUCAGGCACUUUCCAUGUUUCCUUUUCAGGCAUGUCAUGUUACAUUUUUCCCUCCAGCAAUAUUUUGUUCCCUGCGCAGCCGGUGAUUCUUGCACAAUUGGUACUCAUGCGAACAUGUGAUACAGCAGUUAUUAGAGAAUGUAGGGAGUUUAAAGGCCAGUUGUUUGCACACAUACCUCAUGGGUCCCUAAUAGUUUCAGUUAAUUCCCUGUUAUUUGUCUCCAGACUCUCCAGGAUGCUCAAGAGAAAAGGAAAAAGCUGGAGGAAUGAAAAAGGCAGGGGCUGUUAAAAAAAGAAAUAAAGGAGCAUGAAGCAGAAGGAUGGAUUGGCACACACACACAUGCACACUUUGUUUCAAAUCUUGUCUAGGAUGUUGCCUUUGUCAGGAGCAAACCACAAAACUUUUCCCUGGCUAAUUUCCCUCUGAGCCACUUCCUUAUGCUCAGAAGUCCGGCUACUGGCCACCAACAGAGUCUUUUCGAUUCUCUGCUUCCCAAACCUCUUCUUCACAGCACAAGGGGAGCGUUCAUUCAGCUGCGUGUGUCCAUGUUAUAAUGUCUGAGCUGACACACUGUUUUCAACUGCAGCAGCCUUUCUCAUGUGGCUUCCUUUAGGGGCUUUGCUUCCCCUUCCUUCAGCUAUAGCACACAAUCUUUCUGUUGUUUGUGAAGCAGUGUGGCUAUUCUUCCUCCACUCCACACCCCCAAUCAAGUAAAAGGCUAUGUCCCUGGAGCAAAAUUUGCUCCCUUCUCUCGCUAUCCCAUUUUCACAGAAUAGACUCUCGCUGCUUCUCAACUGCACUUCCUUCUGGAACCUAGUAGAAUUUGGUUAGGGCUGCCAUACGUCUGGAUUUUCCUGGACAUUACCGGGAUUUCAAAGCGGAAUUGACAUUGGGGGGGGGGGUCCUAAAGACGGCACUUUGUCCUGGCAAGUCAAUCGAAUAAUCGCAGGUUUUUGAUGUUUUUGUAACAAAAGGCUCAACAACUUGGGGGUAUCCUGGUUUUUACUUUUUGAAUUAUGUAUACCCCAAGUUUGAUGCUGUGGUCACUGUUCCCCCUUCCUCUACGCCAGCUGUUGCAAGUCUGUUCUGGCCUCUGCUAGUCAUGACGAUCAGCGUAGGGACCAGUAUUGUCCCUGGGUAGUUUGCAGGUGUUUGGGCCCUCUGAUUCAGCACAUCCUGCCAUCUCAUCCCUGUACAUUGAAGCGCUAGUGCUUGAUCAUCCAGAUAAACCAAUAUACACUCCAAUGUCAUGCUCACUUCAUUUAGUAUUGGGGGCUAUCAGCAAAAAAAAAUAAAAAAGGCAGGGUAGCGCUCAGGGAGCAAAUACGAAGUUGGGAGUGUGGUGAAGGAGAACACCAUGCACAUCACAAGCUGUCCACUGAAACAUAAGGAAUUGUUUGCCUUAAUGAGCUUCUACCCCAGCAGUGGCUGUGAGUGUAAAACAAGUUGUCCCCCCCCCCCCAAAAAAAAUGUAUUUUUGGCAGUACAGGGCAAUCCUGAAUAUUGCAUUGUUUUAUUUUACUUACGGCGUUUGUGUGCCACACCAUAACAUAAAGUUCUCUGGCUGUCUUGCUAUAAACGCGUAAAAACCAGUUUUAUCGAAUAAAGGGGGAAACUACAUCAAUACAGCAAAGUGGAACUCACUGAAAACCCAAGAUAAAGUAAAAUAAUUUAAAAUAGGAACCCAGUCUUUCCGGGUGGUGGCUUGUUUCUUUAAAGGGUUUCUGGUAACAGAAAGGUCUUCACCUAGCACUGGGAAAUUCACAGAGAAGGGUCUAGGCAUUUUCAAAACUGUGGUGCACUGAAAAGGCCCUCUCUGUGAUGACUACCAGUUGGAUCUUAAGAUUUGGGCAGAGUGGGGCUUGGGAGCAUUCAGAAUUGAGAUGCAUUGUCAGAGCUAAACUGGCAGGGAACAUUUUGAUCCAGGACUCAAUACUGGGCAAACCUUACCCCUUAUUUUGUUUUGGCGUUUCGGAGUGCAAAACAUUGUAUGCAACUGAGUAAUACUUGGAGUAAAUCUAUUAAAAUAAGUGGAUAUAACUAGCACCCAUUAAUUUCAAUGGGUCUACUGUGAGUAGGGCUUAGUUGGCUACAACCCAAAGAUAUGACAUAAAAUAAAGUUGCACUAUUCUUCCCAUGUAAUUGCAGAAGCAAAGUUUAACAUUUUGGGAAAGCAUACGUUGAAUGCUAGUUUGGGCUGUAGUUAGAAAGUGCACUUUUGGCAGAUGACUGUAUGAAAUCCAUCCAGAGGGAGACAAGACUUUUUGUGGCUCAUUAGUAGGUAACCUGUUCUAUGCAGCUAUAAUGAAACCAUCUGCCCCAAGUCACAUACAGGCUGAGGGAAGAGUGAAACAAGUAGGUGGAAGGGAAAUGCUGUCAUAACCAGUGACAAUGCUGAUCGAGCACAUGGAAAAAAUGCUAAGGCUGCAAUCCUGUGGCUUGACGGGUCUAUUUCCAGUCUACGCCACUUUUUCCUGUGUUCGUUCCAUUAGAAUUUGCAUUAUUUUUAACAGCUGUUUUCCUCAAAGUAUGCAUUUUACCCUAAAAUAAGCUUUCUGGUAUUUUUUUUGAGCUGUAAACUGGAUUGCAAAAUUUGUAGAAUUGCAAAACCCAAAAGAUUCAAUCCACAUAAUAGUCUAGGAAGCAUAAAUCAGUUUGGCUUGCUGAAAAAAUGUGGGCCAAACAAAAAACCUUGAGCAUCCCAGUGUGCACACAUCCUCCCAUUGGGCCCUGUGGGGAUCACAUUGGAUUAGGUUACAUGGCAGAAACAGAACAUGUGUCUAUAGCAUUUCCCCCAUACGUUUCAUCCCAUGAGCAUAUUCAGAAAUGGACAUAGAGCCUGACCCUUGAGCUCAUUCAUGUCAGUGCAGAUCUUUCCAUAAACAUUAAGGGGUCUUCAGUCAGGCUCUUGUAGCGUUCAUUAUGCAUUGCUCUCUCAGGAAGCCCAGAGGUUCUUAGACUAGGUCCCCCUCACCCGGGGUUAAAAAAAUCUCUGGCUGUUCUUCAGUUGAUCGACUUCCAAAGAAGCAUGGCUUUUCUGCUGCCUGUUGCAAAUUAAGUCUGAGACGGAAAUUCUCUGGUGAACUUCUUCCGCUUCUGGAGUGGAAAAAGGUUUCACAACCUCACUCUCUGGUCAUCUUUUUCACCAGCACCUGUUUCUGUUGUGAAAGUGGCAAUUAUAUUACAGUGGUACCUCGGGUUAAGUACUUAAUUCGUUCCGGAGGUCCGUACUUAACCUGGAACUGUUCUUAACCUGAAGCACCACUUUAGCUAAUGGGGCCUCCCGCUGCCGCUGCGCCGCCGGAGCACAAUUUCUGUUCUCAUCCUGAAGCAAAGUUCUUAACCUGAAGCACUAUUUCUGGGUUAGCGGAGUCUGUAACCUGAAGCGUAUAUAACCUGAAGCGUAUGUAACCUGAGGUACCACUGUAUUGUUAUUAUUAUUAUAUUUAUGUGCUGCCUCUCUGACUGGUUUCCCCAUCCACUCUGGGCGGCUUCCAACAAAAUAUAAAAACAUCAUAAAACAUCAAACUUAAAAACUUCCCUAUUCAGUGCUACCUUCAGAUGUCUUCCAAAAGUCAUAUAGCUGUUUAUCUAACAUCUGAUGGGAGGGCGUUCCACAGGACAGGUGCCACUACCAAGAAGGCCUUGUUUCCUGUAAUUUCACUUCUCACAGUGAGGGAACCACCAGAAGGCCCUCACAGCUGGAUCUCAGUGGCUGGACAAUGGUGGUGGAGACGUACCUUCAGGUACACAGGGCCGAGGCAGUUUAGGGCUUUAAAGGUCAGCACUAACACUUUGAAUUGUGCUCGCUCAGGGGGUCACAUAACUCAUGGUUCCUGUUGCAGCUGGCCACCAUUUCACAAGGUGGCACUUGCUCAGAUUUGUGUUCAGUUAUCUCAUAACCAUAUCUCACCAGCUAUGAUGAGGCAUCGCCAUGUCGCCAAAUCAGACUGAGGGCAAUGGUUCCUGUCUUCAUUCUGGGUUUUUUUUAAUGGUGCUGAACAACAGAAAGUGGUAAAUUCAUCUCUAUAUGUAGCCAACACCCCAUAUGAGUGAAAUGCCCCAUGUGUAGAAGGUGGCAAAUUGAGGAGGGCAUGUCAGCUCAAGCCUCUUUGGAAUUCCCGCUGAUGGAGAACUUUUGCUGCACCACAGGUACAAGCUCUGUGAGCUUGAGGGUCUUGCAGCUGAAAGACCUGAAGCAGACAAAUCCUUUGGGACAAGUAUGUGAGGUGAAACCUGACCCUGACAAAUGUUGGGCAGGCUUUUUAGCAACCAGGCAGCACCCCUAGCAAAAAGUUGGAAGGCUUUCUGAUUUAUUACAACUAUUGGUUAGAAGUACAGACUGAAACAGGGUGAACACUUGUUCUUGCAGGAAGCAAAUGAGCAGCAACAGCCCCAUCCAUCUCAACCUGUGGACACUUUAAUUGGAGUUCCCCCUGAAAGUGGCAGAAAUGUCCCCGUCUAGUUAAGAGAAGCAGCUCAAGUUCUUGAGUUCAGGGAGUCAUAAAGAUAAUGAAUGCGGAAUAGCCAUGCACACAGCAACAGCACCUAACAAUAUCCUGUGAUUUCUCAGCAACUAUUUAUACCCCCACCUCACUUCCUCUCUGAGCAGAGUUAUAUUUAGUAGUACGUAACAAACAAGACAUAUGAAAAGGAAUCUUUCACAGUCUGCAAUUUCUGUGCUACCUUUGUUAGAAACCACUGAUCCCUAGUACCUGUGGGAACAAAGAGGCAGAGCAAAGGGUCUUGUUUUUUAGCCAAAGCUUGCUUUAAUCACUUAACUCCACUUUACCUUGAAGUGUGCACUGUAGCAGCAUAUCAGUAACAAUGUAUGGUAAGCAAUAGGAGUGAGGAACCUGGUGACCUCCAGAUGUUGUUGGAGUCCAAAUCCUGAUUGACUGUGCUAGCUAAGGCUAUGGAAUACAGAUGCUAAGAGUUGUUCAGUAGCAUUUGGAGGACCAUAGUAUACUAGUUUUUUUCACUGCAGAUGGUGACAGCAGUCACGAAAUUAAAAGAUGCCUGCUUCUUGGGAGAAAAGCAAUGACAAACCUAGACAGCAUCUUAAAAAGCAGAGACAUCACCUUGCCAACAAAGGUCCGUAUAAUUAAAGCCAUGGUUUUACCAGUAGUGAUGUAUGGAAGUGAAAGCGGGACCAUAAAGAAGGCUGAUCGCCGAAGAAUCGAUGCUUUUGAAUUAUGGUGCUGGAGGAGACUCUUGAGAGUCCCAUGGACUGCAAGAAGAUCAAACGUAUCCAUUCUUAAGGAAAUCAGCCCUGAGUGCUCACUGGAAGGACAGAUCGUGAAGCUGAGGCUCUAAUACUUUGGCCACCUCAUGAGAAGAGAAGACUCCCUGGAAAAGACCCUGAUGUUGGGAAAGAUGGAGGGCACAAGGAGAAGGGGACGACAGAGGACGAGAUGGUUGGAUAGUGUUCUCGAAGCUACCAGCAUGAGUUUGACCAAACUGCGGGAGGCAGUGGAAGACAGGAGUGCCUGGCGUGCUCUUGUCCAUGGGGUCACGAAGAGUCAGACACGACUAAACGACUAAACAACAACAACAAAGUAUACUAGUUUUAAGAAGUGUUGCAAGAUUUAGACUGGGAAGUACUCUAAACUAUGUAUGAAAGCAAAAUGUUUCAAGAAAAGCAGCUCAGACACAGCCCUUUUGCAGGUGUUUACGUUGCAACUGAAACAAAGGGUGCUUUGGGUAGGAGUCAUUCAGCUCCAGUUUUUCUAUGUGCAUCAUUGGCAUGUUGGCUUCUGCACAUUCCCACUUUUUCAGUCAUGGCUGUCCAUUGCUAUUGUGCUGCUUGCCAUCCACACAAGUGAUGGUGUGUCCAGAGGUGUUUUGUGUGAGUUUGUCACUCCCUGUAGUCACUUCUCCUCCACCCUCUACUCCCUUCUUUUGUUCUUGGCAGAGGUAUUUCUUUACCUGUACGUGCACAACUUAAAAAAAAAAAUCCCAGGAAGUGUGCCAGAGCAAACUAAAGUUGUCAGCUUUAGUUAUCAUAUUUCACAAUGCAAGAUGGAGGCUUGUGCUUUUAGGGGGUGGGCAAUGUAAAUUUCCAGUUGUGUUGCUUUUAAUUUUUAAUGCUGAGGAGUUGCGCAACUAGAGUGACAUUUACCUGACUAAGGCUUGCACAAGAGUGAGAAAGAGGUUAUGCAAGACCUUUGUAAUAACACACACAGUCUCUCUCUCUCUCUCUCUCUCUCUCUCUCUCACUCUCACUCUCACUCUCACUCUCUCACACACACACUUAAAGCCAGAUUUAUGAAGUGCAGUUCAUAAGGUAAUCUCUGUUGAGAGCUUGAGAGAACAGCUCUUCCUCACCAUGUUGAAACUGAAUGUGCAUUCAGUAUCUUGCAGUUAGUGGAAGUAGCCAGUCUCAUUGCAAACAAAAUGACUGAGGUGUGCUCAGGUAAGUGUAGCAUUAGAAGCCACCCAAUGACACAAAACCACAUGUGACCAAAAAAAAAAAGCUCUGACAAGCUUCGACACCAGUAGUAACUACAGAUGGAUUUUUAUUUAUAGGUUAUUUUUUCUUGCUGAGCUUUCUGUGGUAAGGCGAAAUCCAGAUUAAAUGUGUAAAAAAAAAAGCAUGGACUUGCAUUUUGAAGAUGACAUCAUGUGGACACUGCAAAAACCUUCCAUGCAUGACCAGGACUGAUUGCAUAAUAAACUCUGAUUUGGAAGUUUCCAAAGUGGCUAUUCUGUGGAGAUGCUGGUCCAAGCCAGUGCUAUUUUUCUAGAAAAAGAGGUGCCGGAACUCACCAUGAACGCCUCUCUUGUUCUCUUAUAAUGGCAGUGGCACCUACCUGAGAGGCGCCAGAACUGAGUUCCAGCUGAAAAAAAGCCCUGGUCCAAACCAUUCUGAAGUCUAUGCAAUCUAGGUAGACUUUUGUCUGCCCGGAUUGCAGGAGCCCAUUAUGAACAGGUAGGUAAUCACUAUGAAUUCCUGAGGACAGACCUUUCUGUUGUAGCCAUAAUAUGCUGUGUAUCUGCCUGGAUCUAAAACACAAUUCCCCAAAUGCUACAUAUAUUGAUGCUGAUUCCUGCCAAUAGCAUUUAGCUUCACGUAAAAUGGUCAAAAUUGUGCAUGAGGAAUGCAAUACAAUUCAACCUUUCCUCUACUGAGAGACCACAUAGGAUAAAAUAUAUGGCAUGUAGAGGUGUGGAAAUCGCAAUUGCUGUCACCCUGUGUCUGCUAAGCUGCCAGUGUGAGACUCAAAAUGCCAAGCAUGCAAAUCUAAAUGAAUCUUCUUUGAACUUCCCUUGUCUUUCAUUGCACCUUCACCACUACUUGACCGGUCCUGGCUCCACCCCUUAUCACUCCUUGUUUUUCCCCUCCACUUGCCAUGCCAGUCACAGGGAUGUAAGAACCCGCCUUCCACUGAGAUGGACCACAGGUCCACGAAGCUCAGCAUUAUCUAUUCUGAGUGGCAGAGGCUCUCUAGGGUCUGGGGCAGGGUUUCCUAGUCCCAUGCAGAGAUGCCAGGGAACUGCAUGCUGUGGCCCUUCUCCUUGAAUCACUCAUUGAAUGGUUUCAAGACACAUGAUACAGCAGGACUGGGCAGUGCCUGAAUGGGAAGGCGCUUGGGAACCCUUUCUUCCAUGGAAGGAAAGUGAGGUAUAUAUGUAAUAAAUAAUAAGCCUCUGGGUAUGGAUUCAGAUGAGAAGCUGAGGUGGCAAAACCCCAAAGUGCAGGUCAUUCCGAGGAUUGCAGUGACCUACUAGUACCAGUGGUGGAAUUGCAGUACUGUAAUGGUAAGUCACGGGUGGCGCUGUGGUCUAAACCACAGAGCCUAGGACUUGCUGAUCAGAAGGUUGGCGGUUCGAAUCCCCAUGACGGGGUGAGCUCCCAUUGCUCGGUCCCUGCUCCUGCCAACCUAGCAGUUCGAAAGCACGUCAAAGUGCAAGUAGAUAAAUAGGUACCGCUGAGGCGGGAAGGUAAACGGCAUUUCCGUGCGCUGCUCUGGUUUGCCACAUGACCUGGAAGCUGUACGCUGGCUCCCUCAGCCAGUAAAGCAAGAUGAGCGCCACAACCCCAGAGUCGUCCGUGACUGGACCCUUUACCUUUACCUAAUGGUAAGUCAGGAAGUCAUCAGUUUAUUCAUUUAUUCUAUUCCUGUCCCAUUGUCCCUCCAAGGAGCUCAAGGUGGUGCACAAUUCUCCCCAUUUCAUCCUCACAGCAGGGACACUGACUCCUGGGGACCAAGCCCUUUCGAGCACCCCCAGUACUUGGGGGGACAGACCCCAAUGUCCAAAGAAAUCAGUGGGUAGAGGAGGCCAAGUGCAGAGCUAAGCACAGAGCUGAGCACAGCGUGGCUUCAGUGGCAGGCUCCUCCUCCUGCUGCUGCUGCUGCCGUGUAGGGGAAGGAGGGUAAAAGCAGACCCUUGCUGGUGGUGGCGGCGGUGGCAGUGGCAUCAGCAGCAAAAGGAGCCACUGGUCAUUGAAGCUGCACUCCUCCUGAUGUUGCCCCCCACAAUUGCCCUCUCAAGCUGGCACCUCUGCCUCUUGUAACCCUGUGAGGUAGGGUAGGUUGGGAGAGAGUGACUGUCCCAAGGCACCUGGUGAGCUUUGUGGCUGAGAGUCUAGACUUUGGUCCCCCAGGUCCCAGUCCAAGUACUCUGAUGCUGGUUCUCGGCAUUUGGAGCAGACAUGUCAGUGCAUAAAUGGUAGUCACUGUGUAGAUUUCACCACCUUGUCCGUUGUUCUGAACCUAACCUGGGUUGAGCCAUAAUCUGAAUUGUUUACAUGCAUAAUAAAUAUUGACCAAAAGCAACUAAACUUUUAGUUGGGAUGGCAACUUUUGGUUCUGUGAACUGGCUCUGAACUACAUAUUUUGGCAGUUGUGGACUUUUGUGAUAUUCCUUGAACCAUCUUGCUUUUGCAGUGACCGCAUGCCCUCGUUUGCAGGGUCACUUGCCAGGUGAAGGACUAUAUUAUUUUUACUGGCUGGCUGUGUGACGCUAAUUCAUAUGUCAUGGCUUCUGAGAGGCAUUCCUUCCAUGAAUGUCAGCUUGAGCUUGCUGCCUAUGCUAGAUCAAACAACUUUGUGCUCUGCACAGCCGUGCAGAACUUGACCUGAGUGCUAACUUGGCUGAGCUCCAGUCUCCCACUGGCUGAGUCGGGUGGUGGAAUGGGUAAUGAUGGGCAGUGAAGCAGAACUAGUGCAGAGCAAGGUCCUGCCUCUGUGUAGGGGGAAAAAGAGAAAAUAACUCAAAUUCUGUGGGAAAUGCACACACUAAGCCCCAGGGCCAGAGUAAAGGAUCUGCCCUCCUUAAUUUCUCAGCCAUGUGCUCAGGGAGGAGGCCUGGGGACAGGCUGGGUGGGGUGGAAAUCACCUCAGGGCAGCUUUUGCAGGGUGAAUUUCACACUGCCUGUUAGGAUAAUGCUGAGGAAUUUGGUACAGCUGUGUUUCCUUCUUGAUGCACAGAGAAAAGCCUGCUUGCCAAGCCUUUUGUCAGUCUACCGUCAUUCAUGAGCAUUUAAAGCAAGGUAAUUGUGGGUGUUUGCUAAUGCUAGAGCAUCAUCUUUCUAAACAUAUUGUUAUGCAUAAUAAUAGAGUUAUCCUACUGUGUGUUCACAUCCAACCUUGGCACUUGACACAUAAUGCCGUGCUGAAAUGUUAGGUGCCUGUGUGUUGAGGAGCGCGGAAGUGCAGGUGUUGCCUGCAAAGCAAGCAGAGCUGUGUGCAAGAUUGUUAUGGCUGAUACUGAUUGGGGAUAUUGACAUUUCAGGACCAGAUGAAUACAGGAUUAAAUUUCUGUCUCUAAAAAAAUUGAUGAUCCUGGGUAUUGUAAGACUGAACAGGAAGAAACUGGUGUGGUUCAGUAGUAAUAGUUAAAACUCCACUCCUAUCAUAGUCCGCUUCAGCCCCUUAUUUGUGAAAUAUGAACAAUAAUCCUACUUCACAAUGAAAGCAAUCAAAUUUGCAGACCAGUUUGCAAAUUAAUGCCUCGGAAGCAGCCCAUUUUGGUAUUCAGGAUUCAUCUAAAACAUAUGAGCAUGCUCAUAGUAACCAGAUGCCUUUGGGAAGCCCACAGCCAAGGCAUGAAGGCAAUACCCUUCCAUGUUGCUUGACUUAUGCAUGCCCCACCCCACCAACUGAGGCUGCAUAUAUAUUACCAGCUUAAAACUAAACUAGGUCAUUCUUUUUCUCAAUUUGGAUUAAAGCUGUUGGACAGGGAACGGUGGGUGGGAAUGCAUCAAAACCAGGACCGGCCCAUCCAUCAGGCAAGGUGAGGUGGCAUGAUUCACAGGGGCAGCAGAUCUGGCCUACAAGGAAUGCAUCGCCCGCUGUUGCUGUGGUGCAGCAAUGGUUGCAGCACACUCCUUGGAGACCAGAUCUGCCACCUUCUCGGCAGCCCCCGCUAUGCCCUCUCUAAGAGUGGCCUCCAGGCAAACAGCAGGUUCUGCUGGUCUCCUCCCACCUUGUUUCCAAUGUAGAUCUUUACUUCUCCCCUUGUUUGCUUACCCAUUCUUCCCUGGUGGGAUGAGGUGCCAUUUUGUGGUUCGCCUCAGGUGCCAAAAUGUGUUGGGCCGGGGACUUCCGGGUCAGCGCCAUUGGUGAAUGGCGGAGUUCCUCCGACCGGAGGAACAGGCUCCGUGGAAACUGGGUCUUCCCGCCGCGGCGAAGGUGGGAACCCGCUAGAAAUCCCAGGCGGAGGAAGCCUGGGAACGUGGGGUUCGGCAGGGCACCAGAAGCGCCCCCCUACUCGCGGGGAAUCCCAUCUAGGGGCUCCGGAGCGAAGUGGGGUGAGAAGCGCGGUGCUACGAACUGACUGCUACUUUCACGGAGUGAAGCCGCACAGCCAUUGCCAGAGAGCGCUGACUUUUCCUGUGGACAAUUGGACUUAAAACAAGUACCCGUGAGUAGAAACGGAAAAUUGGAUCAAGAAAUUGUUUAAUUUGGUAUCGAAGCGGGAAGGUGCAAACAGGAAGUCUGCCUUCCGCUUUUUGUAUAUAGACUAAAGCAAAAAUUUUGCAAGCUAAAGCCGGGAAGCUGUCAAAAAAGACUAAAUUUCCUUCAUUCAGAAUCACUGAAACCCCCCUUGGAAGCAGGAGAAAAGGGGGGGGGACUCUGUUUAACCCUAGCAGGAGAGGGAGUGAAGAAGGAUAAGUUUCCACCGUCUCUAACCUGGGAACGGGGUGUCAGAGACAGAAACUGUUGGAGAGGUUCAUUGACUGUGAACGUAAUACUUUGACAGAUAGCUAAUGAAGAGAAACAAGUUGAUUCUAAUGUUGCCUUUUGCAUUUUAAAGAAACAAAAUACCUGAAAAACAUCUGAAAUAUCUGAAAAAUGAAAGUAACUUUCCUUUGUCUUCAAAAAAAAAAAUGGAUACAAAUAGAUUGUCUCCUCUAGAGGGAGCUUGCUAAAUUGUUGCUGUAGUAUAUUUGAGACCCAACAUCUGUGAGAUUAAGACCGUGGGAACAGUCUUUUCUGACCUUGAACAAAGAUGAGCUGGGAGGAAGACUGGGUGCUUGCUUUAUACAAGACAAAUGCUUUGCUGGAACAGAUGCAUGAGAAGAUGGACUUGAUGAAUGAGAAAAUGGAUUUGACUGUUGUGGUUAAUAACUGUGGACAAACAGGGAACAUUGAUACAGAAAUUAUUCAGGAACCAACCUAUGAAUCUGUACUGACUGGGCAAGUGCAGAUGACAAUGGAGGAGGAUGCGGCUGCACCUCAAAUAGUACAAAUGGAGAGACCCGAGGCCCUACAGGAGCAUAAGCCGCUGUUAUUGAAGAUUGAAGUUGGAGUGGGCCAAGGGGAGUCUGGAGAUGAGGAGGUUCCUAGCUUUGGAGAGAUCUUGAAAUUUGAUUUUAAAUACAUUUUGGAUUAUAUCGAGGACUGUGGGGAGUGGGACUGUGGGGAAUGGGCGAGCUGGAUGAAGGGUGAUGGAGACAAUUUUGGGUUGGAAUCCCCAGAGACCUACUCCUCAAUGAGAAAGGAAAGAAACUAAGACAGAGACCAACAAAAGACAAGGAAAAGGGCAAGCACAAACAAGAUGAAGAAGAAUUGCAGAAGGGACAUGGAAGAGACUUAAGGGCCUCGGACAUAAGGCUUCCAGGUUGAUGGACUAGAUGGAAUGGACAGUAAGGACUGACACGACCCGAGACCAGGAAGAAGAGACGCUGGAUGAUGAUUGGAAGAGAAUUUAUAAUGGGAAUUUUUUAUUUUAGAAUCAGCUUAAUGAAUAUUAGGGAAAAUGUGGGAAUGAAACUAUACGACUCUAGCAGAAAUGAUAUCAGGAGCUAUGUAUAUUUGAAAACUAAGAUUUAAGUCUUAAGGUACUUAGGGGUAAGAUAAGGUUAAAUAAAUUAAGGUAAUUUGAAUAACAGAAUAUGGGGAAAGAUGGAAAGGACUUGUUGAGUUAAUUAUUAGGUUAAAUUGUUAAAAUAAAUUUUAUAACAAAAAUUGAGAAAGAUGGAAAGAAUUUGCUGAAAUAAUUACUAAACUAGAAUACAAAAAGGGAGGUGUGAGGAGGUCAAUGAAACAAGCAAAUAGAAAUUAUGGAUCUGCAAUUUGGGAUUUGGGAUUUUUUCCCCCUUUUUUCUUCUUUUUUACUUUCUUUUGCUGUAUUGUCGUAUUGGUUUUUAUAUUUUGUGCUUUUCUCUUUUUUUUUACUUUUUUCUUUUUUUGUAUUGUAGUGCUGUUUUUUAUUUUUUAUUUUUCUUGUAAUCCUAAAAUUAUCAAUAAAUAUUAGUAUUAUUAUUUUAAAAAAAAAAUGUGUUGGGCCAGCCCUGCUCAAACUCUGCAUUUUCUAAGAAAUGACAGGUUAGAUAAUGGAUUUUGGCUAGCUUCAUGUGCACGAAACUUUCCAGUUCAGCAGUGGGAGCACACUGGAUGCAGAGUAAACAGAGGUGUGUACACAGCCUGUUUCAGAUGCCUCUGAAACGAGAGGUUCCAUUUAGCUAUGCUAAUAGCAAUUGAAUGACCUUUGCUCCAUGAAUUUGUCCAACCCACUUUUUAAAGCCAUCUGGAUUAGUAACCAUUGCACCUUGUGGCAGUUGUAUGAAAAAGUGCUUUAUUCUGUUAAAGUUGCAUAAUAAGUAGUUUAACUGGCAAUGAAGCAUCAAUUGCUUAAAGAAAGGACCUGCUGCCUGUUAGUAGUUGUGAAAGGCAAAAUUUCCUUUGUGAGUUUAGGGGUGUGUGCAUUGUAGGAACUGAUCCUGGGCUUCUGGCUUUAAAAGAAACCAAAGAGGAAAAUUUCUUCCACCUUUAACACAGUUUACAUUUAUUUAAACCUGGGAUUGUUAAAAGUUAGCACUAUUCAUUACAUUUCAGAUGGCUUCACAAGAACACCAUAAAAAAAGGUAGAAAUUUGCUUUCACUUAGUAGCAUCCAUAAUUGCAAUGGUGCCAAGAAGCUCAUUUUGGUCCUCCUGUUGCAUUAUAUGCAUAUAAUUUCUAACUAUGCAAUCAAGCCAGCAGCUGGUUGCCACAGUGGCUUGAUGCUAUUUGUUAUGCUCUAUUCAGAUUGCAAAAUAACCCUUUCCUUUCAUUCUGCUUCCUUGCUGGUAUGUGAGGGAUGCUUUCUCCAAUCAGCAGCUACAAGAAUGAUACAUUUUAGAACGUAACUUUCCAAGCAGCCUCUUAGUUCCCAGUUCUAUAAUUUAGCAGCUUGAAUUACUAGGACCUUUGUCAUUCCCUUCUAAUAAUUUGCCCAUGUGUGGAGAUGGAGGUGUGCUAAAAAGUAAUAGCACAGUAUAGAUGUCAGGUUUUUGAAGUGCCAUUGUGUUUUCUGUUAUAUCCUUCCUUCAAAUCUUCUGUUCCUCCUCAUCUUAUCCUCAUUUUGUGACAUGACUGUCUUGACAGAGGCAGGUGAAGGGGAGAGGAAAAAAGCAUUUGCUAAGCAACUCUAAUAAAUGAUCCUAAACUGCCCCUUGGACAUGGCACUCACAUUCACAGGCACACUCUGGCCUCAUCCUGACUGAGCAAGGGUUGCACAGUGUAAACUUUGAACCCAAAGCAAAUGUUCUGAACUCAGGGCACAGCAAGUAAAGGGCUGGCCUUGUAAUGUCCCCAGAACAGCAGUAAAUUAGGCUGUAUAAUGUUUGUGUCAUUGAUAGAUAAUAUUUUAAGCUUUUGGGAUACAUGUAUAUAAACCUAUGUGUUCUGUUGCCAUGGUGAGGCAAUGCAUUAGCUCUGGAUACUGCAUUUGACCACAUCAGACUGGAAUGUCAUCUUCAUUUGUGCAUAUAUCCCAUCGUGGGAAUGGUCAGGGAACAAAUUGCACCUUGUCCCAGCCCUUAGUUCUGCCUUGCACAUCAUACUUGAGUAAGUAGAACUGUCCUCUCUGCUUGGUGCACUGGAAGUUCUAGCUAGUAUUUCAAAGCUCAUCCUAUCUUGCAGGAUGGGAAUAGUCUUUGGAAGAAAGUUCUUUGUUUAAUGGGAAUCUGUUGUCUGUGUGCAUGUUAAGACUGAGGAAAGCAACUGCCCACUGAUGAGGAGUCAUCCAUAAAUGCAUUCUCCCUCCCACCAACAAUUGUGAACCAUCUUUUGCAAGGUUUUGUUUCAACCUCUUUUAAACAGUGCCUGCUAUAUUAACUAUGUUGUCCUAGUUGGCAGAGGGAAAGUAUGUUUGGUACAGGGCUCAGCCUCCACUGCAGCUCAGAGACAGGCUGUUCUGGUUCAUCAGAGGGCUGUCAAGUCAUUAGAGUAAAAGCAUUUAUGGAUUGGAAAUGGUAUUUUCCCACCACAAACUCCUCCCAGUGCCUCCAUAAACCACACAGCAGCUAGCAAGGCUUUUCUGGAUCUACAUGGUUGCUUAAGACUGUGAAGGCUGGUGAGUUACAAGGCAAAAUUGCAAGGUAGAAUGUCUGAAUUGAAUAUGCAUGAUAUGAGGAAGGAAGAUAUUGAAAUAAGAAAAAUGAAAGUGGUAAGCUGGGGUUGAAGGAGCCAUGUUUUGUGUGCAUGUGUGCACAUCUGCAUAGCCUGGGAAAGUGCUGUGUGGACUUUAGCUCAGUGCAAAAACUGCUGAGGAUUUACUGAACUGUGUGCAAGUUUACCUUGGGAGAAAGGCAGAGAAUAGCAGAGAGGGUAGUAAAUCAUAUCUAUGGCAGAAGGACAUGCUAGAUAUCAAAGCAAAGACUAAAGGUAGCAAAGGGCUUCUGGAUUAUGAUUGAAAAUGGAUUUGGGAAUUGGCUGGGCAAUUCUAGGACUGGGAUGUUGAUAGUGGCACGUGGCUGGCAUUGGGAGAGUCCUUCAAAUAGCCUUAGGACAAGAACUGAAGGGCCAGUUCCAAUCUGCCUGACUGCUAUGCCCCAACAUAUGUGCAUGUUUAGCUAGCUAGCUAUUUGCUAAAUCUGCCACUGGAGAGCAUUGAUUUUUCUGCUAGUUUAGGCUGCAGUCCAAACCUCCUCUUCCCAACAGCAAUGGCUUUACAGAGAGGUGGGGCCCCAUUCACAGAGAGGACCAGAAUGUGGCAGGGGGCAGUAAGAUCUCUGUGCCAGCCUGGAGCUGCUACAGGGAUUGGGCCACACCAUAAUAUGACAGCAGUGAAACUGGCUUGGGAUCCAAUGGCUCUGCCUCAUCCCCACCCUGUCUCUGGAAUGUCCUGUUCUGGGGCCUUCCACUGGCUACCACUGAGAAGGCACCCAGUCUGUGAUAAUCCAGCCCACCCACACAUUCAGAGGGUGAAAGCGGGAGUACCAUUUCCAACGUCUAUGGGAAGGAGGGCUGUCAGGACCUUGGGGGCCCCAGAAACCCUCUGGCUUCUUCUCUUUCCUUUAUUAUUCAUUUUCUUUACAACAAUUUACGGUAUUUUUCGCUCCAUAAGACACACUUUUUUCCACUUAAAAUCUAAGGGGAAAUGUCUGUGUGUCUUAUGGAGCGAAUGUGUGGUCCCUGGGGAUGGGGGGGGGACUCGGGCUUCCCCUGCCAGCCCCGACCUGCUCUUUGGGGCUGGGGCAAACCCGGGCUUCCCCCGCCAGCCCCGACAAGCUCCUGAGCAGCUCUGGGGUAGCCCGUGAAGCCUUCGCAGGGCAGCGGGGAGCCUUCAUCCCGCUGCCCUGGGGAGGCUUCGUGCGGCUAUCCCUAGCUUUUGCGGGAGGUGGGGGAAGGGACAGGGCAAGGCUCUCUCACUUCCCCCACCUCCCACAAAAGCCCCCAAGAGCCGCAUAUUUUUUUUCUUGAAUUCCCCCCCCCCAAAAAAGUAGGUGCACUUUAUGGUCAGGUGCGCCUUAUGGAGCGAAAAAUACGGUAUAUACCAUGUAACACAAUGGUCUCGGUGCACUAUAAAGUAAGGUUUAAAAGAUGCAAUGAAGAUAGACUUUAUUGGUUUCAGCUGUGGAGGGAGUUUGACAGAACUGGGCCCACAGUACUGAGCACAUGGCUGCUGGAAGAUACGAACCCUAUGUCCAAGCCAUGGAGGACCACAAACAGUGGUUCCCCAACAAACCUCAGGGAUCAGGCAGGGAUGUAAGGAAUCUGAUAGUCCCUUAGGUGUCCUAGACCCAAGUUGUUAUGGACCUUGCAUGACAAUACAAAGUUAAUACAAAAACCUUGAACUUGGCCUUGCAGCAUAUGAGCAUCCAUUGCUCACACACUUUCAAGCUCACCUCCCCAGCCUAAAGGACUCGAGUCAUGUUUCUUCCUCCACCCCCAAACCUCCCCUCAAGCAUGUAAGCAGCACUGGUCCUGGGUCCUGGAUUAUGUAUAUUCUCAACUUUUAUGUUUUAGUCUAGGUGUAGCUCUUUAUUCUAGUAUUAUUGUUAUUAUUUAUUUUUUUAAAAAAUGUUGUUUUCACAUGCUGCAAGGGCUAUGACAGAACCAUUUCCAUCACAGGUUGCAAGAAGGGAGUAUUAAAGAAUAAUUAAAUUGGAAAUGGCGGCAGUAUAAGGAUGAAACUGAAGCAAAGAGAUCACCGCAGGAAUAAAAUUGGAUCUAAUUUAUCCAGGAGACAGAGAAGGAAACAAGUGAAAUGUACUCUUAAGAAAAAGCCAAAUGAAGUGAAUCUUCAUACAGUUCUGUCAACAGCUCCCUAAGGGUAGGUUCUGUCUAGCUGCAUCUACACUGCUGAGCAGCUGCAAGAACCAGCAAAGUGAGGGAAGGUAAUCACAUUGGAAAUAAACAGUGUUGCAUGCAUACCACAGGUGUGUGUGUUUUAGCAGUUGGAUUGAUAGGGCUAGCCCUUGGGGCUAAAAUGGUUUUAGCAUUAAUACUGUCUUGGAAACAAGCAGGAACUGUUAACGAACCACAUGCUCCAAAUCUGUGUGCAGGCACUUUGAAAUUUAAAAUCUAACAAUGCAGUAUGAAGCAAAAGUACAAGGAGCCUCUAAUAAAUGCUAAAGAAGGAAAGAAGAUCAGUAAUUGCUUCAUCCAAGGGGGGCUGAGCCUUAGCACACCACAGUGUUCUAUUCCUUUAUUUUGCUUGGAAAGUCUAUCAGAGUAAUCUUAUGCAAGUUUCACACAUUAUGCCCAAAGUCCAGGAUUCCGUUUCCCAAAGUGGCUAGAAAGCCUUCAAGUAGGGUGGGGAGACAAUAGCUCUCUUGAACCAUAGCGUUUAUAAUUGUAUACACUGUUUUCCUGGGACAUUGCAGUGAAAAGCUGAUAAGAAAUAUGGUAAAUAAAUUCCCCCUUCAGCAACUGACAUUUAACUGUAGCCUGUUGCUGCGAAACCUUAGUAUCUAGUAUAUGCGAAUAGACAUUCUCCCUGAAUUUGUUUGAAUUCUUUCCAAAGCUAGCUAAGCUGGUGCCUUUGCCACAUUUCACAGCAGCGAAUUCCAUAAAUCUGUUAUGAUCUGUAUGAAGAAGUGCUUCCUUUUGCAUGUCCUGAAUGUACUGCCAACCGGCUUCAUUGGGUAAAUCCAUGGCUGGCUUCCUGCUUUGGAUGUAUUUAUAGAAAUGUUUGCUGUUUUGCCCCUGUAUUCUUGACGAUGGGUUCCUCACAUAUUGUUCUUCUUGUUAUUUUCUUGCUCUAUUGUUAAAUUGCAUUUGUUUUGCCAGGAUUUGUUCUUAUUUGAGUGACACUUCCACAUCUUUAAGGAAGCCUUCUUGCUUUUUAUAGCUUCCUUGGCUCUGCUCUUGCUGGCAAGCUGCUCAGCUAUCUUUUCUAAAGUAUGGUGUGCAUUCUAGCUCAGCUUCUAUUGCACCAGCUUUAAAUAACCUCCAAAUACCCUGAAGACAUUUAGAGUCAUAGAAUCGUGGAGUUGGAAGGGAUUUCGAGGGUCAUCUAGUCCAACACCCUGUAACUGAGGAUUCCCAACUAAAGCAUCUAUGACAGAUGGCCAUCCAACCUCUGCUUAAAAACCUCCAAGCAAGGAGAGUCAUCCACCUUCCAAGGGAGUCCGUUCCACUGUCAGUAAACUCUUACUGGCAGAAAGUUCUUCCCCAUGUUAUUGUAAUCUCCUUUCUUUUAACUUGAAUCCAUUGGUAUGGGUCCUAUGCUCCAGAGCAGGAGAAAACAAGCUUGCUCCAUCUUCCAUGUGACAGCACUUGAGAUAUUUGAAGAUGGCUAUCAUAUCUCCUCUCAGUCUCCUCAUUUACAGGCUAAGCACACCCAGAUUCUUCAACCGUUCCUCAUAAGGCUUAGUUUCCAGACCCAUCAUCUUGGUUUGCCCUAUUCUGUACAUGUUCCAGCUUGUCAAUAUCCAUCUUAGAUUGUAGUUCCCAGAACUGGACACAGUAUUCCAGAUGUAGUCUGAAAGCAGAAUAGAGUGGGACUAUUACUUCCCUUGAUCUGGACUUCUGUUGAUACAGCCUAGACUACCAUUAGCUUUUUUUUUCCUUUUUUUUUUCUUCUGCAGCACACUGUUGAUUCAUGUGAAGCUUGUGGUCUACUAAGAUCCCAAGGUCCUUUUCACAUGUACUACUGGCAAGCCCAAUAUCCCCCAUCUUAUCCAUCUUUGACCUACUUGGCUUUCCCUUUAGCUCAUUUGUAUAUUUUAUUUUGUAGAAGUUUCAUCAUUUGAAAUUGAAUACAUCUGCAAAUUGGAAAUUUUCCUUUUACAUAUACUGUAUACCUAAUUUGAUAGCCCUGUAUUCACAAAGCCCUUGCUUUGCCAACACUUAUUUCUUGCCCUGGGCACUGCUCAGCAUUAAGUCCAGGGUCACUUUCUCUCACACACACUUAUUUAUGUAUGUAUGUAUUUAUUUAAAUACUUACAAGCCACACUUUAAUAGAAAAUAAACUACAUCUCCCAUCAACCAGAUUGGCUGGGGCUGAUGGGAGCUGUAGUCCAAAGCAUUUGGAGGGCACCAGGUUGGCAAAGCAAGAACAUGUCUAGAAGAGCAGCAAUGCUUGGGAUGCUAGAAACUGCAGCCAGACUGGCCUUCGUGCCCUGGGUGCAUAUGUGCUAAUUAACAAUUGAAAUGUCCCUGUGGAAGCAAAGUUAAUUAAUGGGAGCACAAGAUGUACAGUUUUAGUUGCUGUGUUUUGACAACCUCUCUCCUCUGAGAGGCUGCAAAUUCCUAACUGUAUGUGAGCUGAAAUAAAGGAGACCUGAGUCUGCCCCAGCUAAGGCUCUGUUAUUCCCUGGGCCCCAGAUGUACAGCCCAACCAAUGACACAUAUUUUACAUUGAAAUCUAAGUCUUAAACUGAGAUGAUUCUCUGAGAAGAAUCCUAGUCUUGCCAUCUAGCUGCUCCAAACAGCUGAUAAUCUAUCGUGCUUAUUAGUUUUGUUGUGGGGUGGGGGUGGGGAACCCCAAGGGGAAAGCAAAGCUGGUUUGAGGCAGCUGCAGGCAGCAACCAUCUGCUAAUGUUUUUAGAAUGAAUCAUUUCUCAGGUAAAGGCCAAGGAAAGGUGGCCUGACUAGAAUGCAGGCAGCCUGAGAGGAAGCUGAGUGAUGAGCUCAUUGUUGCUUUUAAUAGAUUGUGUUUAUAAUUUGAAGAUAAUGUCUCUCUAGCUUUCAAGGAUGCUUUCACAAAACCACAAAAUUGGCCCCAAGUGAUAUUGAAUCUGAGGCUUCUAGAAGCAGUCAUAAACUAGAGACAAAGUGACAACUGAGUUUCAUUAUGGGUGGUCAACUUCAGUGUGCUUGAAGUGUUUAUCUGGAGGCUGAUGUUGGGGACAUAGAUGUAUCCAAAUUGCAUUUGCAAUUGCUUCUUUCAGAUUAGGAAGCAGCCACUUAGUGUGGUGGCAUUUUGUGCGAUUCUAAAUCAUUAUGUAGUAGUUGUUUUCAUGGCAUUUGUAUGCUGCCCAUCUGGGCAGCUUCCAAUAAACAAUACUUAUUUUCAUUUAAAUGCAAAAUAAGGCGUAAAACCAAAGCCUUGCAUUAAUAAAACAAAAACAAAAGUUUCCACAACCCAAAAAGUUAAAACACAGAUUUAACAAACUGAGAGGCCCAGACUGCAAGUUGUUUGAGUGAAUAGAAAGGUCUUUACCUAGUGCUGAGAAGACCACACAGAUGGUCUCAAGUAAGCCUCCCUGGAGAGGGUGUACCACUACCAAGGUGCCACAACCAAAAAGGUCCUCCUCCUGCCCUGGUCUCAUUCAGUGGGACCACCUGGAGCAAGGCCUCUGACGAUGAUCUUAAGGUUCAGUUGGGUACAUGUAGGACACAUUAGUUUUUAAAUAACCUGAUCCCAAGCCGUUUAAAGAAUUUGAGAAUUUACCCUCUAGCGCUGGGAUGGGGAAACUGCAAUUCUUUACAACUGCAAUUUCCCCUGGCUCACACUGAUGGGGUAAUUAGAAGGAGCGAGAGAAUUAAACAGUCUUGCAGUGCUGCAAACCCCACCCACUUUUGACUGUGGCUCCACCCACCAUCUGUGCUGACUCUGCCCACCAUUGGCUGUGGCCCAGAUUGACUUGUCCUAUGGGUCAAUGGCCCAUCAUAGGAAAAAGAUGGGAAUAUUGUUCUGAGCUUUGGGGAUGAGUAACCUAUGAUUUUUCUGUUUUUGUUUUGCCAUAUGGGUAUUUAGGUAAACUUGGGCAAAAUGUCUGAAUGUAGCUCCUCUCUCCAGAUACUUUUCUUCCAGUCAGCAGUAAUAAUAAAAUAAUGUUAUAAUAAUUUAUUAUUUAUAUCCCACCCAACUUGCUGGGUUUCCCCAGCCACUCUGGGCAGCUCCCAGCAGAAUAUUAAAAACAAUGAAACAUCAAACAUUCAAAACUUCCCUAAACAGGGCUGCCUUCAGAUGUCUUCUAAAAGUCAGAUAGUUGUUUAUUUCCUUGACAUCUGAUGGGAGGGCGUUCCACAGGGCGGGUGCCACUACCGAGAAGGCCGUCUGCCUGGUUCACUGUAGCUUCAAUUGUUGCAGUGUGGGAACCACCAGAAGGCCCUCGGUGCUGGAUCUCAGUGUCGGGGCUGAACAAUUGGGGUGGAGAUGCUCCUUCAGAUAUACAGGGCCAAAACUGUUUAGGACUUUGAAUGUCAGCACCAGUUCUUUGAAUUGUGCUCAGAAACGUACUGGGAGCCAAUGUAGGUCUUUCAGGACUGGUGUUAUAUGGUCUCGGCUGCCACUCCCAGUCACCAGUCUAGCUGCCACAUUCUGUAUUAGUUGUAGUUUCCGGGUCACCUUCAAAGGUAGCCCCACAUAGAGCACAUUGCAGUACAGUUGUACCUUGGAGGUCAAAUGGAAUCCAUUCCAAAAGUACAUUUGACUUCCAAAAUGUUCAAAAACCAAAACACGGCUUCUGGUUGGCUGCAGGAAGCUGCUGCAGCCAAGCAGAAGCCCCGUCGGACGUUUGGGUUCCAAAAGAACGUUCGCAAACCGGAGCAAUCACUUCUGGGAUUGUGGCAUUUGGGAGCCAAAACGUCCGAGUUCCAGGGCAUUCAGGAUCCAAGGUACGACUGUAGUCCAAUCGGGAGAUAACCAGAGCAUGCACCACUCUGGUGAGACAGUCUGCAGGCAGGUAGAGUCUUAGCCGGCUUAUCAGAUGGAGCUGGUAGACAGAUGCCCUGGACACAGAAUUGACCUCUGCAAGGUCAGUAUUGGGCUAUAAUUACCAGGCACCUGCCAAGGCCCAAACCUUACUUAUCAUGGGUUCUAUUGCUAACCCACUCUGGCCAUGCUCCUCAUCCUCCUUAUUGCUGUUACUCCCUGUUUACCUGUCAUCUACCAGCCUGCAAGCCUUAGGAAGAACCAGAAGAAGGUGCAACAGUUUAUCCUUGCUCUGUCCUCUCCUUUUGAGCAGACAUAAAUCAAAGUCAAUGAGCAGUGGUGUGGAGGUGGGUGCUCUGAGAGCAUAUUUCCCAAGCCCCACCCCUGCACACCUAAAUCUGGAGCUGGCACUACCAGCCAGGGUCCAAAACCAGAAGUUGAAAGCACAUACACUUUUCUGUAUAAUCAAAACUCUGCAUUUAAGCACAUGGAACUGCUGCUGUUGUGUUACGUUGGACCCUAAAAGUCCGUUCCAGGCCUGCUAAAUAUAGAUCCAUCUCAUCAGAUGACAAAUAAGCUCUAACCCAAAGUUGGAUGAAGUGCUCCUGAAUGGAACACUGGAUUUUUUUUGGGAAAUAUCUGUCAUUGCAAUGGGGUUUGGAUUUCCUCCUCUGGGUUUGGAUUGCAGUGCCCAGGUACACUGUGCUGUAAUCUGGCUGAGUUCCUCAAUGGACUGUUUUUCCUUCCUUCCCAAUCCAGAUCCUGUUGUCACCUUGCUACAGAAGGUACAAUGAACAAGAUGAAAACUUUCAAGCGGCGUUUUUCCCUUUCGGUUCCCCGGACAGAAACGAUUGAGGAGUCACUGGCAGAGUUCACCGAGCAGUUUAACCAGCUCAACAACAGAAAGAAUGAAGGUAAAAAAAAUAACAGGGGUCAGCAGCACUGAAUGGGAGGUGAUGGGGAGCAGGUGCCAAAGCCCAUCUCAGGCAGCUGAAGUUCCCAGAGACAAUAGGUGUCCAUACAAUUGGGAGUAGUGCAUGCUUUGUGGGGAUUAUGGUUCCAUUUCAUUUAGUUUACAUGAAUAAAUAAAUAAAUCUCUCUGUUUCUGAGGUACAGAGGUGGGUGUGGAUCCUUAUAUAGGCAAAAUGGCACUGUCCACACAAAAAUAAUAUUGGCAUUAAUUCACUAUACAGGUAGCAGAGCCUAGGGCUUGCCGAUCAGAAGGUCAGCGGUUUGAAUCCCCGUGACGCGGUGAGCUCCGGUUGCUCGGUCCCUGCUCCUGCCAACCUAGCAGUUCAAAAGCAUGUCAAAGUGCAAGAAGAUAAAUAGGUGCCACACCAGUGGGAAGGUAAACGGCCUUUCCAUGCGCUGCUCUGGUUCACCAGAAGUGGCUUAGUCAUGGUGGCCACAUGACCCAGAAAAACUAUCUGCAGACAAACGCUGGCUCCCUCGGCCAGUAAAGUGAGAUGAGCGCCACAACCCCAGAGUCAUCUGUGACUGGACUUAACGGUCAGGGGUCCCUUUAUCUUUACAUCUUCUAGAAACAUAAGUCGUACAAAAUAGAAUGUUGAGAGGCAAAAUAAUUUAGAAUCAUCAUGCAGAGGAAGUGAGUUUUCUGUUCCAUUGCUUUGCAUGAGUUUAUUCAGAUUUUUGCAACUGGAAGGAAAGCCACUGCCAGAGUAAAAAAAAUUACUCUACCUCCUUGCAGGUAAAUUAUAGAGAUUUUACUGUCAUUUACUAAGAGAGGAAGCAUGGGUUUUCUAACUUCCUCAUAAGGCAAUUAGUAAUGAGGAAGAUCCUCUGUCUCACCAUAGCAUUAACAGGGACGCAGACUUUUCCCUCUGUAUGCAAAUGGGUUUUCAAAAUGACAGUACAAUAAAACAACAAUUUAUAGGCCCUCUUAUUUGUCUUGUGCCUGGAACCAUUAGCAGUAAGAGAGCUCCGGAUGAUUCAGGGUAUAAAAGUGAAAAACAAUGAAUACAAACUAAGUCUAUACAUAGAUGGCAUUGUGGUGACCUUAACUGAUGCGGUCUGUGAAAUUAACGGAGCUAGAGGUAGCUGAAAAUGGAAAAAUAGCUAGUUAAAAAUAAAGACAGUGAAACGCAAACAAUUGGAAUUAAUCUGCAGAAGAGACAUCUGGUGUCCUCCAGAUCACUUGGACUACAACUCCCAUGCUGCCUGCAGCUGAUGAGAGCCAACAUUGCCCGGUUGGAGCUGAUGGGAGUUGUAGUCUAAAACAUCUGGAGGCCACCAGGCUGGUGAAAGCAGGGCUAUCCUAUCAUUUAAACAACAGGCAAAGUAAGGUACUUUGAGACAAACUUGAAUGGUAGGAAAGAAGAACUAUGUACAAAUAGAAGGAAUGUGUUUUGAUGUAAAAUCCCUAACAGGACAAUAGCUACAGUUGCAUCUGCCAUUUUCAAUAUGGUUUUCUUCUGUAAAUAUGGUUUUAUUAUCUCAGAUUAGCUUAUUGUUUCAAGUGCUGCCCACACAGCUGGAAGAUAACCACAUAAAGAAAUAGCAGGAGCUUUCUCUCCAAUUUUUAUAGGAAAGAAUGAGAAACAUAAACCAAAGGAAACAAUAGCACAAUAUGUGGAGAAAGGAAAAGGAAUGGAAAACUUUGAUCUUCAGUUGUGUUAUCAGAGCAGUUGUUUACAGACAGUUAUGGAUUGGAUCUUGAUGUGUUUAUUUAUUAAACUGGGUUUUAUUUGUUUAUUUGUUUCCACAUUAGUGCGUAAGGCACCCUACAAAGAUAGAAAGAUAUACAAGACAAAAUAAUAUGUAUUUUUUUAAAAAAAGCAGAUAAAAUCAUUCCAAGUACAAUAAAAACAGAGUGGCAGAUGGUUAUGGCCAGUUAAAAUCCCCAUAAGGCUGAGUACUCAUAUCAUAGGCCAAAAGCCUCCUCUUAAAAAAGGUCUUUGCCUGACAGCAGAAGGUUAAUCAAUGAAGGGGCAAGACCAGCUUUCCUGGGAAGGGGAUUCCGGGGGGGGGGGGGAUACUGAAAAGGACCUCUCUUAACCCUUCCAGAUGGGCCUCAGAUGGACCCCAGAAGAUCUUAAAGCCAGGGUGGACUUAUGUGGAAAACAGUAGUUCUUCAGCUGCCCUCGUCUUAAGCUGUGUGUGUCCUUACAAGUCAUAACCAGCACUUUGAAUUGGGACCAGAAACUGACCAGCAGCCAAGAACAUAAGAGCCUUCUGGAUGAAGCCAGUGGCCCAUUUCAUCCAGCAUCCUGUUCUUCAUGAGGUGGCCCAAGCCAUUUUACUGCCUGAGGCAAAGGACAAGGUGGUGCAUUCCCCAUUCUGUGCCCAAAAUCUCCCUAGACUGGUAACUGAAUCUUACUUCAGCACUGGUCUCAACCCUUGAGGGACUCCACUUUCUAUCUAUCUCCAUCAGAGAACUGUCCAUUUAUUCCUACUCUCUGCUUUCUGCUAUUUCUCCAGUUCCUGAUCCACGUCUGGAUCUCUCCUCUUAUUCCAUGACUACUAAGCUUACUCAAGAGUCUUUGGUAAGGUGCCUAGUUGAAAGCUUUUUGAAAGUCCAAGUAUGCUAUGGCAACCAGACCACUUCUGUUUAACUCAUACAGAUACAAGAGACAGGACUUGCCCUUGCAGAAGUAAUUGAGAGCCAGUGUGGUGUAGUGGUUAAGAGCGGUGGACUUGUAAUCUGGUGAACUGGGUUCGAUUCCCUGCUCCUCCACAUGCAGCUGCUGGUGACCUUGGGCCAGUCACACUUCUCUGAAGUCUCUCAGCCUCACUCACCUCACAGAGUGUUUGUUGUGGGGGUGGAAGGGAAAGAAGAUUGUUAGCUGCUUAGGGUAGUGAUAAAGCGGGAUAUCAAAUCCAAACUCUUCAUUCUGGCUCUGCUUCUUCUAUAUGCUUGGCUAUUUGAUCUUUAACAAUACCACCCAUUUAAGCAGAACAGACAUUAAGCUAACCAGCCUGUAAUUUCCAAUUUAAAAAUUGGUGUGUCAUUAGCUACUUUUGACAUUGUCAAAAUUUAUGAGCUAUAUUUGCAUAAUAGAGAGAAGACAAACUCUAGCUUUGUUCAGAACUGGUCAAUUAAAUACUAUAAAACCAGUCACACUCCUCAGUGAAUAGAAUAUAUGCUUUUGAAUUGUUCUUGUUUGAUUAUAGUGGAAUCUAAUUGUUGAGGGGCUAAUCUUGCAUCUUUUUCAGAUUUCUUAAGCUGCAUAUCUAUGCACAGUUACCUGAGAGUAAGUCCAUUUAACUUAGUGGGGCUUACAUUUGAGUAGAUAUGAUUGCACUAUUAAUAUAUUGAUUUUUAAAAUUUUGUAUUAAAAUGCAGUGCCCAUUAUUUAAGAACAUGGAUUGUCUCCUGUUUCCUGGCUAAAACAUCCUGCUCAAGUUUAUGGUUUAGUCUACAGUAAGCCUGUAAUGUUGUGCUCUGGGCAUCACACCUAAAGCCAAAAUUGUAUAUAGUCAAAACCCAUUGGGUUCAAUGGCAAGUGGGAUUGCCAACAUCAUUUCCCACAGAAUCCUAUCCCUUUUCAUAUAUUUUUUGCCACACACGUAAAGCUGAAUAUGUACAAGUUAAAUGUGCUUAAGUUACGGGCUUAUUGUAUUUGCAAACAACAAGGGAAGAGUGGGGUUUGGCUAAACUUGGACUAUAUACAGCAUUACAAGGUAGUAGCUUUGGACUCUGCAAGGAGCUUAGUACCAAAUGAUUUCACUUCCAGGUACCAGCACCAUAUUUCUGUUACUUUGAUUUUUUUUAUAUAUAUAAAAAAAGCUUUUAUUGUAAUUUUGAGCCUUUGUCAGCUGUCUUGGAAACUUAUUGAAGGGCAGCAUAUAAAUCCAUAAAACAACCUAAUAAUUUCAGUCAUAUGAGUUCACUGCUGUCAAGGACCAAGGACAAUGGCCCUCGACUCCUCUCUCUCUCUCUCUCUCUCUCUCUCUCUCUCUCCCCCUCCCCCGCCCCCUCUCUCUUUCACACACACACACACACACACCCCUCACCUGGGCAGAGGGAACAAUAAAUCUCGCACAGGAAAACCUAGGUCGACGAUCAGAAAAGCAAACAAUUACCUAACUGGGCACAAGGAGUUCCAGGCAGUGCCACCUUUGGGCUUGGCAUAGUCUGAUGGUACAAAGCUGUGGGUUGAUAUUUUUCAAAGUCCCCAGCAGCCCAAGAAGCACCUUAUGCUCCUCCACCUAUACUGACCUCCUGUUGUGCCAGUCCCAUUUGGAAAAACUAGGGAUGUCAUUUCCCUACCUCUGAUUUACAGCUAUUGGAGACCUCUGAGGUCCUUCUAAGAACAACAGCAGAGUUGCAAUUGGACUAGCAUUGGAUUACAGUUCAUUCUAUUCCUCUUCUCUACAAAAUCUCAGAGCGAAUGUGGAGCAAGUCAGGAAGAUUCUCUAGGCUCUCUGCCUAUACAAUGGAUACAGUAAUUGCUUUCUCUUUCUCUUCCUCCCACUCCACAGAAGAGCUGUAAAGGUAAAUGCAAUAAAUUUUGUGCAUACAGACAGACUAACAAAUGCUACAGACAGAAACAGAUUGAGGGGGAUGUCUGGUUUUUCAUUGAUAGGCUGAUUGGGGUGUAAGAAAUAAAAGAUUAGCGGAAAGAAUAGGCCAUAUAAAACAGAUUUUUGUGGAGAUUGGCCCUUAGGACUGAGCAGAAAUGUUAACGCUUAGCAAAGUAAUUAAAAGUUUGCAAUUCAAGUAGAGCAAAGAGAGAUUCUGGCCUCUUUCCCCAGGAGAUCAAAGCUUGUUUUUGGCAGAGGCAAUGUUUAAAUAUAUUUAUAAAAGGAUCGAGACUUGUCAAAGGCAGCGGCAGUGUCUGCAGUUUCUCUUUUAAUUUGCUUUGAUAUUGUAUGCACCCUCAUUAUGCUCUGACUGUCGAAUCCUGCUGUAAUCCUCAUUUUAAAAAAAAGUGGAACAGAAUCAAACAGGUCUCUGCAGUGUUCACCCAGAGUCUGCCUACAUCUCUAGUAAAUACCUUGGCCAAGGCAGUUACAGGGCUGCAGCCCAGUAGGAUUCCUGCUAUGGAACUCUGCUUGCUUGGCACUGUCUUUCACUUCCCUGCUGACUGAGUGGGAUCACUAGCUUUUCUUCAUAGGGAAAAUACUCUAGCCCCUUUCUCUUUUUCACCUACUCCAUGGGACAACCUGAAUUCUGCACAGCAUUCAAAACGUGGCUGCAUGACAGCUUUUUUAUUAUUGUGGUGUUAUUAUACUUGCUUCUUCUUCUUUUCAUCACAUUUUCUCCUGCCAAAUAAUCAUUUAAAUUGGAUUUGCCAUUUUGAUCGAUAGCUGCCAGCGUACUAGCUAGAGAAUCUUCCAUGUGCGGGCCCGUUGGAAGCUCGGCAAAGCAUGAGACUCUUAAUCUCAGGGUUGUGGGUUCGAGCCCCAUGUUGGGCAAAAGAUUCCUGCAUUGUAGGGGGUUGGACUAGAUGACCCUUGUGGUCCCUUCCAACUCUACAGUUUGCAAUAAUAGAGUUGGAAGAGAUGUUGAAGAUCAUGAAGUCCAACCCCCAGCUUGGUACAAGCUCUACUGUGCAAUCUGGAGUCAGAUCUUGUUCCAUUGUGUACUGUAAUGCACUCAUUUGAUGUUUGUUUUCAGGGCCACCUGAGCAUCAUAUUUUUAGCAAAGUAGUUUUACAGGGUAGUCUUCUACAAACUAUUGUGUGAGGUUGCCAUGACACACACCUCAUGUUUUGCAAGCCUUUACUCCUAUUUGAUGUGUUAAUUCUGAGUUUAUUUCUUUAUUCAUGUGAAUGCCUGUAUGUCAUUAAACAUCCCUACAAUAGAUUUGCACUAGGGCAGAAAUGAAAUGGCUCUCCCAAAUUUUCUCCCCAUUUGCAAAUCUAUAAGGUCCAUAUGGGAGACCAUUUUGGGGAAGCAAUGUGGGCCAUACUGAACCAGUAUUUGGGAAAGGGUUCAUUUAUCAAUGAUGGCCAGGAAAUAUUGACGCUUUGAAGAAGUUCCAUCUGCAGUUUUUCAUCCCUGCAAUGAGUUGUUCAAUACAGGCAGCUGUUUUGAUCCAUGCAGCGUGUACAAGUUCAUUGGUUAGUGAGCAAAUCGUACAACUGUCCAAGUAGACUGAAAUGAACGCAGUGAAAUCAAUGUUUGCCAUGUAGGGUAGUUCUCAGCUGGUGAGACUGUCAGCUGUAACCCAGCAGUAAGUGGGGAAGAGUGCGAGGGAACAUGCCUUGGGCAGCUCAACAUUGUAUUUUAGUUUGCUUAGAAGUCCACCUGCUGAUAUUUGGCCUUUUCAUGCUCAUAGACUGCAUUUCCUGUGAUGAAUAAAGCACACAGAGCAGAUGCAGCUGGAAGGGGGUUUUGGUACAUAAGAGAUUUCCAGUUUGGACUAGUGAUCAAUUCUGCUUUUCUGUUCCUGGCAGCGAUCCCAUCCCUAUCCAUUUCAUCUGUCCUUCUGAUUAUGUUAUCAUUGCAGGAAUGGUGAGAAGUGUUCCCAUUGCCCUACUCCCCACUGCUUUGUGGCAAAAUGACCAGGGCAGCCUUUUGCAAGUGCACAUCUUUCAGAGCAGUGAGCACACGGGAGGCCUACAUUAAUUUUCAUGGUAACGUCAUACUUUGAAAUGCUUGGUAGUGAAACAGCAGUUAGUAUUGACUGUAAUGUUUCUCAAAGCAGCCUUGGCAUAUGCCCCAGAAGCUAGCAAAUUCACAGUCUACCCCUACCACCAAAGUAUAUGUCUGUUAAGUAACUUCAUUAUACAGUUUCCAUCCUUUGCUGUAGACACACCGCUUUAUCCUAGUCCUUUAUGGUUAAGUCUUUUAUGAAACCACCACAAUUGCCUGAUGUGCACUCCUGGGUUUGUUUUCAAGUGUUUCAUUGGCUUUUAAUAUGGUAUAAUUAUAAUGGUUGUAACAUGCCUCAGGACCUUGUGGUGAAGGGUGGUGAGUAAGUAAUCCCUUAAAUAAAUAAAUACUCUCCUGCCUUUUACCCCGCCUCUCCUGCUUCUUUUGAGAGUUUACAAAAUUUGGGGUUUUUUAGAAGGAAUGGAAGAAGCCGCACAAUCUCAACAGGUUCCUGCUUCUCUUCUGUCUCUUUUUGAGAAGCAUGGCUUUGAUGUGUGCAGUCAUGUUUCAGGCAAUUGAAUCGUAUCGCCAUGCCACUUCAACACACCUUUUUCCCUGUUGGCAGCAUUUCUGCAGCAUACUUGUUUGUUUGCUUUUAUAAUAAUAGUCAGCAUUUAAAUUUGCACUAGAAUGCUUUUUCAUCUAUAUAUAAAAACAUUUGCACGAUAGCUUUUAAACAAGAAGGGUUUUAACACAAAUUUUAUAAAAUGAUUAAAAAAUAUUUUUAAAAAGCUAAAAUGGUGUGCUUUAUCAUAGAAGUGUAGAGUUGGAAAGGACCACAAGGAUCAUCUAUUCCGAUCCCCUGCCAUGCAGGAAUCACAGCUAAAGAAUCCUUAAGAGAUGGCUUAGGUGCAUGAUUAGGUACUUUCCUGCUCAACAGAACUUCAGCUGUCAGGGAAAAGGCUAAGCUUUCUUAUGCCCACUAGUGAGGACGGAAUAUAGCAGGAUGCAUAUGCAAAAGUCCACAUGCAGCUCCAUAUGCAGCUUACAGGGAGGGAGAACUAAAGAGGAGAAAUUGGAAGGAGCCAUUCUGCAGUGUCACUUGGCAGAUCAGAAACAAGAGGAUGAUUUGCAUCUUUCUGCCAUGCUAGCUCCUAACUGUGUUUGAAAUCUGACUUAGGUUAAAAUUAUGUAGGUAAUUUCUUUUUCCAUUUUCCCAUGACCAUUUUUUCAGCAUGGACAACGUUGCCUACCUCCGCAAAGGGCUUAUGUAAUCAGUUCGCACUGCCAAAUUCAGUCUUGUUUGAUUGUGUUUCAUGCAUGGUGCUUCUGCAUCCAUCUUUUGUAUCCUUUGUCAAAAGAGCCUAGUUUCUGCCAUAUGGAAGGGCGAAGGAAAUGGACAGGAAGCAGGGCUGAGUUCUCAUUAAAUGCUACAUCUCUGUCCAGAAAGAUGAUAAUUAGCAAACAGUUCAUUUAUUUGCAUGCCUAUCCUAGAAAUAAUGCCUCUGCAAAUUCACAGGGUUUUAUUUCAUGGGUUUCUGGGUGACCUGCACUGAACUUGUGAACCGCUGUCCUGGGCCUUUGAGCUCCAGAGCCUCCAAGCAACCCGUCAUUCAUCACAAGCCCUAGCAAGCUGAAGUGCAGAGCAUAGAACCACAAGCCAGAGAGAAGUAGCUGUCCACAGAGGACUUCUGAACCUUCUUUGUUCAUAUUUCAUUUUCCAUUUGUGACUCAACAACACUUCAGAGCUGUGCUCUCAAGAGAAGAGGUCAUUUAAAUGUUUUACAGCACAAUCCUAUGCAUGCCUACUCAGAAAUAAGUCCUAUUGAGUUAAAUGGGGCUUACGGGUUACAGGAUUGUAGUCUUAAAGGGUCGUUUCUCAAAGCAGCAGAACCAGUUGAAAGCUUAAGAGUAGGCAUAUAUAUAUAUAUAUAUAUAUAUAUAUAUAUAUAUAUAUGAUUUUCCCCACCUUUAUGCCAAGAGGCUGAAAGUGGUGUAUGUGGUUCUCCCACUCCCUAUUUUGUCCUCACUAAGCUUAUUAUUAUUAUUAUUAUUAUUAUUAUUAUUAUUAUAUCCCAUCCAUUUGGCUGGGUUUCCCCAGGCACUCUGGGUGGCUUACAGCAUAUAUAAAAAAUUGUAAAACAUCAGACAUUAAAAAAUUCCUGAUACAGGGCUGCCUUCAGGUGUUUUCUAAAAGUCAGAUAGUUGUUUAUUUCCUUGACAUCUGAUAGGAGGGCAUUCCACAGGGUGGGCACCACAACCGAGAAGGCCCUCUGCCUGGUUCCCUGUAAUCUCACUUCUUGCAGUGAGGGGGCCACCAGAAGGCUCUUGGUGCUGGACCUCAGAGUCUGAGCUGAACGAUGGGGAUGGAGAUGCUCCUUCAGGUAUAUUGGGCCAUCGCCGUUUAGGGAAUUAAAGGUUAGCACCAACACUUUGAAUGGUUCUUGGAAAUGUACUGGGAGCCAAUGUAGGUCUUUGAUGACUGGUGUUAUAUGGUCUUGGUGGCUGUUCCCAGUCUCCAGUCUAGCUGCCGCAUUCUCGAUUAGUUGUAGUUUCCGAGUCACCUUCAAAGGCAGCCCCAUGUAGAGCGCAUUGCAGUAGUCCAAGUAGGAGAUAACCAGAGCAUGAACCACUUUGGCGAGGGAGUCCACAGGCAGGUAGGGUCUCAGCCAGCAUACCAGGUGGAACUGGUAGACAGUUGCCCUGGACACAGAAUUGACCUGCAUCUCCAUGGACAGCUGUGAGUCCAAAAUGACUCCCAGGCUGCACACCUGGUCCUUCAGGGGCACAGUUACACCAUUCGGGAACAGGGAGUCCCCCACACCCGCUCGCCCCUGUGCCCCCAAAACAGUACUUCUGUCUUGUCAGGAUUCAGUCUCAAUCCAUUAACCAACAUCCAUCCUCCAACCACUUCCAGACACUCACACAGGACAUUCACCGCCUUCACUGAUGUAUGUAUGUUAGGCUGAGAGAUGGUGACUAGUGCAUGGCUGAGUGGAUCCUAGUCCAACACUCCAACCACUACACCACACUGCAUCCUCCCCAAAGGGCUCUUUUCACAGCUGCCAUAUUUUGCCAUGGCUGCCAACUAGAAUUAGGGACCUUUGAUAUGACAAAUGUCACUCUCAAUAGCCUUGGGGGUGGGAAUCAAACCUGGAAAAAACACAAGCAUUAUCUAGACCAGUUCCCUCAUGCACAGCAGACUGCGACCAUCUUCUUCUGGGGAGAACGCUUGUGACAAUCCUUCCUGUUUGGCGCGGCACAUUAAAAUACAUUUGGGCCUUCACACCAUCAUUGCUACUGGCUAGUGUGCUCUACAUGGGAGGAUUAGUGGAAAUUUUAGGAUACUUUCAAUGAGCCUGGGUCCUUAAGUUAGCACCUGGAUAUAACACACACACCCCACUUAUGGGGGAUGGAGCGCUUCUGAAACUGGGACAUUGGUGUGCCACUCCUUCAAAGUGUACCCCUGAAUGGUUAUGGCAUUUCUAGGUCACCCGGAAAAAUGGAAUGGGGUGUGCGUAUAGCCUAAGAUUCACUAAUCAGUAGGGAAAUUGGAGAACUGAACACUUUGGCACUUAGCAGUCAGAACGUGAGGCCUGAUGUUUACUUCAUAAUAGUUGCCAACAUUCCAGCACAAAACAGAGUGUUGGGCUGUGGGGAUUCUAUCCUGGCCUCUUUUAGUCUUGGAUUGGGUAGGGGGAACUCCAUGUAGCACAGCAACCAGAAACAGAUCUGUGCUUUCGGAAUAGCAGCUUAAUUUACUAGUAUGCCAUACACAAAAAAUUAUAAAAUAAAAUUGGUAAGAGCUGUGUUAACAAGCUACAAACAUGGGGAAUUUUUUAUAAAAUGUUUCAGGCUUCUCUGCCACUCAAAGCCUUUUGAGUCCCUCUUUCAGUUAUGUCUCAGGGCCACUUCACUCCUAUGGUUUAUUAUAUGGGCAUUAUUUUUUGCUUUGGGAAACCAUGUGUGCAGUCACCUCUGAUGAGUAUAGAAUAUGGAUGUCUGUUUGCUGAAACAACAUAAGAUAGGAAAUGGCAAUUGGUUGUAGCUUCAUGUGUGUGCUCAUCGAAACGGAAGCAGCAGGUGGAGACUUCUGGCAAGUUUGGGAUUGUCCUUUCUUAUGGGUGCCAUUUGGGAACUAAUAAAAGUGCGAGAAGGUCAUGCAGAUGACCAAGUCUCUGUGAGCUGCAGUAUCCAGAUGCCAGGUAGUGCUUAACUAGUUAAAUCCAUCUUCCAGGUUAAGUUUUUUCCAGCUGUAAAUUUCUUAAAUAAUGUAUGGUGUUAAGUCAGAAAUAUAGUUAAGUCUCCUAAGUGCUCAGGAUAGAACAGAUUAAAAAGGUUAGAGCAAUAAGGUCAUUUUGUUUGCCUUCAUUCCUUUCAACAGUUACUCCAAAGUGUUGACAGUCUGUGGAAUCAUCUGGUCAAUUGCUAUCUGUUCUUCUUUUCUCAUCAGAUAUGGCACAAGGGUGCCUGCAUCUGAGUCAUCUGAACAGGGACAUCCAGACGCAGCCCAGCUCCACUUCACCUUUGGAAGGCCCGUCCCCAACCGCUGUGUGUUACCGAAAUGGCAACCAGCGUCGGUUUUCAAUGGAGGUGAUACGCAGUUGCAGAGUGCAGGGAAUCUGUAUGGAAUGUUAGAAAUUAGACCUGUGUAUAAAUGGCCUCUUGGAAUUCUCCACCCUAUUUGUGGGCACAGAAACUGAGUGGGUGGGGUGCCAUUUCACACAAUUUCUCCAGAGGGAAAAGAAAUUCUCCAGCAGUUUCCCGGGCAUGGCACUCACCGUUAGCAAUGACAAUUAGCAUAGGCUCUUUCCUCUUUUUUUGUCGUAGUGGCAGCCUGGCCAUCAUUCUACAUCCCCCACAAUGCCAGUGUUCCAGGACAUUGUGGAGCUGAGAUUGCAGCUGCCACAUAAAAUAAUAAUACGGGGGGGGGGGGUUAAUUACACAAAGUGGCCUUCUUUUUCUAGGAGGCUGAGAAAAAGAAAAAGAAUUCUUGAAAUGCUUUCUGAAAUGUCAUCAGGUGUAUUCUCAGAAAAAUUUGGAGAAAUUUUGUCUCUAGCUCUAAUAGAUAUGAUGUUUAUGGACCCCUUUUAAUUGCAACCGGAUGCUGACUGUUUGAGAAUCAGAGUCAACCAAGAAUCUGCCUUUGAGAAUGAGUGGUCUAUUCAUAUCAAAAAAGAACUAGUGUUGCAAUUGAAAUUUAUUUUAUUUAUUUUAAUAUACUUAUACCCCACUUUUCAGCUCCCAAAAGAUUCAGGCAAUAUACAAAUCUAAUAUAUAACAACAACAACAACAACAACAGCAGCAGCAGCAGCAGCAGCAGCAGCAACACUGGAACAAAGUUGAUGGCCCCUUCCCACAUCUUUGUGUUCUUCCCCAGAUUAGUGUAUUCAAUUAGUCUUCAAGAUGUGUGUGCUUUACUCAGUGUAGGGAUUCUUCUUACGAAACUUUGAAAUAGCUUUGAAAUGGCUGCCUGAGUGCCUGUUCAAGGAUGUUCCCGUAAAGUGGUCAGUGUUGGCAAAGUACAUUAUGUGACCUUGGGGAACUUGGAGUUACUUUUCCGGGGAACAUGACUGUACCAGCAGAGGCAGUGACGUCUUGAAUUUGCAAGCUACGGUUCUUCCCCCCGGCAUCAGAAUUUGAAUUUCAUUUGUACACAAAAGCGUAAAAUGCUAUGGUCUGCCUACUGAGAAGCAAUAAUUAUUUCUCCUACACCCAUAGAUGGGGGAAUCGCUUCUUUGUGAGAGGACAUGAGCAUUAGCUCCAGACAAAGUUGAGACCCAGUGUUUAGAGAUUAAGUCACACAACAUGGCAUAAAUGCUUGAAUUUGUGCAUUUUUAAGAGAACACACAUACCACUUGCUCAAAACUAAAGCCAGGCUCUCCUGCCUCAUCUUCACUAUCAGUUUGAGGAUAGAGAGUGGAUUGAAGAAGUGAAACAGAUAAACAGGGCAAUGUAGUUGCCUUUAAUUAUAUUUAUCCCACCCUUCAAAUGCUAGCACUGCAACUGUUCUAUGCUUCCAAAUGAGCAGAAGCUGAAAGGGUUGUUGUGGGACAUACAGCAUUAGGGCUGUGACCACCAGAAGUCUUUUGGAUGGCUAGGAGGCCUUGGGAACUAAUUCUGUGCUGCUCUUCUCCACAGGACGUCAGCAAGCGCCUCUCUCUGCCCAUGGAUAUUCGCCUUCCCCCAGAGUUCCUCCAGAAACUAGAGAUGGAAAGUCCAGAGAUUUCAAAGCCUCUUAGCAGGAUGUCUCGACGGGCUUCUCUUGUGAGUCCCACUCUUUGACAGGGGUUCAGAACAUGCAAGUUCAUGCAAUGCAGCAGAACUUUGCCCUUGUGCACUUGCACAUAUGAAAAAGCUCAAGUGUGAUGGGCCUAAACCAGGGCAAACACCUACUUCAGUACUGAAACUGCAUUGGAAAUGUGUGCUGUUCAGUUAUUCCAGUUUCUCUGGGCAACUAAGGCCAGCAAGUAGCUCUUUAUUUUCCCUCAAGAAGAGGUGGGGUUGGAACUCAGAACUCUAAGGCGGAAAGAAGAACGAAACCUUAUACCUCAGGGUUUCCCAUUUACCUGUGCAGUGUUGUUUGUCUCUUGAAUAAAAUAUGUGCAGCUGAAGCAAGUGUCCCAUAAAUAUCAAUAACCUCAUAAAUUAACAAUGUGUGCUUCUUUGAAACUCACAAAUGUAGGGCUGUUACUUUUGUGAAACAUUGGAUCAUGUUAAAGCCUCCUUUGCUUUGUCUGCAGCCUUAUUAUCAUUUUCACACACAAAUAGAAGUAUUCCUGCUUAAAAUAUGGAAAACAUUUGUUUUUUCCCCUCCACCUCACUCCAACUCUGGCCAGUCCUGCCUGGGUUAUGGCUGUGCAGGUUGCAACCUGUUUUCAGAGUUUGUGUGUGGUUGACCCUUUAGAUCCAGUAGGAAUCAAAGUUGUAAGAUUCAUUUUAAACCAACAACUGAUCAGGCCAAGAAGCUUGUUGAGCUGGAGGCAGAAAAGCAUGGAGAGGGGCACUUUUUGUGUGGGGAUCAUGUAACUCUGAGGUAUCAUUAGAUACUCUGAGGUAUCUAAAGUGCAUUGCAACCCAGUCCUAAGCAUUACUUGGAGGUGCAUAGGAGUGCCAGACUAGAGAAGUAUGUCAGAAGUGCAUUGUGUUGAAAUACUGGUAGCUGAUUCCAGGAAAAGGGACAAGCUAUGUGUCGCUUUAAGCACACACUUUAAAAAUGUGCUCUCCACCCUGUUUCUUUAGCAAAAGCAGCUCCCCUGAAUUGCUUUCUUUCUCUGCUUUCCACACUCACAGCCGCUGUGUGUUUUAAGUUACAGUGUGAUCGAUCGAUCUGAAUCCCAUGGCUAGAAUCUUGUUCACGUUUCCUGCCCCCAGUAUUUAGGCGCUGAGCUUGAAGAAAAAACCUGAAAUACUGAGCGAAAACCGUUGGUUAAUUCAUGAUCCUAAAUUGCUUCAGAUGCAGCCCAUUCACAAGUUUUCCCUAUUGAGCUGAAAAUGAAAUAUUUAUUGAAUCCCAUGGGUCCUUUUCUGCAAAGGUGGCUGUCUCUUUACCACCACCUAGUGCUGAAUAAUAUCAUGCUUAAAAGGCAAUACAUGACCUAAGUAGCAUUAAUACAUGCUUUGAAAAGCCUCUUAUCACCACAGAAGGUUUAAUCCUGUUACUCCAUCAUGUUUACAAGCGGUACGUACAUUCAAACGCCAUGUUCACACAGUAAAAUGCAGGCCAAAUAUGCAAGAGGCAUUGUUAGCCCUAUUGAUAUUCAGCAAGAAUAGAGUACAUGGGAUGUGAACAACAUUUGACUGCUUAUUCAGGGCCAUAUGAGGUGUUGGUGGAAGAGGUUGGGGGGAUUGACCUGGUUCUCCUGACCCCGGGUCAACUCUGAGCCAGGAUCGAAAGGCAUUACACAAGGGAAUCUUGUAUAAUGGGAAGGGAAGACCCAAUUAGGCAGCUUAAACAGCUCUCUGAACGGAACAAUCUGGCAGACUGAUGGAGAAGUGUGAGAAAUGAAAGCAAUUGGAAGUUUUCCUUGCUGCAACACACCCCAAGUGAAGAAAGCGAUUUCACUGAAUAUAUUAUGCACUAGCACUAUGGGGAAAGAAGCAAGAAUGCUUCGAUUUCUUCAGACACCCAGCCCUCUUCAGCCCUGGGCAAAAGGGUGUAGAGGGGAUGGAGGCUGAAGGGAGGUUGUCUCCAAUGUGCCCACUCCACUCUAACCACUGUGCUGAAGGGAGGUUGUGAGCACUUUUCGCCUGAAUGUGUUUAGGUGUCUCCUCAUGAUCGGGUUAUCAGGAUUCCUAGUCACAAGGAGGCUUGUAAACCUGUUCAGGCAAACAUACAUGCAAGCCCCCUUCAGACAUUUGCACUAAUCAAGCAAGGGUUGGAAGUGUAGGGGGAGACACCUGGAAAUGUUGAGGACAAGGCCAUGGUGCAUUCCCUCUCCACACUUUUGUCCUUGCGUGUCCAGGAGUAACAAAUGAGGAGGACUGUUCCCAGUGACUGGCCCAUGAUUUCACAUUUGCAAAAAGUAGCUCCCACAAGGUGUUUAACUGUGAGUUUAAGGACCUGCCUUGAUAUUUUUUUUUUGUCCCCUUCCUCUCCACCAAAUGUAUUGCAGGCAAGAACUGCUUAGCAGAAUGUGAUCAUCAAUAAGUUUCCUAAGGAAGAGAAUGUGAUCUUUUGUAUUGACACUUCUUCCUUUUUCAUGACAGUCAGACAUUGGGUUUGGAAAGAUGGAAACCUAUGUUAAACUGGAGAAGCUAGGGGAGGUAAGAAUAAGUUCUGUCAUCAUUCUACUCCCAUGUUGUGUCGCUGUGAUAGAAUUUUAACUGUUGUCAUCCACUUUGGGAGCCAGUCUUGAUCUGUUAAGGGCUUUAUAGAUUUAAAAUGGGGCUAGGGGACCUGCGGCUCUCCAGGUGUUCCUGGGCCUUGACUCCCAUCAUCCAUGAACCUUGACCUUGCUUGCUGAGGCUGAUGGGAGUUGGAGUCCAAUAAUAUCUGGAGAGACACCAGGUUCCUUGCCUGCAUUUAAACUUGCUCCUUGAGUUGUGAAUAGAAUUUUUCAAAAGUCUUCCAAGGGAUCAUCAGCAUAAGGGAACAAUUUGGUUCUGUUCAGUGUCCUAUAGUACGGACUAGGAUGUGCUUCCCAAAUUGAAUGCUUCCUCCAUGCUGAAAUAAACUUCUUCUUUUUUAAAGCUAUUUUCAGAUCAUUUGAUGCAGAUUAUUAAGCAUAUAUUUACAAGCAAAUGCUUCCCAAAGAAGCAUGACAAGAAAUAAAUCUAGUUUGUCAACCCAAAAGAGACAAAGUUUUAAAUCAGAUGAAGCGCAUCUGAAAAUAUUGUUUGGAAGAAGACUGCAAAGGAGUCAUUUUGAAUCCAAAUUAAGCAGGGCUGCUACAGGGAUCUAAUCCAGUUCAGGAGAACCAGAAUAAUGCUGUUUUAUGCAGGGAGUAAUGAGUGGGGUUUGCUGUGGGGUAUGUUAGUGAGCUGCUUACUUUUCUUGGCUUCUUCCUCUCAGGGCACCUAUGCCACUGUCUUUAAAGGGCGCAGCAAGCUCACCAAGAACCUGGUUGCCCUGAAGGAGAUCCGAUUAGAGCACGAGGAAGGGGCCCCCUGCACAGCUAUACGGGAAGGUGAGGAGCAGGGUUCAUUUUCCAAAAUGUAAACAUACGGAGAAACAUCAGGCAAUGCUGUUUCCACAUACACUUGCCUUGCUUAUACACAAACAUGAUAAGGAAUGGAAACAUCCGAUCAUGUGAACCUGCAAUAGUAGCAAUGGAAAUACUGACAGUGGGGGCCACAUACCGGGAGGGGGGACCUAACCCAGAUGCCAGAGUGGGUGAGGUAACAAAUGUAAAUUUUACCUUGUACAAUAGGGUACUUUCUACCCACACUCACAGACCCCCACCCUCCAUCCAGGCAAGCAAGAAACAUUAUCAGAGUUCAAGGGCACAUUCCAGGCAGACAGACACACUCACUGAGGGGGAGAAACAGGGCUGGUGUGGGAUCUGGCUAGGGAGUUGUGGCCUGGGGGGAGUCUUGAGGGCCACAGAGAGAGGCCUAGUGGUCUGCCUCCAGUCCCCAGGCCUGAGAUUUUAGUGCAUAGCGUACACCCCACCCUCAUACCCUUGUGACUGAAGUCUCUCUGCCUUGCAGUUUCCUUGCUGAAGAACCUCAAGCAUGCGAACAUUGUGACCCUCCACGAUAUCAUUCACACGAAAUGCUCCCUAACUCUUGUCUUUGAGUUUCUGGUGAGUCAGGACCUUCUGACUUUUGGAGAGGCUGGCUGGUCCAGGCUUGACUGCAGCUCAAGUGUUAUUUGGGCAGUAAGGGAAGGGCUGUAGUUCAGUGGUAGAGCAUCUGGUUCACAUGCAGAUCACAGGUUCUAUCUCUGGCAUUUCCAGGUGGGGCCAGCUAUGUCCUUAACCUGAAUCCCUGCUGUCAGUCAGUGCAGACAGUACUAAAAUAGAUUGACCAAAGGUAAAAGGCAGCCUCCUGUGUUCAGGGUCAGUAGUAAGUCUGAAGGUUCCCCGCCCCCCAACAGCAGCAUCUGUGCAGAAAAUGUGGUCUCCAUGUAACACACUGGUAAAAAAAAAAAAUGUUCUCCAACCACAAUUGCUUACCAAUAUUCCAGAUGGAACACCAUGCAGGUCCAAUUGGGCUUGGUGGGCUUGCUCCCAGCUAGGUGUGAAUUGGAUUUUCCCUAAAUAGCAAUAGAAAAAUGUGUGUGUUUUCUCAGAACAAAAUAUGGUUUGAGUUCAGGGAACCUGAAAAUUCUCCACAACAUACGUGCCAGUUAAAGGACAAAAUACUUGGACUAAAUCUGACCUAGCUAUGUUGAUUAGGAUAGUGACUUUGAAUCUCUUGCUGUAGCAAUCUACUAGUAUGCAUUCAUAUAAUAAAACAGAUACAUCUGGAAAGGUUGUGUAGUUUUGAUCUGUGUAUGAGCCAGAGGAGACAGUUCACUGCAAGCGUCCACCCUGCUUCGGAACUGCUAGGAAAUACUAUUUGACUUGCAUUUUUUUGUUGCCAAAGACAUGUUUGGUCACUUCGGGGGCCUUGGUCUUCAAGGCAACUGGGACCUCUCAGGACAUGCUUGUCUUUGCAGGACAGUGACCUGAAGCAGUACCUGGAUAACUGUGGGAAUCUGAUGAGCAUGCACAACGUGAAGGUGAGUGAACAGGGUGGAUGGGUGCAGGGCUUCCUCUUCUGUAAAAUGAUUGGUAGGCUCUCAAGUCAGGGCAGGGUUGGGAAUCCCCUUGAAGUGCCAACCCCUCAUGGGCCCCACUGGCAAGUGGGUAGGGUUGCCCACCCUUUAGUCACAUGGUGACCUAUGUCAGGGGCAGGAAAGGAACAAUUGAGGGUACACAGUUGAGGAUGUGUUUCUGCUUGUUCCUUUGUAGUCACAGCUUUACCUGUCCCACACCUGAUGGCAGGUGAGUGGCAAGUGUGUGUGACUUGCCCAGAAUGGGCUUGUGGGCUAGACUGGACUCGGGCGGCCCAAGGUGUUUCGGCACCUCCAGUGAAACACCCUGCUGUCACCCCCAUGAUUGGGGGGGUGCAUACUCCAUAAUGAAUCUCCACUGCCAGGUGUUGAAUGGUUUCUUUAAAUGUAAAGGUUCAUCAUUGUUCCACCCGAUGUGUAUGUCUUUAAGGGGCCAGAGCAAGGGCCAGAGCAAAAUAACGAGACCCAGCUUUGCAGCUGUGAAACAUAGCAGGUGCUGCUGAGUUGUAUUGAUUAAGCUGUGUCAGCAAUUGGGUGUAGUAUAUAAGGAGCAGCACCUAGCUCUCCCAUUACCCUGGGGGAUGGGUUGGGUCAUGUUUGUUUGUUAAUGUAUUUAGUGUAAAAGGAGUUUUUGUUUUUGUAAUUAAAACCUUGUUUAAGUACUUCUUGAGUCCCUCUUUUAAUGCAUGGUCUCCCCAGCGAGCUCUCUGCAGCGCUACCAUACUGCAAAUAGCCAACACCAGGUCCUUUCCAGAUCCCCUCCUCCCUUCAGGAGAAGCUGGUGCAAAGCCCCCCAACCAGGUGGCAAAGCUGAGUGGCAGAACACUUCCCCUCUCACUGACUCAGCAGGAGGGGAGGCAUUCCACAGAGCUUUGCCACUAGUCCCUCUUGGCCCCUAGAGGCUGGGGAGACCAGCAGCAAAGCUGGGCAGCAGAACAAGGGUGACACCCCAAGAGGGAUGCUGCCUGAGGUGGCUGCCUCACCUAGCCUCAUGGGUGAGCCAGCUCUGAGACUGGAGGUCUGGUGGGCCAAAUUAUGCAGGUUCCCCCAUUGCCAAGUUAGAGGAUUUUCCAUCUCUUUCAGGAAUGGUAUCUCAUGCCUUAAUUCUCCACAGAGCAGAGUCUACCAUUAAAGUAUCUCUAACUGCUUUCUCUCCCCUCUUCUUUCCCUGUGGUUCCAAGAUCUUCAUGUUCCAGCUGCUGCGUGGCUUGUCCUACUGCCACCAGCUUAAGAUCCUACACAGAGAUCUCAAACCACAGAAUCUGCUCAUUAAUGGGAAAGGGGAACUGAAACUUGCAGAUUUUGGUAAGUUAGGAGGUAAGCUGGGGAAAUGCCAGCACAAAUUUCAGCUCGGUUUUGAAUAGGAAGGUACUAUGUCAGGGAGGAGAAGGACCAACCUGUGGCCUGCCAGAUGUUUUUGGACUGCAGCUUCCAUCUGCCCCAGCCAGCAUGGCCAAUGGUCUUGGGAGGAAGGGAGCUGUGAUUCGGCAACCUCUGGAGGACACCAAGUUCCCUAUCCCAGGCUUAGGUGCUCCUACAUUUUCAGAUUGUGGGGAAAUUAUAUUGGGGGACUUCUACCACUACUGCCCCCCCACCCCACUUCUAAUUUACAUGUAACAAGUCUUAAACAGAGCGAAGCUGUUUGCCAAAUACAGACUUUCAAUUAUAUUUGUUAAUGUGGUGCUUUAUACAUUAUGGCUUAGAGACCAUAUGAAACCCCCCCCCCCCCCGCCGCCCACAAGCAUCUUUAGGUUGCAAUCCUAUACAUAGUCACCUCAGAGUAAGCUCAGUGAGACCCACUUUUUAUUAGACUUGUCUAGGAUUGUGCUGCUGGCAACUUGUUUUCCAAAUAUUCUGAUCCUUCAUGCUUUGCACCUCUGUGCAGCUCUCAACAGCGCUUGUGGAAUAUAUGACCAAUAUUAGCAAAGCAUUUCAAUUUGUGAUGCUGCAUGAAUCCUGUUGGGCUGCUGGGUUUACUUUCCAAAUCCAAGGAACAAUUUCCAUUAUUGCUCUUAUAGGUUAUACAAUUAUGCAAUGCCUGCUCAGUGAAGCAAUCACAAAAUUGAUUUUUCCGAGCUCAGCCCAUUGUAUUUUUCUUUUGAUUCUUUAAUAAAAUACUCCCAGCCACUCUCUAGGGCCACUGUUGGAAUCAUGGUAGAUAGUGUGGUACCUACUAAAGCCCACGCCUUUUCUGGGGAAUCACUCCCUCACACAUACUGUCAGGAUGAAACUGGUAGUCGCAAACCACAGGAUUGCAUCUCACUGACUUCCCUUCCACCCUCAGGUCUAGCCAGAGCCAAAUCUGUCCCAACAAAAACAUAUUCCAAUGAAGUGGUCACAUUGUGGUAUCGGCCUCCUGAUGUCCUACUAGGAUCCACAGAAUACUCCACUCCCAUUGACAUGUGGUGAGCCAAGGGGUCUGUGUUUGGGAAAGGGUGGGUACAAUAAUUCUCUCCAUUGUGACUUUUUUCUCCCAGUUUGCAUUCUCCAUAUUGCUUCCGGGGCCUUUUCAGUGUUUAACGCUAUUCAGGAGGAAUGUGGGACCUAGUGCUUUACAGAUGUUUGGCUGGAUGCCAGCACUCAUCAUUCCUGACCAUUGGUCAUGCUGGCUGGGUCUGGUGGGAGUUGGGCUCCGGUAUCAUUUAAAGAGCUAUAGGUUCCCCAUCCCAGCUACAGACAGUUUCUCAUGGCUUGUUCCUUCAUGUUCCUGAAGUCCUUCUUUUCUCUACUGAUUAGUUUAGUGGGAAAGGGUGGUGGGGGAAAGAAACAGUUCCUGCCUCUCAUAUUGUCUUCUACAAAACAUCAUGGUGGUCCUCCUGCUUUUUCUGCAGAGACUGAAGCAAUGAGAGGAAGACUUGGCAGAUAAUAGGAUGUUCUUGUAUCUCUUUUUGCUCUGUGGUAGGGGUGUGGGUUGCAUACACUACGAAAUGGUCACAGGACGCCCCAUGUUCCCAGGAUCGACCGUGAAAGAAGAGCUGCAUUUAAUAUUCAGGACACUGGGUGAGUCCUUUGUAAUUCUCUAUUUCUUUAUGUGUACUGGGGAGGAGGGUGGAAUGAAUAGAAGAGUGCAGAAAAAAAAGUAGCCUUUAACAGAAGGGUUAUUUGGCUGGUGAUAGAAUGCACGGCCCCAAAAACAAAUCUGUCAUUGAUGUUUUCAUAAUUUAAAUAUGCAUCCAAGGUUUUUAUUUUGUUUUCUUCUGAUUUUGUUUAAGAGCCAAGUGUGGUGUAGUGGUCAGAGUGUUGGACUAGGACCAGGGAGACCAGGGUUCAGAUUUCCACUCAGCCAUGAAGCUCACUGGAUGACCUUGGUCAAAUCACCUGACCAAUCUCACAAGGUUGUCCUGGUGAUAAAAUGGGGAGGGAGAGAAGUAUGUGAAAUACCUUUAGCUCCUAGGAUAAAUGCCCCAAGUCUCAAGUUUCUUACCCAUCAUUUUCAGUUUAAAAGGGUCUGAGACAGCAGGGCUAGAGAAGCCCAGUCAGAUUACACAACAGUGGGCUAAAUAAGUUCAGUGACUCAGCAUCAGGCAUCCUCCUGUGUUCUAACAGCCCAACACUCCAUUUGGUUUCUGAGUCUUUUAACAGCAAGUGUGUUUCUCAGUGUUCCUCUGCUGUGAAAAGGCUUUGUGUCUGUGGGUGGAUGGAUUUCCCUCCCUCUGUGUUCAGCUAAGGUUGAGUUUUUCAUGAUUCUAAAUUCUAAAUGCCAUAUAUUGGAUUCCAUCUUGUGCAACGUUCCAUGUGGAUACAGUAAAUGUGCAACUAAGCCUAUUUCCUGCAGGAACCCCUACAGAAGAAUCUUGGCCGGGCAUCACAUCCAAUGAGGAAUUCAAGGCAUAUAAUUUCACACAGUAUCGAGCCCAGCCAUUGAUAAACCAUGCACCAAGGUAGGACAAUGGCCUUAAAAGGCAGGGCAGACUUCUUAAUGGGCUUCUGCUGCUGGAAAAUACUAGGGGAAGGAAAGCACCAGUUCUUGUUUUUCACUGGAUAAGCAUGCACACAAAACAAGCAAGGGUGACUAAAGAAUCUGUUAAUUGUGUGGAAUAGUAUAUCAAUAAUCUGCAUUGCGAUCAACAUAUGAUCAACGGUUCUUCUUUUUCUCAGCAUACACCAUCCCCAUCUCCUUUAUUUUAGGGAAGUGGGGAGGUCCAUGAAAUCUUUGCCUGCAUCCUCCUUUGUUUUGGUCUUUCUGGGGCUGCCACUAGGUGGCAUCAGCAUUCUGCAAGCAGCAUCCAUGUCCAACUUGUUGAGUUGCCUCUUCCCCAGUAAAGAACUUAAACUGCCAGCUGUGGACUAGUAUUUUCUAGACGUUCCACAGCUUUUCUUCAUAUGUUCUGGUGUACACGUGUCCCAAUUGACAAUAGCCAAUUGGCUGUAGAGUCUCCCAAUCUCCUUUCUUCUCUUGCAGACUGGACACAGAAGGAAUCGACCUUUUGAUGAGUCUCCUCCUGGUAGGUGGCUUCAGUUGCUGAGCCAGAUACCAAAGAUUCCAUCCAACAUAUACUUUGCUGCUGCAGCUGCUUAUUGUCCGGGAUGGUGGUGAUGGCUAAGUACCAAUUUUAGUGGUUCUCCCACUUAAUGGCUUAACAGAGAGUAUCUAGGUGCACAGGGCAGAACCUCCCAAUGACAGCUGCAAAUAUUCUACUGAGGGAAUUGUUUCAAGUGUCCAUCUUCCUCUACGAGUCUUGAUCUUUCUGACAAAGGGAUCUUUGUGCCUGCUUCUUUUCAAGGGUAUAAAAGGUUACAUGGGGAUGGUUUUUUAAAAGCUUUAAGAUACAGAUUAUGUCCCCUUUCUUACCUCAUACGGACAAUGGCUUGGAGUGAUAAAUGAAUGGUCACAUCAAAGUGCAGAUCUCUUUGCCAGUGUAAAUAAUAAUAUUUUUGAUGAUUUGUGAGAGAGAUGUAUUUACUUAUUUGUUUGUUUAUAUGGCCAUCUGUCAUGGAUGCUUUAGCUGAGAUUCCUGCAUUGCAGGGGGUUGGACUAGAUGACCCUUUGGUCCCUUCCAACUCUAAGAUUCUAUAAUACUUUUAUACCAUGAGAUUAAGAAUCUCAUGGUCCUGGGUUUGAACCCUGCGUUGGGCAAAGUGAUUCCUGCAUUGCAGGGGCUUAGACUAGAUGGCCCUCAUUGCCCCUUCCAGCUCUAUAAUUUUUUGAUGCUAUUGUUGUGUCUCAUUUUGCAUUUAAAACCCAAAUGAAAAUCUAUAUAUAGUUACAUGUUUUAUCACAAAAUACAAUGUGUUUUCUCUCAAUGUACACAUUUCUAAGUGAAUUGCAUACUAAAUUGGUGUGCAUUUUGCGGUGCAUUUUUUUGGGCAUGGAAUCAUACUCCAAAAUUUGAGCAGGUGCAGAAUCAUAUUCACACACUCAAAUGAGCACCUGGGCCCAAGAAGUAAAUGCUCGUACUUGCCUGUACAUGGACACUUAUGUCUAAUCAUAUUUUGAUCCAUGUAUUGUCCUUAGCUUAAAAUGAGGCUGAUUAGCUUUAAAAUGCUGACAGAACUAAAUUCUCCUCCCCCUCCAGGUGAGAAACAAACCCCAUUGGUAAGCAAAAGCCAAGGAAAUACUACAGUCAUUGCCAGGAAAAUUCAUAGCACAGAGACCUGGAAAUAGUUGGGCAGCCCAGACCUCAUCAAGUUAAAAAACAGAAGACCCUGAUCAAACCCAUCAGACCAUUUAAAUUACCCCAAACUGGCUAGCGCCACUGAAUCAGUUUCAGAGGCUCCCUCUGGGAGACAGGGAGCUGCCUGGUGUUAUGAUUGCUGGAUCCGUCAGAUAUCUAACUUCGCUGCCCACCCACAAGUUAGUUGUGGGGGGAGCCUACUGAGGGCACCCUGCCCUAGCCACCCUAGGGUCAGGCACUCACAGAUCAAAACUAUGUCAAUACCUGUUAUCUGUUCGGUAUGACUUACUGCCACUUCACAGACACAGAAAUGACCAAAGUGGAAAUUAGUAUGUAAGCCAGUCCUCAGAAAAGGAUUUGCUCAAGGAAAUGCAAGAUGUCUGGUCAUAAUGGGGAACUGAGACAAUGGUUCCUCCAUUCUUGACCUGAACUUUGAUCUUUCCAAGCUUCCGUAAUCGAAAUCAAUGAAAGUCUAGAGCAUUGUUGAUUGUUCUGGAGGCUUGGCCCUCCCUCUCCUGCCAAGAUUCUUUUGCUCCUGUUCAAGCUCUCCUAGGAGAGACAUUGUUUUGUUCUGCAGCAGCUGCUUGACCUAUCCCAGCUGAGCCAAAACUAAAGUACAAAACGUAGAGUUCCUCAGGUACAAUUGCAUUUAUCUUGGUCAGUGGGAUAUGAAGUGGCAGGGAAUAUUUCACUCAGGUUUGGCCUUGAAAGCCAAGGAAGCUUUCUCCUCCCCUGCUCAACUUCGAUUACUUGCUUUCCUGUAUGUGCAUAUUUCAAAGGGGAAGCCUGCAUCAUCACCUAUUCUUUCCAUAAUCAUUGAGACCAUUAAAGUUCAGUCAUUCUUUCCAGGUGCAUUAUAGCUACACACAAUGAUAAUGCAAACUCUACACUGAAGAUCAUAUUUAUCCUUCAAGGAGCUUACGAUUGUAAUCUUCUGCACACUUGCCUGGGAAUAAGCCCCACUGAACGCAAUAGAUCUUGCUUCUGAGUCUGCAUGCAUAUGGCUGUGCUUUAAAGGAAUGUUGUAUAGCAUCAGAACAGCCUUGCAAAGCAGGGUAGGCUGAAAGAAGUGGACUUGUCCGAGAUCACCCAAUGCUUCCCACUUGCUUCACUAUGCUGUCUCUGUGUACAGGCAGGAAAGUAUAACUGCCACAUAACAAGAAAUGCCGCAUAUUAUCCAGAAAGAUAGGAUGUGGCUGCAUGCAGCCUGAGCAGCAAAAAGAAAACAUGCACGGCACAGCUGCACAGGGGAGUUGAGUAUUUUGCUGAAUCAGUUGACCUCCAUGAGCCACAUGGCACCCAUACUGAGCUGCACAGGAAUGUAGGAGGGUUCAGGAAUCAGGCAUGCCUGCAUACAUACUCACACACUCAAAUAAGCACCUGGGCACAUGAGAUAAAUGCCCAUACUUGCAUACAUAUGGACACUUAUGUGUAAACCUUUCUGCCUCUCUCUUUUCCUAGUAUGAAGCCAAAAGACGCAUUUCUGCAGAAUCUGCCCUGCGGCACCCUUACUUUACAGCACUCGGUGAACAAGUGCACCUCCUUCCUGAGAGUAAGUGUGUGACCACUGCUGCAUGGAGCAGCUUUAUUCUUCUCCCCUGCUUUGACUGUGCAGGUGACUCACUAAAUCUACCGUAUUUUUCGCUCUAUAAGACACACUUUUUCCCCUCCAAAAAUUAAGGGGAAGUGUGUCUGCGUCUUAUGGAGCGAAUGCAGGCUCCAUGGCUUCAGCGAUAGCAACGCAAAGCCUCUGAAGCGCAGUGGGAGCGUUCCCGCCGCGCUCCAGAGGCUUCGCGUUGCUUUUGCUGAAGCCUGGAGAGCGAGAGGGGUCGGUGCGCACCGAUCCCUCUCGCUCUCCUGGCUUUGCUUUGCUGGAGAGGCGCUGCACAGCUUCCCUCUCUGCGCAGCACCCCUUCAGCGAAGCAGGAGGAGAAAUGGAAGGGGCUCCAUUUCUCCUGCCGCUUCGCUGAAGGGGCGCUGCGAAGAGAGGGAGAGAAUUUUUUUUUUCUUGUUCUCCCCCUCUAAAACAAGGUGCGUCCUAUGGUCGGGUGCGUUCUAUAGAGCGAAAAAUACGCUAGUUCAAGGAGCACAGCGUGUUUUCCUUAUUGCUGGCUUUAAAAAAGGGGGAUGGGGAGUUUGAGUGCAAGGAGAGAGAUAGUUCCCAGAAAAGGAACUGCUGCCGGGAUGAACCACCUCUGACAGAUUUGGUAAAACCUAGUACAGUGUUCUCUUUGCACAGACUUGGAAAGAUUAGAAGCAGUUCUAAGAGAGUCAUACAGCAUCAAGGACUUUACUGGAAACCUAAGGCUUAUACUGAGACCUUUAUUCCCUUCCCAACUCCCACACACACUGGUAUACCAGACAGACAUUUCAUAUCUCUCCUGCAAUCCUUGUUUUCUGUAAUAUAAAAAUGGAGCUGGUGGCUGCUCUCCUAUACACACUUACCUGAGAGCAAUUCCUAUUAAACCUAGUGGUCCUUGCUUCUAAGUAAAUCUGCAUAGGAUCAGAAUGGCAAGUGAACUGUGAGCAAUACAGUGCAUACCCUCUGCCCUUCAUCUUCAACUAGGGGCACCUCUUCCUGUCUCUAUGCUUCUGUCUCAGUUCUCCACAGAAAUUGUAAUUUUGAGGUAAUUCUCAUCCCCUCUGUCCUCGUCUCCUCAUCCACCCUUUUCCUCCAGCUACCUCCAUCUUUUCUCUGAAAGAAAUACAACUUCAAAAGGACCCUGGCUAUCGAGGCUCAAGCUUCCAGCAUUCUGGUAGGUACCUGAUGCUUUUUUGGUCUUAUUUUCUUGUGGGGUGGGAGACGAGCGAGUUUCAGGGCCUUUCAGAAACAUGUUGUCUUCUGUGCCACUGCGCCACUCAGUCAUAAGUCUCUCAAGUGCAAAGCAGCCAUGUUGCAACUUGAUCUCAUAGCACACUUCUCCGUGUGUGCUAAAGCAUUAUUGAAGCCUGAUUUUGCUGCCACCAAGUUAUAGCCAUUGCAACCCAAAGUCCAUCUUGUAAGUUCCCUGGUGUAGUUAGCAAAAUGAAAAGGGGGAGGGUCAUGUCCAUCUAAUCUUUUGCCCUGCUAGUAGUAGAAUCCCAGUAGGCCAAACUGCCUUCCCACUUGUUCUUAUGACAUUCCCUGGACCAAAGAUCUGACAGUGCUUCUUCACAAUAGACAAUCCCACUCAUAUGUACACCUUGAAUGGGAAGCUUUUAAUGUUCCUGUCCCUGUUAAACGUAUCGUGCUGUGUGCACUUGCCCAUUCUCCAAGUCCAUUUGUUCUGAAUGUAGCCUUAGGUACGGUGACAAAGUUGAUCUAUAAGCAUUAUUCAGGUUCCUGGGCUCUAUUGGCUGGCUGUCCUUUUCAAAGACUGUUUGAAAUACAUAUUUUAACUAUUAUUAUUAUUAUUACUACUACUACUACUACUACUACAUCCCACCUUUCCUGCAAGAGGCUCAAGGUGCUGGUGUACAUGGUUCCUGCCCUCCCCCUCUUAUUUUAUCCUCACAACAAGGCAUGAAGCCAGUGAGCCAGUAUUUGAAGUAUUAGCUAGCGGGCAGCACAGCAUGCCUAACUGCUUCUGAACGAUAAACUUCAAUAAACCUUACAAUGUCCAGAGCCGCUCUCUGGCACUUGUUGUGACUGCUGUGAUAAUUUAAAUCAUUAUAAACCUUUAGAGGCUGAGGAAGAAGGGACUGAGCAGCUUUCUCUCUCACGCAUUCCCUGUCUUAUCCAAAUAUCCAUCUUCACACGGCACCCUUCCUCACGUGCAAUUCAGCAUGAUGCCCACACUUGAGGGUUCUGUGAGAACAAAAGAACUGCACAAAUCAAAGAGGAAAGCCAGAAGUUUCAAAUUUGGGUAUUAGGAUACAUUGUGCAAAUGUAGAUUUUUUUUCGCAUUUAUAUGAUUUAUGGGAUCGUGACUUCAGAUUUUGCCUCACCUUGGCAUAGAAGCUGUCAGCUCCCCCCCCCCAUCCUUUUCCCAUGCUAGAGAUUGUUAGAAAAAAAUGUUAAUCAAAUACUGUAUACAUUUCUGGUUACUGUGUCUCUAAAAGGAUAUUGUGGAGCUAGAAAAGGAACAGAAAGGGUCUUGUGCUCUUAAGUUCCUCGGGAUUUAAAAGGGCACCUUGAUCUGCCCUUCCCCCUGGAACAUGUACCCCUAACGAGAGGAAGCUGCCUUAUACUAAAUCAGAGAAUUGAUCCAUCUAGCUCGACUGCUUCAAUUUGCAGAAUUGGCACUACUGCAGGUGCCACAUAAUACUCAUUCCGCAUUAGUAAGAACUCAAUCAUUUAGUGCAGGCAUAGGCAAACUCGGUCCUCCAGAUGUUUUGAGACUGCAAUUCCCAUCACCUGACCACUGGUCCUGUUAGCUAGGGAUAAUGGGAGAUGUAGUCCCAAAACAUCUGGAGGGCCGAGUUUGCCUAUGCCUGGUUUGUUGUUGUUUAGUCGUUUAGUUGUGUCCGACUCUUUGUGACCCCAUGGACCAGAGCACGCAAGGCACUUCUGUCUUCCACUGCCUCCCGCAGUUUGGUCAAACCCAUGCUGGUAGCUUCGAGAACACUGUCCAACCAUCUCGUCCUCUGUCGUCCCCUUCUACUUGUGCCCUCAAGCAGGCACCUUCACUGUAUUCUUUUCAGUGCCUGCUAAAUAUAUUCUUGUUUAGACAAGCCUUCCUAGAUGCUUAGAAAUGCUGGAGUGACUUUUAAUCUAUUUUAGUAUAUUUUAACUGUUGUAUGUUUUAAAGAAUGACUGCAAUUUUUUCUUGAUUCCUUUUUUUUUCUGUUUGUAAACUUCUUUGAAGGUUGUUGUUUUUUACAAUCAAGCGAUGCAUAAAUUUUAAGAAAUAAAUGAAUGAAUAGCUCAGCAUUGCCUACACUGACUGGCAGCAGCUCUCCAGGUUUUCAGACAGGAUUUUCUCCCAGUUCUACCUUGGGCUCUCCUGCAUGCAAAGUCCUGUGGAACUACAGCUCCAAGCCGUGUGGGAAAUCUGUGGCAGAGAAGAAAUUGCAUUCUGAGUUCCACCUUAGCCACUUCCAGUGAUGCUCAGUAUCUUGAGCAUGAAUCCUCCUCUAAAACUGGAGAAAUGUAAUGAACAAGGCAACCUUUAGGAAUCAUCACAUCCCUGUGAUGAUGUGGCUCUGUGAACAAUGAAGCUCUUGAUUGCUGAAGUGUCACAGACAGUCCAUUAUGGGCAAAAGCUCAGGGGACAAAAGAUUCCCUGCGAAGGUAGCCUGUGUGUUUGAACUGGUAGUUCUGGUGUAUGGUUUGGAAAUUGCACUUACAUCACCUUCUGUGCAAAGGGAUCGAGCUACUUUAUGUUAUAAUUAUCCCUCAAAAUGUGAGUCAAUGGACAACUGGAGAUAAAACUGGGCUUGGGAAGCUGUUUCAGUGACCGAACCCCAAUAUUGUGCCAGAGAUCCCUGUGCAGAGGCUUUGUCCUUGCGUGCCCCAGUUUCCCAUAAGUUGCCACCCUGUUCUGUGGAGGAAAACUCCUCUUUGAAAUACCCUUUGCUGUGUAAUCUUCCAAGGAACAGGCUUUGACCCAUCAUUCUCAGACCUUUUUAACAUUUCUCAUUUCCCCCCAGCUCGAGGAAAGAACAGGAGGCAGAGCAUAUUUUAAACCUGGUUUAACUCAUUCAUUGCAUCACUGGGGAGAUCAAAGCACUGAGAGGGGAGAGGACCACGCAGAUCCCAUGGAGGCCACGCUCAGAAUGAUGAAGGCCGGUAUCGACACAACCAAAGCUGCCCUGCAUUACAAAGCUGCUGCAUGACUGCUUUUCAGGAUACCACAAAUUUCAGCAGUCCCCCACCCACAACACCCCAAAAAGACCUGGUGCCUGGCCCAGCCCCCAUCCAUCACACAGCAAUUGGCAUAAUCCUACUCUCUGGAUGAGGAUCAAGCAAUUAACUGCCCCAAGUACGCUUGCUGCUGCUUUAGAGGGAAGCAACAUGGAGGUAGCAAACCAGGGCCAAGAUCUCGCUGCAGAAUCAACACCUGCUUUGCUUCUUAGAUGACGUGUCAUGAUGAAUGUGCAGAAUUCCAUUCUUUGUUUCUCCCCCCACCCCCAUCACCAGGCGACUCCUAGGACAACAUGAUGAGUAUGAUGUUAACAGCAGGAAAGCCCUUUGAUCCACUUUUAUGCAGAGUUCUCUGGCUUUGAACUGAAAAGGAAACCUGUUUUCUUUUGAGUUGCUUCUGCUCUCUUUAUCGGGAAUGAAUCUCAAUUCCAAAUGGUGCAAACAUUUAAGAGAGAGGAUGGGAGUGGGGAGGCCUUUUGCUGGAUUUUCUUUGCCCUCUCGCUCCCUGCCUCAUUCUGUUUCCCAGUGUUUGUUUUCUGAACUGAAGCUGCUAUACAAGGAAUCGUGAUUUCUUAGAUUUCUACCCAGUGUUUCUGAGAAUCUCUCUGUAGCUCGUCCUGAGAAUCAUUCAUCAGAAACCUAAAUGAAUAGGUGCACUUUCGCUACAAAAGAGAUCCAGGAUCCCAAUAAUUCAGGAAUUGCAGAAACAGCUGAGUCCCUAUAAAAUGUGUCUCGGUAAACUGUGAAAGAACUCAAGACAUCCUUCCACUUGCUAUUCCAAGUUUCUUUUGUGGAUUCUGCCUUUGUGACCAGAGUUCAAAGAUGUUCUGUCCCCUUACUUUUUUGCCCAUAUCACCAGGGAAAGAAACCUUAUUUAAUAACCAGUAAAUGUUUUCAAAGACCCUGGACACACAUGCACACAAACUGAAAUCCAUGCAUGUUUACUCAGAAGUAUAUCCUGUUAUAUCAGUAGGGCUUACUUCCAGGUAAGUGUGCAAAGGCCUGCAGCCAUAUGAACCCAGUGAAAUCUAUAGGACCUAAGUGUGCUCUUAGGUUCCAGGGCAGGCAGUUUGUUUUUGCUGCAUCAGCAGCAGUUGCUAUUCAGGCAAGUCAAACAAGGCUCUUUGGGGAACAUGUCUCCAAAAGGGCAGGCCAGUUCUGAUAAUGUCUUGAUUGUGAACUUUAAAAAACAGAAUCUGAACUUCUGUCACUUUUCCUGUAUUGGUCUAUUUUUAUUUCAACCGUCAGCUAGCCACCAGCGCGGUAUGUGUAUGGACAGAAAUGUCAUGAGAAAAUAGCACAUUCUUAUAAUCAGAUAUGGUUUCUUGCCUGCCUGUUCUGAGGUCUUAUCCUGAUUAUAAGAUUCAAUCGGUACAGCCUCAUGAGAGAAAUAACCCCUCAGGGUUCCAGUCACUAAAGGGAGACAUUUGACUGAGUGAUAUUUCUGAAUACUGGCAGAACUAUACAGGCAUCUGUAUGGUGCAGUAAAUCAAGCACACAGCUGGACUUACCAAGAAAAAGAUCCCAUAAGGAGCACCAAGUGAACUGCCUCCUCUCUUUAUCUCUCUGAUUUUUCUUUUUUCAAAUAAACUCUUGGCCAGGCAGGGUUUAGAGACAGAGAUGGUGGCAUUGCUGCCCUUUAAGUUGAAAACUUAGGUAAAUAAGUUAGCUUUGUAGUUCCCCUUCUUGAGGCGAGGUGUUUGGGACCAGGAAAGAUUUUACUGCAAAUAUUGCAUGUAUUUCUAUCCAAGGCAAAUAAUUGGGUGUCUAAUACAAAUCAAUAUGUGAAAUUCACCCUCUUCCCUCCUCCUGCUUUUUACCCAGCGAUGCUGCAGGGACAGUGGAAUCUACAACUGACAGAAUUCCCCUUCUCUGCAACUCUUAAGGGCAUGACUGGGUCUGGACUCAAGAUGGAGUGAUCCUAUGACCUCUUGACAUCUUGAGCCCUUCAGACUUUCCUUGCCUGUCCACUCCUUCCUGAUCAUAAUGCACAACCCUUCCUGCUGCGCUCUGUGUGAUGUUUUACCCCAGACUUUCUUUUCUUAUCCUAUCUUCAUGCUGUGUCACCUGCAGCUCUUGUUUCCUCAAGCCACUGCUUUUCAAUUCACUUCCUGCUUUCAUCCAUUUGCUUUAACUAUCCUUUCUCUUGGCCUACCUGUGCUGCAUUCCUCAUAACAGAGCUCCCUGAUAGUGGCUACCUUUGGGUUCAUUCAAAAUCCCUCUUGCAAGAAGCUGCUUGGUUUCUUGUUUCUUUUCCUCAGGCCUCCUUAAUCCCUUCAAGUUCCUGUUUCUCAGUUCACAGGCUCCUUUGUACCCUUCCUUUAACCACCUUGCCUCUGGAUCCUCUGUUGUUUAAGCUUCCCUACCUCCUGGAGCUUUGCACUGGACUGCAAAGUUGUUCCUAUCUCUCCAGUUUCCAUUCAGCCUUAAUCUUCAGCCAGACUGCAAGUUGAACAGAAAAUAUUCUGACAACUUUAGUUUCCUGAACCUGCAGAUAAACACAUUUUACAUUGACACACCAUUUCAGCCAAACAGUUUGGAACAAAUAGGGCCUCUCAAAAUAAGGUAGUCCCGGCAUAUUCAGAGGAUGCUUAUGUGUGCCAAAGUAUUUUCAUCUGUAGAUUAAGAGGUAAAUAAAUGUUUAGAAGAAGUUUGACAGCCUGUCAAGGAGCUAUGCACAUGGACCUCCAAGAUCUAUGGACUGCAGAGGGCAGCUGGGCCAGGUAAUGUUGAGUGUGUCAGUUGAAGUGGGAAAAGAAAAAUGGGCAGAAGGAUUUGCCUGCUUGAGUUUCUUAAGAAUAUUAUUGGGGUGGGAGGAGGCUAGGGUUAACUGGAUGCAUCCCAUAAGUUAAAAAAACCCAGCCUCCUCAACAUGCUGUAUUUUUCUUUCUCACUUUCUUACUCACACUCAGAUUCAGGACUGGCACCAGCCUCAAAACUCCAUCCUUAAAGCUCUGUCUUCAAAGUUUUCAGGAGGAUGGCACUCUACCAACCCUGAACAGUACUACAGUGGUCCUGUUCCAACCUAGAACAGGCCCUUUCCCCACCAUGAUGUUUUGUUACAGGUGCCUUGUAGAUUUUGCAAGAGUCAACUGUAACUGGAGGCAGGGAAUGUGCAUUUCAGCAUGCAGACUGUGUUGGGAUACUGCCAGGGAGACAGAGUCCAUCAUGGUUCCACGUCGCCUCCGGACGAUCCAUCGAUCUCCCGUAGAUACAGUAUCAGUCAAUUAGCGACACGAAGCUUCAGAAAUAGCUUUCCACAUUCCAGAGCUCGUGCACGCUCUAUCAGCAGAGUUCGCACAACGAAAGAUGCACUCAGGAGGGCAUAUUUACAACUUUAUUCAGCGUUGGUCAGAACAAAGAAAAAAACAUGACUGCCUGCUUCGAUGUCUCAGGCACAGAGAGAAAACGAAAGCAUAGACACAACAGAAACAUCCUGUGAACAGGAAAUACGCAGACUCUGUGACUCACAAAGCCUGCUCCCUUUUAAGGUGGAACGGAAAUAUCCUAACAGACUGUGCUCUUAGAGAUGCAGAUUUCCAUUUCUGAGUCAGGUCCUGCUGUUGCUUCCACAGGAAAACAUCGUGUGAGGCCCACUCAUUUUGGUGGUGCUUCUUUAUUAGUACCUCAGAGGUCGGAUUAUAUAUCAGGCCUUAUGACUACAUAUACAUUUACAUUUCAGAACUCUUUACAUGCUUCUGUUUCUAAGUCUCAGGCUUCAGUCUUGUACUUGCUUACGUGAGAGUAAGCCCCAUUGAACUCAGUGGGAUUCAUUUCUGAAUAGACAUGUGUAGGGUUGCCCUAUUAGUGUGGUGCAGGAAAAAGCAAAGCACUUCUCUAAUCAAUGGAAAUAAAUAACCAAGCACAGCUCACCAGCUUAUCUCUUCACCAUAUGCAAAUGAAGCAAAGUUUGAAUGUUUUUGUGAAGUCGGGUUAUUAGACUAAUAACAUAUGUCCCAAUAAACACUCUGGUGAGCUGAGCUUAUAAUGGUAUUGUUUACCUCAUUCCAUGCUCAGAUUGGGUGCUUCAAAUAAUUGACUGCAUGCGAAUGCUUAAUAGUCACUUAGUAUUGACUGAGCUUCUCUGGCUAUAGUGGCUCAACUGACAGUCCUAUUUAUGAGUUAACAGCUCAGCUGCCUGUUUGAUCCUUAGAUGAAAUUGCUCCCACAAGACACCGACUAAGCAAAGCAUUUAAUCGCAUGCUAAUGCUUAGCACCUAGGUUGCCUUAUGGAGAUCAAUAUGCUAAGAAUUCGGCUUGUGCCUAAGUACCUUGGUAGCUUGCUGUAAUAAAUCUCUUCCAAGGUAAUAGGAUGAUAAUCCAUAUUUCUGCUUUAAAAUAAUGGGUUGGGGGCAUAUGCCCCUUUCCGUAAAACUUACAAAUAGAUUUGUACACCCAAAAGCUGCCUUUGGUUUUUAUCUCGUCCUUACACACUAAAGCUUGAUUCCUGUAAUUCACUUGUAGGGCAAUCCUAAGCAACCUUACUCACAAUGAAGUCCCAAUGAGUUCAGUUUUGCUUCAUCCCUAUUGGGUUUGUAUUUAGGAUUGCAGCAUACGAACAGAUAUUUUGGCAUAGUGGGGCUCACUUCUGAGUAAACGUGUGUAGCAUGUUAACCAUCUUGAGUCCAAAUUUUUGGAGAUUCUAGCUUCUUCACUUUUAUUAUUAUUCUCCCUUGGUGUUUGAAAGUCCCAUUCAGGAAUCUGGCAGGAUUUUCUGCCUCCCCUCAGGUGGUGGCUCAACAUGGAGUUCUGAGCACCUGAAGCAAAAUAAACUCUAUAUAAAUUCAAAGCCUGCUGAUGUCAUACUGGAGGAGGGGAGGCAUCAACAUAAUCAUACUAUCAGAAACUCUAACAAAGGGUUCCAGACCUAAACAAAUAUACACACCUGUGAAAAAGCAUCAGCUUUAAUACAACACUUCCCUAGAGAGAGAUAAGAGCAGUGUAACAUACACCUAUCCUUUUGGGGCUGAUGGAGGGGAUAACAAAAUUAAUGUAGUGCAGUGUCUAUUGGGGCCAAAGUCAAAGUAGUACAGUAUUCCCCAACCAUAGAAUUGUAGAGUUGGAAGGGACCCUGAGGAUCAUCUAGUUCAUGCUUCCUCAACCUCGGCCCUCCCUCCCAACUAGCAGGACCAGUGGUCAGGGAUAAUGGGAAUUGUAGUCUCAAAACAUCUGGAGGGCCAAGGUUGAGGAAGCCUGAUCUAGUUCAACUAAUCUCAACUAAAUCAUCCAUGACAGACAGCCAUCCAACCUCUGCCUAAAAACCUCCAAUGAAGAAGAGUCCACAACCUCCCAAGGGAGUCUGUUCCACUGUCAAACAGCUCUUGCUGUCAGAAAGUUCUUCCUAAUGUUUAGUCGGAAUCUCCUUUCUUGUAAGGAGUAGCAGUCAGUGCCACCCGGGUGAAAUCAGUACAUCCCUCUUGACUUCUUUGAGUGUCUUCAUCUACACAUUUCCUAAUGGCUUUGAACAAAAUCCCAGAGCUUGCUUAAUUGAGACUAUGAAAGCGACUCUCAUCUUGACCCAGCGAUUUCAUUGCACAUGUACACCAGCAGCUUUCUAGUGCUGUUCCAUAAUUCUUAUUCACUUCAGUGGGAUUUUCCUGUGAAAAGAAUCCCAGUGUCCUCAGUUUAAAUGCCCACAGAACCUCAGCAGAACUUAAUGCAGUCUCAUUGCAACUGAUGCAUGUAACCACCUCCUACAAAACCUGACCUAAGGGAUACUAUAACUGUGUCUGCAAAGUCCUUGAACAGCAGGGAAAGGUUAUCCUGGCAUGUAUAUGCAAUGAUGCAAAAAGCUCCUGCUGAACUUCCUUUUGCCAGUCUGCUGUUAAAGAUCUAGGAGUUUUGCUGCGGGGGGAGGGGACGCUGGCAAUCCUACAUAAAACUUGAAGGUACUGUAUGUAGUUUUUCUGCAAGAGUGCAAAUGUGUGUCACGAUUCAGCAGAGGGAGUAAUACACAAUUCUCUUUUGUUUCUACUGACC